AUGUUUUCAGGACUUUGGAAGCUGGAUGGCCGAAGCUGGAAGAGAUCUAGCCCGUCGACCAAACCAGUCAUUCUAACUGUUCACAGAAAUUACACCUUUCAUAUUUCUGAUGGGAGCAACAUCUGCUUGAAAGAAGGGGAUAUUCUUGUAUUGCUACGCAAGCUUGACAAUGACUGGUGGCAAGUUAGGAAAAUAGGAGACAGUGAAUGUACCACCCCUUUCCAUGUGCCCUCCACCUGUAUCAAUGAGCUGAUUGCUGGAAAGUGUGUGGGACGCAAAAACAAAACUGUGGAAGGUAUGAAUAAGUCAAAAUGAUGCAUAUCAUUAUUUUUCAUCAUAACAUAAUGUUAUCAUUUUGCAGAAAUGAUCAGUGGAUACACAAACUAAGGGAGUAUUCUUCAAAUGUAUCUGCAUGAUAUAUCAUCAGGUAAUAGUAACCUAAUUAUGACUGUAAUUUACACAGAUAUGCAGAAUAAAGACACUCCGGGAUAACAGAAAUAGCAGCUUUAUUGGGGAUCUGUUGUCCUGGAGUGCCUGAACCGUUAUUUAUUCUGCAUAUCUUGGAAGUGAGGCCUGGCCAGCUCUGGCUUCAGAGCACCUGGGUUAUUUGCUGAGUGUGGUAUCCAGUAAGUCUCUCUAAUUUACACAGAGACAUAAACUAUAUGAACCACGCAUUGGUGCACCUGACCAUUACACCAACAGAGAUUGUAUGACAUUACAUUCUAAAUACACAGACAUUAAUAUAUAGUUGGUUUCCUCUUUGCAGCUAUAACAUCUUUGAUCCUAGGGAAGGCUUUCCACAAGGUUUUGGUUUGUUUCUAUGGGAAUUUUUGCCUAUUCAUGCACUACAGCAUUUGUGAGGUCAGGCAGUGAUGUUGAACAAGAAGGCCUGGCUCGCAGUUUCCAUUCCAGUUCAACCCAAAAGUGUUUGAAUGAGUUAAGGUCAGAUGUGGGCCAAUCCAGUUCUUCCACAGCAAACUCCUCCAUCCAUGUCUUUAAGACAUUAAGAGGUGUGUCCCAAUACGUUUGUCCUUAUAGUGUGUCCUUAUAGUGUGUGUAGGAGACAUCCAACCAUGACCAAUGUGCUGCUGACACACAGUGGUUGACAGGAGUAUGGGAACAAAAAUACUAAUAACUAUAUUGGAAUGAACUUCAAAUAAAUUUACCAAAAUCAAUAUAUUUCCCUACUUGAUAAAUGCAGUAUUAUAUUUUUCUUGUUAUAUCAGGCAAGCUCUUAUGCAGUCCAUUGAUGCACAAACCAUUAUUAUCUUUUGUAGUGUUGAUACUAAUAUUUUAUUUUUUCUCUGUCAUCCAUAGGAACCAAAUCAUUCCACAAAUCCCAGGAUAACCUUCUAGUACCUGGUAAUACCUCCUCUAUAAUGGAGCAUAAGUCAUGCAACAUUCCUCAUUGUGAUACUUGUCAGAUGGAAACAAAUAAAAUCUCCUAUUCUACCAGCAAACACAAAAAAUCAGCAAGUUUCUCCCUGAGUUCCUCUUGGCAUGGGCAGUUUCCCAAGAAUGAAAAGCAGAAGAUUCAUAAAAGUGUUUCAGAAAAGGUGAAUUUAAUUAAUCAUGCAAUUAUUGCAAUAUUUUUUUUCUAGGAAUUAUGAAACCUCAUGUUUUCUUCAAAAAAGGAUAAAUUUCAUUUAAUUUCCUAAAGAAUAAAUACUAUGCUCUUUCCUCUAACCUCAACUCUUAACCACAACCAUAUCCUGACCUCUCCGCAAACUGACUGCCAUAGUGUGGAGACUAAACAAAGUUCUCUUUACAAAAGAGAAACUUUCCUUGUAAAAUCGGCAAAAACCUGGUGCCAAAUGCUCUCAUUUUAGGGCUAAGAGAGUUUUGAACAUGUCCUGUAUUAUUAGUGACAUCAUAUACCUCUAUUUUGGACAGGAAUUAUUUUUAAAAAAUCUGCUCUAUCUAGAUUUGGGGACCUGGAUAUAUAUUUUCCCUAUACACAAAGUCUGUAAUAUUCCCUACAUUUAAUUUUGUGUGGAAUGUCACAGACUUUGUGUGUCCCACUACCAUAAAAAACACAUUUAUAUUCUGCCACUGCUCCAGGGUACAUCCAUACCCCCACAGAAACAUAUGCCAGAUUUUUGAGAAUGUAUAGGAUAAAGUUACAGACAUGCCAAGUUCAGUUUUACAGUUUUCACUGAUUUGCUGGGCACUUGGUACGUUUAUGAAAAAAUAGAAGCCCAAACUGCCCUUCAAGCCCAUCCUGACACACCAGUUGCAAAAGUAGACCGCUUAAGCUAUUAAAUGGGCAGACUUUUGUGCUUUUACAUGUCAUUUAGUCACUAAUGUCUUCCAAAUAUAGAGGUCAAUGUUAUUGUAGAAUUUACCCACAUACUGCAGAGCUGCAGAAGCUGGGUACCAGGCAUUCAUGACCUGAGAGCAUUAGCUGACCACUCAGCCAAUAAAUGCAAAUCUGUGCAUAGAAAUAUGCACAGAAUUGAUAUUAGCCCAUCCAAGAACUCUUGUAAUAAUGCCACAAUGAUGGAGUUAAACUUCUGGCAGCAAAGUGUUUAAACUCAGUAUGUGGAGCUUUUCAUAGCGAAACACUGCACAUACUGAAGUGGUCAUGGUGCUUGGAGUAACCUUUAAAAUAAAAAAUCACAAUGUAUUCUCUUCUUAGUAAAUAAACCUAUAAAAGCGUUUUUGUUAUUGUAACGGAACUCCCCGUACUACGACUGAGUACCUUCCAUUGAUGGACGCUUCCUAGCCUGCGCGAGGAUCACAAGCACCGCACCGGACGUCACAACCACUGCAGACUCCACCACCGCCGUAGCUUAACUGGAGUCUCGCUGUCUUCUGUCCACCCUGGAUCAGCUUCUGUCCUCCAGGACCGUGUGGGGAAGACCUCUCCUCCAGGAGAGCGUAUCAGGAACAAGCUCUUAAAAGAGCUAAGUGAUUAAAGCUCAAGGGAGUAUGCAGAGCAUAGCAAUCCCCAGUGUGAUUAUAGCAGUUCCCUCCAAUAAAGAGACAAGGCUACGUUUUGAAGGGUAAAGAAGAACUGUGUUUAAUUAGCACCAAAGGGCCUUCUUUUAUGGAGGUCUUACACAUACAGGACCGCCCACAGGGUUUUUCAGAAGAACCAAUAAAAAUAUUACAACACGUACAAUAAAGUAAACCACUAACAGAAUAAAUCCUCCCCUCUGCUUGUGAUGCAAUUAUCUCCAGACAAUAGACUAACUUAAUUAUCACUGGCAGAAAAAUACAGUAUUAUAAAACAUAUCACAGGGACCCCAAAACAUGCAAUAACCCCAUUUGGAAGAUACGGUUUAAUGCAGAUUCCGCAGAACAUAUACAGGCUAUAUGAAAAAUAAUUACUGUAUAAUGUGUCCCCUGUUGUAUAGUUUAAAACUACUGCACGAUGUCUUUGUGCACCAAAUACCCGCGAGAUGGCACCAUGUAGAAAAGUCCAAACAGUGUCUGUGAGUUAAAAUGGCCGCCAUCCAUUGUUCUCACCAUGUGCUUCAUCCAUUGUUCUCACCAUAUGCCUCUGAUACAUGAAAUUGUGGCCACCCAGUAACUCCACAGUUUGUCUGAUAGUCUAUCCAGCCGAACCAACAGAUGAAACACAUGGGGAACAGUGCAACAAAGGGAAUCAUAAAAAAUAUGGACAAUAGUCAUAUUUGUGCACUAUCUCCAGUUUCGUCACAGGGCACAAAUAGUGUUUUCAAAUGCCAUAUAUCCCAGGGCCAUAGUUAUGUGGCAGGAGGCUGGCAAUCAGUCCUCUCCAAUGCCCAGUGGCAAAUGGCAGUUUGUCACAGUUAUGUUUUAUAGUUCGUGUUGUGUAGACUGUCCCUUUUACCAUUGCAUCUAUUAUGAGCUUCUCUUCCCGGCAGUUAACAUGUUUUAUGCCAUCUUGUUCCGUGUAAAAUGUUUUGUUCUACAUUCCUUCAUAGCCACUCCUGCCCAGGUCCUCAUGUAGUGGAGGUAUGACUUUCUCAAGCAUUUAUCAGAUCAGUCUUCCUGCAAAGAAGUUAAUUCUCUGUAAUCUACUAUACAGGAAGCUAAAAGAUUUACUGAUAUUAGUGUUAUAUCUCUAUUUUCGAUUCACUUUAAAAAGGUCCGCUUGCAAAUGUCGACUAUGAAAAGAUCUCCACCAUUGCAGCGACAUCAUGAUGAUGUUACAUCUUUAAAAAGACUACAACACCACUAUAGUGCAGUUUAGUUGACCGUUGUCAUUGAAAAAGUGUACCUGAUGCUGCAAUGAUGCAGGGUCCAAUAAAUGUUUCUUUCAGCUUAUUUUAGGAGUUUAUGUGUAUUUAUGGUGAAAUAACGUUGAAUUCAUGGUUGACUUCAUCUCUCUCAUUCUGUCUCUGCUUCAUCUCCCAGUAAAGCACAUCUAUGUAAUGCUAAAAUAAUUUGCCUCACCCCACAGAGGGUAUAUUUACUAAUGGAAGGUCAUCAAUGGAACACUCCACUGCCGAAAUUGAAAUUUUUUAAAAAAAAUAAAAAGAUAAUCACUGUUGCCUCAGGGGAGCUAACAAAAGGAGGUUGCAAACCUCUCUGGCUGUUUGAUUGAGUUCCAUAGUUAAUUUAUAAAAGUGCUGAUUUCUCAUAGAAAUGGUCACUUUUACAAACUGGGUUUAAACUAGGAUAUUCCUCACACAUAAAGCACUUCCGCAAGCUGAAAUUCAUUUGGGGUGUGAAGUGGUCCUUUAAGUUACAAUUGUCACAUCAAAACAGUUUUUUAAUAUAAUAUUCCUUUUAUCAAGCUUCAAAAAAAUAUAGAUUGUUUAAAAAACAAAACAAAACAAAAAGAGAAAAACUAAUCUGUACCUUUAGUAUUUGACAGUAUCCUCAGGGCCAGAUUUGCCAUAAGGCUACCACCUUGGUGUAGUAGGCGGGAGAGGGGCUGCAUGGCCUGUGGGAGACCACAAAUCUUCCUCACCCACCAGCCCAUUCUCCUGCACUGGGUCCAAACUAAUGGGGAGAACUUCUUGGCCCUGUUCGAUCUCCAUCACUGGCCCUGAUCUAUUGCAGUUACCGCAACAACACUCUGAUACAAUUCCCAGCGCAGGCCAGAAGGACAACCAGGGAUUAGGAUUACUCCCCUCCAAUAUUGUCCCGCAGUUGAAAAGAGAACUACAACCACCAAUCUAAGCUCAAAACCAGAUAUAAAACAAAAUAAUAAAUACACUUAUAUGCACACCAAAAAAAAAACCAUCAACAAAAAAACAAAACAAAAUAAAACCAAAAACAAUAACUACAUACAAAACAAGUGAAAAAUAAUGCAAAAAUAAUACAUUUAGUAUAAAUGAAAUAUUGCACAUAAAUACCUGGCUGUAAAUAAACAAUCAUGAGAUGCAAUGAGAUUUAAAAAAAAAUUGCUAAGUUAAUCGAGGAUAGCAAGUAGAAUUCAGAUUCACAAGGGUCACUUGCAGAGGCUUAACUAGCAACCACAACCUGUCCCCCCUCACAUGUGUCUCAUCUCUACCAAACCCUUUCAUGUGUCUCAUUCUCCCCCUCCCCCAACCUCUCCAUGUGUCUCAUUACACCUUUCCAUGUGUCUCAAUUAUCCCCAGUACCUCCUUGGUUCAAUUUCGCCCCCCCCCCAGUCCCUUCCUUGUUUCUCAGUACCCCCCAGUUUCUAUCAUUAGUACAUUUUCUGUUCCAUGUGUUAAUCCCCCUCUCCCCCAUGUGUCUCAAUCAUGUAACAACUAUAUAUUGUUUCCAAGAUAUACCUAAUCACAGGUGGAAGCCUUCUGAAUGCAUCAAUACCUAAGGCUAUGAUGUCGAUUGUGUACUGACAUUAAGUCCAAUAUGGUUAAAUUUAUAAUAAUUGUGCCACCAUGGUCUGUCAAAUGCCAUGAUGGAACUGAAGAAAGUUAUUGGUCAUACAAUGAUGUGGUUACAAUAGGUUAGUCUUCAAACUAAAAGAAAUUGGUCUAGAUGAAUAUUCUUGUUCUUGGGUAGAACAUUGGAUUAAGGAUAGAGUACAACAAGUUGUCAUUAACGGUAAAUUUUGAAGCUGGACAAAAGUGGUAAGUGGUGUCCCUCAGGGUUCUGUUUUGGGACCGCUUCUAUUUAACAUAUUUAUAAAUUAUCUUGAAAUAGGCAUUAAUAGCCAUGUUUUAGUGUUUGCAGAUGACACAAAACUUUGUAAAGUAAUAAAAUGUGAGCAGGAUAUUUCUUUGUUGCAGAGGGAUUUAGAUAGAUUGUGGAACUGGGCACUAAAAUGGAAGAUGAAAUUUAAUGUAGAGAAAUGCAAAGUUAUGCACUUUGGAGUCAAGAAUGCACAAGCAACCUACACCCUAAAUGGUAGUGAAUUAGGGGUAACCACACACGAGAAGGAUUAGGGAAUUGCUGUUGAAAACAAAUUAGGCAGCAAUAUGCAAUGUCAAUCUGCAGUAAGAUUUUGUCAUGUAUAAAUAGGGGCAUAAAUUCUCGGGAUAAAAAUAUAAUUUUGCCUCUUCAUAAAUCACUGGUAAAACCACACCUUGAAUAUGCUGUGCAAUUUUGGGCACCUGUACUAAAGAAGGAUAUCAUGGCACUAAAAAAGUACAAAGACGAGCUACAACAUUGAUAAAAGGAAUGGAGCAUUUUAGUUAUGAAGAAAGGUUAAAGAAUUUAAAUCUCUUUAGUUUGGAAAAACGGCGCCUCAAAAGGGAUAUGAUAACUUUUUACAAAUAUAUUCUGGGCAAGUACAAACUAUUAUCUGGAAAUCUAUUAAUUAACAGGGCUAUACAUAAGACACCAGGUCACGCAUUUAGGCUGGAAAAAAACGAGAUUUAAUCUAAGGCAAAGAAAAGUUUUUUUUUACAGUAAGAACUAUAAGGAUAUGGAAUUCUCUGCCUGAAGAGAUGGUUUUAUCAGAGGCCAUACAGAUGUUUAAAAAGCAAUUGGAUGCAUUUAAAAAAACAAACAAAAAAAAAACCAGGGAUAUCAUUUUUCAUUAGUGUGAUAAUAGCUGCUGGAUCCAAGGACAAAUCUGCCAUUUUGGGGUCAAGAAGGAAUUUUCCUAGUUAGUUGCAAAACUGGAAGCACUUCAGACUGUGUUUUUUGCCUUCUUUUGGAUCAACAGCAAAAACAUAUGUAAGGAAGGCUGAACUUGAUGGAGGCAAGUCUCUUUUCAGCUAUGUAACUAUGUAAUGUUGCGGCACUAUGUCUGUUAGUACAUUACAACAAACUGGACAUUGUAGCAACACUCCAUAUAGUGACACAAGACUAAGCACCUAACUGGGUUAAUGUUUAGCAAACCAUUAUAGGCAUUUCUAACAAAGUUAAAGAGUAACAAUUUUACAGUGCUAGCAAGUGACUACUUCCAUGGUCCUAAUAUGAGGAUCGCGAUAACUAAGACUAGUCUAACUGUCCCUCUCCAUGCCUUCGAGGGUGUCUAUCUCUGUAGCUAGAUUACUAAGAUUAACUGAAACAUUCCUAUCAUUGUCACUGAUGCACAAUUGUUAUAAAUUCAACCAGCAAUAUUGGACUUAAUGUCAGUACACGAUCGACAUUAGCCUUAGUUAUUGGUGCAUUCAGAAUGUUUCUGCAUGGGAAAAGGUAUACCUUGAAAACUAAUAUAUCCUUGAUACUAGUACUACACUUAGGAGGCAUGACCUUUUCUUUAUAUUACUCUCUUAUGAAAAUAUUCCAUCCCUAGCCCGACGACUGUUACAGCUAUAAAGCCAUCUACUUACCUAUUGUAUCGACAGGUUUAAGGGAACUAUAUUUAUGCAAUCCUACCCGCCAACCUUACUUGUGAUAACUCCAGAGCAGUCUGCCUUUGCUACACUUUACCGACUAUUUUCAGCAGGCAACAUUUACUAGACCAUCCUGUUAGUACAUUAUCAUUUUGUUUCUCUAAUCAAUUAUAAGGCAAUAUGUCACUUACAACUAUAUUUGUACAUACACCUUUUUUUGUAUAAAUUUAUAAAUUUUGUGUUUAGUUCGGAGAGUUUCUCCAUUUUUUUCUCUAAGAUAUGUGGGGCCAUAUCACUUUUACUAAUUUGCUAAUAAAAGAUAAGCUUUAACAAUAUCCAUUGUUGAGCCUUUCCCACUACCCUCACAAACACUUCACUCUUCGUACUUUUUAUAGGAGUGUGCGUCUAGCUCAUUGUGUGUUUUUUAUUUUUAGUUUUUUUACUUCUAUUCUUUUUCCUCUCUUUGGGUGGCCUUUAUUAUAGUAAUUUUCAAUGAACAGUACAUUUUAAUAUAGCUGCACAAACUCUUAUUGUGAAUAUCAUUGAUAUUUGGUCUAAGGAGUGCAUUUACUUUUCACAUACGCAUGCACACUAACAGUAAAUAAUAAUAAGUGAGGAUUUAUUUCCAUCUCUUGGCCAUUUAUAUGUUAAAAUGUUUUUAUCAUUUUAACAUAUAAAGACAGCUCACUGCAGAAGUGUGCCAAAUCUGUGUUACAAAAGCAGUGAUACAAAGUCCAUAACAAAAGUAUAUAACUACGGAACAUGGAUUUAUCUCAAUGAAGCAGAAAACAAAUAAGAAAGAAAAGGCCAAACAAAAAAAAAAUCAAGGAAGCUCACCAGACAUGAGUAAAUAUAGGUGUAAUAUAGGCGUAACCGGUAUUAGAAAUGAGAAAUGAAAAGUUAUACAUGGAUUCAAUUCACAAGCCUAUUAAUGAAAUGUGCUCAAUUUUAUCCACUUUAAAAUGUUUUGUAGGAACAGAAACAUUGAGCCCUCCAGUCCCAUAAUCUCUGAUGAUGUUUCUAGAACACCUUAAAGUGUCACUCCAGACCCCUAAGCAACUUUAGCUUGCUGAAAAUUUGUGUGUGAAGAGUGUGUCCUCUUUUUUUUAUUUUGCAAAAAGUGCAGAUUUCAAUAGAAAUGGACAGUUUUAUAAAUUAACCUGGUUACACCCUCUUGGCUUUCAAGCAGACAACAGGUAAUGUUACUUCCUGGUUUCGUUAGCUCGAUGCAGUUGACCUCAAGAGGCAGCAAUUGCCCAGAGCAUCUGACUUACAAAGACUUCUUAUUGAACUGUAUUUGCAUGUCUGUGAUUGGACAGUGACAAAUUCUUUGCGGGGUUAGAAGGGGAGGGCAUGCAAAGGCAGCAAACAAGAGAACUGCAGGUUUUGCAAGCUAAUUUUAGAUAUAUUCCCAUGAAAAAUUGCACAAUUAAAUGCAUGCAGGUUUUCAUUUAUGGUAUAUCUACUAAACAGUGAUUUUAUUUAUUUUGCAUUUGGGCAGUGAAGUGUCCCUUUAAUAGUAUUUCUCCACAAUUCUCAGUUUACUGCUAUGUAACUUACGUGAUGGAUAAUUGACCACAGAAAUACUUUACUUGUUACCUUCUUAAAUGAGGUUGUGGUUGUAUAGCAGAAGCACUUUUUUGCAAUUUACCGAAGGUCUAAAUAACUAGGAUUUGAGAGACCUCCCAGCCCCAUAAGAGGUUAGCAUAUUUAUAGUGCUUGGAGUGUCCCUUUAAUAUGAAGACAAUUGCAUUUUAGUUAGGCAACUUGAUAUCUGCUGGAUAGAUCUAAGACCCGUUUCCAAAGCAUAUUUAUUUACAAAUCAACAGACGAUAUGGAAAGCAUAACAAAGAGACUUGAAAAGCUGGUUUACAGUAUCUAAGAAUUCAUCUCCUCACACUUGUCCAAAGAAUGCAUUGCACAGUUCCCCUAAUGGCGAUUCCAACCAGAAGCAAAAUAUGUAAUUUUAUAACACAUAUCCACUGUCAUCUUGUUUUGAAUAUUUCAUUAUGCAUUCCUUUAAAUUAGUUUGUUAUCUCUAUGUCUAUAUAUAUAUUUUUAAAUUUGACAUUUUUUUAUUCAUUUUUACAACAGAAAGCAAAGAGUAAUAACAUCAUAGCUUCAUACAUCAUAAAUCAUCAUAUCAAAAAAUACAGUACUACAAUUUACUGUGAAUAUAGGAUUGUUGUUAGAAAAGAAAAGGAACAUAAUGUACAAUAGCUUGUAAAAUGCAGUAUGUUAGACCCAAUUACUACCUCCAGGCAGGGCCGGACUGGGAAAAGAAUUCGGCCCAGGCAUUUUCCAAUUACAGCGGCCCCCUAAGAAGGGGGCAGAGCCAUGGAGGCUGUGUUUUGCCAUCACUAAUGACAAGCACGCCCCCUCCCAAACAGAGCAUGUUGGUUCAAUGCGCAGAGCCCCGCUGAAGAGCACUAGCAUGAGAAAAAGGCCCUGUAUUUGUUCUGCGCAGCGCAAGCAAAUUUAAUAACAUGCUUGCGCUGUUUUUGCUUUUAACUUGUCUCCGGUGUCUCCAUAAGUGGGAUACCAGAGGACAAAAGGGCCAGAAAAGCGUAAGGUGCAUGUGUUUGGAGCCUGCUUGUGGGAUUGCGUGUGUGUAGAGUGAGCUGAUUGUGGUGUGGUAUUGUGUAAAUAGGUCGAUUUAAUUCGUGUUUGUGGUGUAAUAUGUGUGGCUAGGGGCUGUAGAGAAUGUGUGUAUAGGGGAUGUAGCGAGUGUGUGUGCAUAUAGGUGAUGUAGUGUAUGUAGGGGUUGUAGAGAGUGUAUAUGUUUAGAGAAUGUUGUGUGUGCAUAGGGGAUCCAGAGUUUGAAUGUCAGGAAUGUAGUGUGUGUAGGGGAUUUAGUGUGUAAAGGACCCAGAGUGUGUAUAGGAGAUUGUGUGUGUGUGUGUAUGUAGAGGAUUCAGAGUGUAUAUAGGGUGUGAUCCUUGUCAGCAGGUAGCACGGUCCUCUAGGGCAAAAACAUGCACAGUCCUUGUAAUUGCAUAUAAUCCAGUCACUUUAUUUGCAAAUCCACACAGGAUACAGCAGUAAAUUAAAACAUAAAUGUAACACAAAACCCUAUAAACAAAAACCUAGCUCGGUCUGAGCACUAACUCACUUUGAACAUCCCUCUCUAUCAGGGUUAAACUAACAAAACAUAUGGCACCAACCUUAUUAGUUAGCAACACUCUGCUGGCUAGCCUGUUGCUUUCCUUUCUGCACUCCUAGUGCUCCAAGCCAGCCUUGACUGCUUCCUCCUGCACUCCCAGUGCUCCAAGCCAGCCUUGACUGCUUCCUCCUGCACUCCCAGUGCUCCAAGCCAGCCUUGACUGCUUCCUUUCUGCACUCCCAGUGCCUAGUCUCCUUGACUCUCUGUCUGGAGAGAAAAGCCUCUCUCCUACUUGCUUCCUGGGAGGAAGCCAGCAAUCCCUCUCCUUUACCUGCCUAGCAGGGAGGAGUUUAUUCCCACUGCAACUGCUCAUUAACUGCAGCUGAGCAGUGGGUUGGAGACUAUCCAAAAAACCCUGGCCUGGAUCCAUGUCUCCCCAGAAAACCACUAAACUGUGGAGUGGAGCAUUGGCCCACCCUUUCCUCCAAAUGCUCCACCCCAGGGGCCCAUAACUAAACAGUGUUUUGUGUUGCCUACAACACAUCCUACACAUACUCCCCCUGGGGUUAAAUGUUAUAGGCCUAUCUGCCUUCACUUUAUCACAAGGGUAAGGGAUCUAGCGUGUAUCUGUAUAGUAGUGCAGUGUGAGGGGUGCUGUAGUAUAUAAAUAUAUAUAUAUAUGCUUGGACAUAUUGUAUGUGUGGGGGCGCAGUGUGUUGGAUGUGCUGUGUGUAUGUGUGAAGGGUGCAGCAUAUGUGUGAGGGGUGCAGUGUGUGUAAGAGGGGUGCAGUGUGUGUGUGUGUAAGAGAGGUGCUGUGUGUCUGAGGGUGUUCUUAUCUGCCGUCACAUUCUAUGUUUCUAAUUUUCUUUGUCUGUUAAUUCACUGAGGGUUAUUUUAUAUAUUAUAUAUAUAUGUAUGUGUCUGUGUGUGUGUGCAGUAUAUGUGUGAGAGUGUGCUAUGUGUGAGAGUGUGCUAUGUGUGUGUGAGGGCGCUGUGUGUGUCUGAGGGUGCUGUCUGCUGUGUGUGUCUGAGGGUGCUGUGUGUUUGUGAGGGUGCUGUGUGUGAAUAUGUUUAUUUAAAUAUGUAUUUAAAAAAAAAAACUUUAUAUCCCCCUCCCUUCUUACCUGGGAGGGGGGAGCCGUGCUGCCAUGGAGGGGGGACCAUGCAGCCAUCCUUGGUGGUCUUAGUGGUGAGAGUGAACUCUAGCCUGCAGGGCUAGAGUUCACUCUGGCAAGAUCUGAGUGUUGCCGUGGUAACCCGUGUCAACGCUCCGACCUCGCAAGAGGAACCUGGUGGCGCUGCUGGCUAGAGCUCCCGGGGUCCUCUGCUGCUGCCCUCCGGCCGCAUAUCAGUGCUGGCUCUGCAUGGGCAGACAGGGGAGCAUUUGCCCGGUAUGCCCGAUGGCCAGUCCAGGCCUGUCUCCCGGUAAUUCCGGAAGAGCCUGACAUGUGUGAGGAGUACAAUAAAAAUAUAAAGAAGAAUGCAAAGACUAAGAAUAUAACUAUGCUAAACUAUAUACAUAGUGGGUACAUUCCAGAGAUGGCAAGACACUAGAAAAUCAUGAAAGAAAAAUAACUUAAUAUUAAUGGACAUGGGGCACAGCUGCCAAGAGUAAAUCAUAUCCUCUUGGGGGUUCUACCACUGUAUACCUGUUUAGUAUGGGUGCUACCUCAACUCCCUCCUAAUACCCUCAAAUAGGGAUAGUCGUGAUGCCAUCCAUUAAGCCCAUUCCAAUACUUAUUGCAGAUGUUUGCAGUCAUCUCUGUGUGUUUCCCCUGUCUUAUUUGUCUGCAUGUCUUAACUUCAUAAUCCUAAUUUAUAUUAAUUUGCCUGAGCAACGCUGCCUUAGUAGGUACUUUGUUUUCCAUGCUCUAGCUAUCAAUGUGUUGGCCGCUAUUUAAGUCUGGAAUAUGAAUUUCCGUUCAAUUCAAGGUGUUGCUGCUGGCCACGUAAAAAGUAGGAACAAAUCUGGAGUCAAUGUAAGAGGCUUUUGCAUUUAUUUAGUUAAUAUCUCCUAGUUGCGUAGAAUAGUGUAAGUCCACCACACAUGGUACAUCAUGCCUUUCUCCCUUUAACAUCUCCAGCAUAUGUUAGAUGCAAUCAGAUAGAUGUGUGAUAACCUAAUUGGAACUAGAUACCACCUAUAUUGCAACUUUCUCAUAAGUUCCAAGUGAGAAGCACAUUUAGUAUGUGCUACAAACGCCUUCCUCCAUUUUUCAUCGGAUAAGCGAUGCCCGAACUCUGUAUGCCAUGCUUCAAUAAAGCACACUGUGGCAUUCAUCUGAUUGGUCAUCAAGAAACUGUAGCUAAUUGAAAGUAUUCUUUUCAUGGAGCUCGCAAGAUGCACAGGGAUUCAAACUUGGUUAACGUCUGGUUCCCAAUACUGUGUAGUGUUUUCGGUAAGAUGGUAUUUAGUUGGAGAUAUGUGAAAAUUGCAUUGUUAGAGAGCCUAAAUUGUAUUUGUACAUCUGGAAAGUGUUGGAGGAUGUUCCCUUGAUAUAGUUUGUGUGUGGGUGCAUCCCUUGGGAAUCUAUGUGAUAGAAUUACAUGUGGGGUUGCCUAGAUAGAUUCAAUUCAGGAGUGUAGCCAUUGAGAGGAGUCCAACCCGCACAGUGAUAAUCUGGAUGUGCCUUAUACAUGUAUUUGUAAUUUAGUAGUAGGUAGCAUAUUAGGGAAUGUAGGUAAUGAUUUUUUAGGGACCCAAAAUAAGUAGUGCAAGCCCUAUCUACAAGCGCAGUAUGAUUCAAUGGCCACCCAUUGGGGCAUACCCUGUAUUAGGUGUGUUGUCACUAAUGAGGUCAAACUUGACCCUUUGUUAUAGGUUCUCAUGUUAGGCAUACACAGACUUUAUUGGGUUCCGAAGUGUUUUCGAGGACACUCUGACUUUUCCCCCUGACCACAUGAAUUUUACAAGGGACUUUCGUAAAUCUAGCAAGUACGUUUUUGGAAGUGAUAUUUGAAGGGUGCUUGUCAGGUAUUGGAAUUUAGGUAACAGGGAGGAAUAUUCCCUCCAAUCACUGAAAGAUGUUUACAAAGUCUUGCAGUAGCGUUCUAUAGUUUAAAAGACAGUCAGGAUUUCUAGUGAAGAAAAAGGCCGACUUUAAACCAUCCAGUCUUCCCCUGUCUAGUCCCACAGUUAGGGUUUGUGUUUUGUACACAUUCAAUUUAUAAUAUGAAUAUUUCCCAUAUUCCUGUAUUUGUUGUGUUAGAUUAGGCAAUCUGUGGCUUAGUUAUUGUGAGAAGGAUAUCGUUCUGUCUCCAAUCUGCAAUCCACGGAUGCAGCUAUUAAUUAUUACGAAUGCCGACUAUCAAGGACAUAUAUAAUAGUGAGGAUAAAGGGCAACCCUGCCUGGUCCUGUUAGAAAUGCGAAAAGGGUCUGAAGUGAGUCCUGCUUAUAAUACUUGAGUGACUGAUACCAUUUAUAUGCUCUGACCACUGAUAUAAAGUCCUCUGGUAUUUUAAACCUACAAAGGAUAGCUUCUAGGAACCUACAAUUUAGUAGAUCAAGGCUUUGUCGAUGUCUAGGGAUAGGAUCCUUGUCGUCUGGCCACAAAACCCACCUGAUCAUCAUUUAUGAUCUAUGGUUAGAGUUUCCCUAGUCUAAGUGCGUAUAUUUUUGCAAAUAAUUUUGCGCCUGCGUUCUGAAGCGAUAAUAUUAGCUGAAAGUUUUAUGGACAGGUAGGAGGCUUGCCUGGCUUUUGCAAUGUAACAAUGUGCGCUAGCAUGGUUUCAGAGGUAUUUGUUGUGUGGAAACUGCUUCGGUAAAGAUUUGUACCAAAUGAGGAGCUAAGAUAUCUUGGAAUUUUUUAUAAAAUAAGAAUUGACAAAGCCAUCCAGGCCUGGUGCUUUCCCAGUGGGCAAAGAUCUAAUCACACUGAAGACCUCCUCUGUCUUUAGUGGAGUUUGUAAAUCUGCCUGUUGUCGUUGCGUGAGUUGCGAUAACGGUAUUUGGGUCUUUAUGUCUAUAUUAAUACCUUUUUCUUUGUAACAGUAAGACAGUGUCUUCUGAAUAUUGAUAAAGUGUGUUAUUUUUGCAUUUUGCAUUUUUGUUUUUCUACAUUUAAAGUUCUCCUUUAGGAAGGAAAAUUGUGUUAAAGUGAAACUAUAGUCCAAAAUUAUCCUUUAUUUUUAAUUCAUUCAUGAAAAUUAUGCAAAAAAUAUAUAUUUAAUUAUUUGGCCUAAGUAGCCAAACUAAAGGCAUAGCUGAGAGACUGAAUGUUUCCAGUUGAGAUAUUUUGACAUUACAUUUGAAUGUUUCCCUUAUUAAAGAAAUCUUACACUGCAACUAAAUCCCCACUAUUUCUGCUAAAGUCAUGUAUUUUUAAAAUAAAUCUUUACAUUUUGUGAUCUCUGAAGCUGAUGUUUAGCGAGUAAGUGCACUGGAUUCUGUGUGAUAUGCAGUUUGUCAUGAAUAUGUUUGUUCUUUACAGUGAUCAUUCUUGAGAUGAAAUCUCCAGGUUGUUAUUAUGGUCACAAGGAAGCUACAAUUUCUACCCAUCUGUGAAGUAUAGUGUUGAAAGCAUGUCAGGAGGAUGUUGCUUUAAAUGCCUUUUCUUGAAUUUAGAGUUCCUCAUUUGAAACGAGGAACAGGAUGUAGAAAGAUUACUGUAGGCAACUGGUGAAAAGGGGACAGAAAGGGAGACAGCUGAGCAUGGAGCCCCUGGUAAGAACACACCAUUGCGGUGAUUCACUGAGGUUUGGUGUGAUCCAGUGUCAACCACUGUGUAUUAUUUGAGCCAUAUAGGUAUAUGGAGUGUGAUACCUAUCAUUAAAGGUGAACUUGUCAGUGUAGUUAGCCUAAACUCAGUGCAGUCUAGAUUACGAAUAAUAAGGGUCUUGGUCAUUUGCCACUGAUGGUUUGGCCCAGCUGUCCUGCUUGCACUAUUUUGGCAUGGCCAAGGAUAAUAGGAGUUGUAAGGUAAGCAACAUAAUUACUAACCCAAUGCCUAACACAUUAACCCAUAAAUUUUAACUCAAAUGCUUACCCAUGAUCUUUAUCCCUAAUGCUAAAAUUGUAUAUUCCUAGCACUAUGAGUAUUCUAAACUCAAUCGUAUACUUGUGCUCAGUAAUUAGGUUCAGGUUCUGCUAUUAACAUAUAUUGUUUUUGUUUUACUCUCUAAACACAUAUUUUAACUUUUUCCACUUUGCCUCUUUCAAGACUGAUUGUGGCAUAAAUGUUAAAUGCUGAGCAUAUAUUUUCUUGGCAUGACUGUUGAUCAUGGGUCUGCCUUUGCUUUCUGCCCUUUCAUUUCAAAAUUUACUAUCUGUUAGUCUGGUGCAUAGCUGGACUUUAUACUGCUGUUGGCAUAUAUUAUUUUUAAUUGCGAACCUUGGUGCUCUCACAGCUGGGACCCUUCUCUCCCUCCUUCUUUGCAAUAUUCCACUAAGUAACAGGUGUACCAUGUCAUAUCAGGCAGCUCCAUUCAUUACUACAAUCAGUGCCAUCUUAACAACAUUAUGGGUCCUCGGGCAAAGCAGUGUACCACUUCCUACACAACCAGUUACAGGAAUAAAAAUGUAAAUUAUCGAUAAAUUUAAGCUUAUAUUUAUUGGUACCUCCAACAAAUGCAAUACAUUAAUACACACAGACUUCUGAAUACGCACACACAAACUGCUGAAUACACACACAUGGACUGAUGAAUACACACAGGCAGGGCCGGUGCAAGGAUUUUUGCCGCCCUAGACAAAAGUAAAGUUUGCCGCCUCCCAUAUGACAUCACAAUGCCCCAUGUUAACUAACGCAAGUGCUGCAUUGCCGUCGUGUUUACAUUAAAAGGCCUGCAAGGACAGGCUAUAGACACCAGAACCACUACAUUAAGCUGCAGUGGUUCUGGGGACUAUAGUGUUUCUUUAAUGUGAGGUAAAUUAGAGAUUAGUGCCACGAAUAAUAUACUAGAUUGCCUACUUACAACCAGAUGAGGAUGGUGAUGGGCUCUAGCUGCAGUCUGGCUCCACCCGUCUGGUGUAGAACAGGCUCUCUGGAGGCUGUUUGUGUUCUGGGAGAAGGGGAAGCAGCUCCAUUUUUUUAAGGCCCUUUACACAGCUCAAGGUCUGGGCCCCAGGGUCCACCUUCAUGUUCCACCAAUUAGUUUGUUCACAGGAGUAGGGGAUGUCCUGACAUGUGUGUAAGGAAUGCAUUGUGUGAAUCUGUGUUUGUAUGUGUAAGGGCUGCAAUGUGUGUUUCUAUGUAUGUACGGGAUGCAGUGUGUGCGUCUGUAAGGGGUGCAUUGAGUGUGUGUAAGGAAUGCAUUGUGUGUUUCUGUGUGUGUAAGGGAUGCAUUGUGUGUAAGGGUUGAAUUGCUUGUGUGUGUGUGUGUGUGUGUGUGUCUGUGUGUGCAAUGCAUUGUGUGUUUUUCUGUGUGCAAGGGGUGCAUUGUGUGUGUGUGAUAUGUCAAUCUCUCCCCCCUCCCUUGUCACUCUCUUCUCCCCCUCUCCCUCCCUCGUCACUCUCUUCUCUCCCCCCCUUGUCUCUCUCUUCUCCCCCCUUGUCCCUCUCUUCUCCCCCCUCUUGUCCCUCUCUUCUCCCCCCCUCCCUUGUCACUCUCUUCUCCCUUGCGUGUCCCUCUCUUCUCCCCCCUCCCUUGUCACUCUCGUCUCCCCCGUUGUAACUCUCUUCUCCCCUCCCCACUCUCAUUCCCCCUCCUAACCCUGUCAAUUCCCCUCCCUGUCAAUUUCUUCCCCCCCACCUUGUCAAUUUAUUUUCCCCCCUUUCAAUUUAUUCCCCCCACCCUGCCUGUCCAUUUAUUCCCCCACCCUGCCUGUCCAUUUAUCCCCCCUCCUGUCCAUUUAUUCCCCUCCCUGUCCAUUUAUUUCCCCCCUCCUGUCCAUUUUAUUCCCCCUGUCCAUUUAUUCCCCCUGUCCAUUUUUAUUCUCCCCUCCUGUCCAUGUGUUCCCCCCUCCUGUCAUUUAUUCCCCAGAUCCAUUUUAUUCCCCCCUCCUGUCCAUGUAUUCCCGUCCCUGUCCAUUUAUUCCCCUGUCCAUUUAUUCCCCCACCCUGUCCAUUUAUUUCCCCUUCCUGUACAUUUUAUCCCCACUCCCUGUCCAUUUUAUUCCCCGAUCCAUUUAUUCCCCCCCUCCCUGUCCAUUUAUUCCCCCCCUGUCCAUUUAUUCCCCCCUCCCUCCUGUCCAUUUAUCCCCCCCCCUCCUGUCCACCCAUUCCCCCCCUCCCAUAAUCCAUUUUAUUUCCCCCCAUCCAUUUAUUCCCCCCCUCCUGUCCAUUUAUUCCCUCCUGUCCAUUUAUUCCCCGUCCAUUUAAUUCCCCCCUGUCCAUUUAUUCCCCCUGUCCAUUUUAUUCCCCAUACUCCCUGUCCAGUUUUAUUCCUCCCUGUCCAUUUAUUCCCCCCACCCACCCCCUACCUCAGUUGUAGCAUGGCCGAGCCCUGUAUGAACCGCGGGUACAGGGAGCGUUUGUUUCCUGUACCCGGCCGGACUAAAAGGAAGUGAACACUCAGUGUUCACUUCCUGUUAGUCCGUCCGGGUACAGGAGACAGAUGCUCCCUGUACCCGCGGAUCAUACAGAGCUCGGCCACGCUACAGUGAGGGAGUGACAGGAGGGAGCGCUCAGCGUUUCCCUCCUGUCAGCCUCUCCUCAGGCUGCGCCCGGGCAGUGCGCCCUCAUGGACGCACCAGCCCGGGCAAAGCUGCAGCCGCCUGAGGCGCUCUACAGAGCGCUUGGGCGGCUGCAGCAUGAUGGGGGGCCGGCGCUCCUGGCGGCGCCCCUUCCCAAGGGGCGCCCUAGGCGGCUGCCUAGUCCGCCUUACAGGUAGCGCCGGCCCUGCACACAGGUUGCUGAAUACAUACACACAGAAUACUGAAUACAUACAUACAGACUACUGAAUACACACACAGACUGCUGAGUACACACACACAGACUGCUGAAUACAGAAAGACUGUUGAGUACACACACAGACUUCUAAACACAUAAACAGACUGCUUAAUGCACACAAACAGAGUGCUGAAUACAUGCAUGUAUACUGCUGAAUACAUGCACACAGACUGCUGAAUACAUUCACAUACUGCUGAACAUACACACACAGACUGCUGAACACACACACAAAUAGCUGAAUACACGCAGACAGACAGCAGUGAGGGGUGCAGUGUGUGUGUGAGGAGUGCUGUGUGUAUGGGGUGUCCUGUGUGUGAAGGGUGGUGUGUGAGUGAGGUGCUGUGUGUGUGAGAGGGAUGCUGUGUGUGAGGGGUUCUGUGUGUGAAGGGUGUGCUGUGUGUGUGUGAGAGAGAGGUGCUGUGUAUGUGAGAGGUGUACUGUGUGUGUGAGAGAGGUGCUGUGUGUGAGAGAGAGGUGCUGUGUGUGUGAGAGGGAUGCUGUGUGUGAGAGGGGUGCUGUGUGUGUGAGAGAGGUGCUGCGUGUGUGAGAGAGGUGCUUUGUGUUUGAGGGGUGCUGUGUGUUUAAGAGGGGUGCUGUGUGUGAGAGAGGUGCUGUAUGUGCUGUAUGUGAGGGGUGCUCUGUGUGUGUGAAGGAUGGUGUGUGUGUGAGUGAGAGGGGGGGCUGUUUUCCUAUUUCUGGGUAUUAUUAACUUCCACCUUUCCAUACAUGAGGUAUAUCUGGGUAUUAUUGCCUUCCACCUUUCCAUACAUGAGGUAUAUCUGGGUAUUAUUACCUUCUACCUUUCAAUACAUGAGGUAUAUCUGGGUAUUAUUAACUUCCACCUUUCCAUACAUGAGGUAUAUCUGGGUAUUAUUAUCUUCUACCUUUCAAUACAUGAGGUAUAUCUGGGUAUUAUUACCUUCCACCUUUCAAUACAUGAGGUAUAUCUGGGUAUUAUUACCUUCCACCUUUCCAUACAUGAGGUAUAUCUGGGUAUUAUUACCUUCUACCUUUCAAUACAUGAGGUAUAUCUGGGUAUUAUUACCUUCCACCUUUCAAUACAUGAGGUAUAUCUGGGUAUUAUUACCUUCCACCUUUCCAUACAUGAGGUAUAGUCUCGAGGACAUGGCUACUUUCCAUUUUGCCUUGGUUAAUUUGUCCUGGGACUGCUCUCCGGUAAUGGGUAUGAACCUACGUUUUUAUUGUUCUCAAUCAUAGUUCCCUUAUAUAUUUAUUUAGUUUGAAGGGGUUUAGUUGAAGAAAGCUUUAAAAAUCAGGGGUCACUUAUUGUUUCAUGUUUUUUUUAUAUUGUUGAUGGUGGUUUUGAUGCAUCCUGUAGUGUUUGAACUAUUUUCAACAGAAAACAAACUGUCAGCACACGUUUUACCAUGCUUUUGGACAUGUGUGGAAAAUGUAUUAUCUCUGUCCCAAAUGGUUUAAAAUGAUUUAGUGGUUAGCUUGAGAUGUUAGUGAAAUAAUUUCUUCAUGAUUAUUGCAGCAAAGGGAUAUUGUGAAACGUUAACGAAGAUGUAAAUGUUGUUGUCAUGGAUUAUGUGAUUGCUGUUUGAUACAGACAGUAAGGUAUUUUCAGUAUAUUACAAUAGAGAAAAAAUAAGCAGACCAUCAGUAAAUAAUCCAGCCCCUGACCCUCUAGUUUGGGUGGUAGGAUUUGGAUAUCCUCUGACCUUUUAUGAUGUCAGGAUGGAGUUGGGCAUUCCCUGACCUUUUAUGAUGUGAGGAAGAAGUUGGGUAUCCCUUGGUCUACUUUGUAACAAAUACCCUUCCACCCCACUAAUGUAUUAACGUUUCAACACCUGAACAUAUAAUGAUAGGAAGCUUUUUACCAAGCUUAGCAGCCAUCCCCCAAAUUCUCAGGCCAUCUCUUAAUUUAGCUUCUGAGGACAUUCCUGGUUGCUUGACAAGACAUUGUGCUUUUACAUUUACAUUGUUUUGUGUAACAGAUGAGGUACGGUGAGUGAAGCUCUUUGUGUUACCAUAAAGUGCACUACCUACCCUUCUGUGCAUUUUACUUCCUUGUCAAUGGACUGCAAUUUCACAAAAGCUUGUAGUUGUACAUACACCCACUACUGAUCAGAAUGUCAGACGCCCCCCAUGUACCACCACCCCAGACCACAGACCCCAUCCACUCUGCUUCUGUGGUUGUAAGGCUAAUUCAACACAUGUAUAGAAUAUAGUAUUUGUUAAUAAAGAACAUUACAUUUUUUAAGAAUAAAAAGUUCAUAGUGCAUUAAAUGAAAAAAUAACUGGUGAUGAAUUUAUGAAUGUCUUCAGAAGUUAUGAACAUUCAAACCAUAGAUUCAUGUACCCUUCCAGCAAUCUUCAGGCUACCAUAAGUCUUUCCAUAAGGACACAACCUUAAACUGUAUUUGCCUUUAGUAAAUAUGUGAAUUGCGAGUACUGCUGAAAAUUGUUAUUUUAUCCAAUCUGUACCAAAUUCAGUCUUGCAGUUUUUUAUUUGGGAUAUAUAUGCUAAACAGUGAUUAUUAUUUAAUUUGAAUUUGGAAUGUCCCUUUAAGGUCAUGACAGCCAAACUAAAAAUUUCUCUACGCCAGCAAUGCUUUCAGUUUUGCUACUCUGGCCUUUUAAUAUAUAACCCCCAUCCUGUUUGUAGGUUUUGCAUUGUGCCGUCAGUAGGGGGCAGUAAGGUCUAUCUAUGGAAAGUGAAGGAGAUAAUUAUUUUGGGCCACUUUGCAUUUGUUUAUCUUACACAAUUGUUUUGUAUUUGCUUUUACGUAACAUUCCCAGCUCUAUCUGGCAAAAACUCUAAAUUAUUUUCUGAAGGAUUUGCAGAGAAUCUUUUUUGGGGGAGGAGGAAGGCGCUACUUCUUGGUAAAAUGAAGGAGGAUAGAGACCUGUCUCCCUUUUAAUAUCCGAUAGGGAUAUCUAUCUGGCAUUCAAAAUGUUAAAGAUAAAGACUAGACAGUUCUAUAGUUAUUCACCACGUGUUAAGUGGAUUCAUUGUAAUUACAGGUUCCGCUUUAUAACACACUACACAGUGAUCAGAGUGCCUGUUAUUAACUCCAUCAUAGCUAGCAGACUGAAAGAUUGCUUACUAUUAACCCCUUCACAGACAUCACACUGAAAGCAUCUUGCUGUUAAUUCCAUUACAGCCACCAGACUGCUUUUUAUUAAACCUAUCACAGCUAUCAGACUGAAGGCUGCAUGGUAUUAACCCAAUCACAACUGAAGGUUUCUUACACCUUCACAGACCAAAGUCUGCUUUCUUUUAACUCUAUAACAGACACUGGCCUGAAGCUAAGAAUCAAAAGAAGUUUGCUGCCCUUCACCUUGGCCUCACUACUUUUUGGGUAGAAGCUAAGCUCAGCCCUCGCCGUCUAGUAACAGACGGGAAGCUCCAGUUCUGCUCUGUGUGUGGCUUGAUGUGCACAUCAAGCCUUGCAGCUGUUUUAGUAUUUUGCCUGUGACACGACUCUGCAACGAUUGCACCAUGACUGCACCACCACUGCACCGCAUCCCACCGUUGGCACCCCUGUUAGUUCUGCUACUGAUGACCAAAUCUCUUCCAAACAUUUACUGCCUGUGCUGCUUGCCAGAUCAACCUAAAUUGUGUUAAAAUUGUGAGGGGUUUUAUUCCCUUCCACGUAUGAAUAUAUUACCAAUCAAUAGCUCAAAAAAGUAAUGAACUGUUGCCAUGAAACAAUCAUUGCACCGUGGUCUAAGUGUGCCAUGGACGGCAUGGUGGAACUGGUAAAAACCCAGGUAGAAGUCGAAAUCAAGUCAUAAGUCACAGUGACGAAGUAAAUAAAAAGAUAAAUUAUAACAAAAUAAAAUAAAAAAUACACUUAUUUUGAAUGCUCAAUGGCACUUCUGUACAUUUUGCAAAUAAAAUUGUGUCCAACACUUAGUCAUAGCUAAAAUGUCCAAAAUUCUUGUCUCAGUCUCUCAGGAAUUCCCUUGCUAUAUAUAUAUUUUUUUGGGUAUUAAUGGCAUAAUGACAACAAAAACGUCCAAUCACAAUUGUGUGUUAGUAAAUGUAUACUUCGGGACUUUCCAUGAGUAUUUAAAAAACUUGGCAAACAUGAGUGGUGUCAGAUUUCUACAUGAGUAUUGGUUAAUUCACUUACUAUUUUCUUAUCUUCUGUCAAUCAUACAGUAAUCAUUUAAAUAUUUCAUGUUUUAAUUUAAUUGUAAUUUGUGGGUCAAAAGGUGUUUCCUAGAUUUUCUGUUAUUGUAAUAGUUUUUAUUUUUAACACUGGGAUAUUAUUACAAGAUUCAAGCAAAGUUCUUUAAGAAUUACAGAAAUUUGAAAAAUAAAUGUUCUUUGACAAAGAAAGAUAGAGGAGUUGAAUUGCAAAUUUCAGAUUAAAGUGACAGAUCAAGGACAACUUCCUAUAUAUUCAACAAAUGUAAGAACAGUGCACUACUUUUGGCACUAAGCACCAGUGCUGUGACAGGAAACUGCAAGCAUACGAUGAAAUACAGCUUAUUGCCUAGACUUUACCGAUACAGCUCAUUCUCUAGGCUUUACCAAUACAGCUCAUUCUCUAGACUUUACCGAUACAGCUCAUUCUCUAGGCCAGGCAUUGGCAACUUUCAUCACUGCAAAUGUUUUGGACUACUCCUUGCAUGAUGCUUUGCCAGCAUUAUGGGUGUAAGUGCAUUAUAGGUGAUGUAGCCCACAACAUCUGCAGUGCCGAAGGUUGCCUAUGCCUGCUCUAGGCUUUACAGAUGUGUGGGUAGGGCUGCACAAACAGAAACAAAGUGAUUAAACUUCUAAAUGGCAGUGAAUUGGACACUAAAACUGAAUCAUUAAAUGAAAGUUGUUUUGGUGACUAUAGUGUCCCUUUAAUGUAGUUAAACAUCAAUACUGAUACAGAAAUAACAAUACGAUAAACCACUGCAACCUAUCACUAUCAUUAUAGAGAUUUCUUAAAAAAAAAAAAUGUUUAAUGUAUAUUGAUGAAAAAUGGGUAAGAAAUUAAUAAUGUAGCGUUAGUUAUACAUUAAAACAAUGCAAUAUUAGUAGCAAUUUUCAAAAAGGAUGAUAUUAUUAUCAUUUAUAUAGCGCCAACAUGUUCUGCAGCACUGUACAAUUAUAGAAUGGGGAUAUUUGACAACCAGUUGCUGACAUACAAAAAGAUAUGAGGAAGGUGAAGAAAGCUCUGCUCAGAUGAGCUUAGAAUUUUGACUUGCUAAUAUCGAGCGCUCUGCACAUUGCAUGACAUUAAUUCCACGUAUUGCAGGAUACUACCAUUCCAGAUACCUGUUAGAGACUUAUUAUAUUCCAUAUUUAGUGGAAAUGCUCCAAAAUCAUGCAUUACAGGGCACUUAUUCUUGAAAUUACGGUUUUAAUUACUGACACCAUUCUUGAAUUACGGAAGAGCACUCACUUAAGUAACUUUAAUAGUUUUCAAUAAAGUGUGGAAAGACUCUGGCUACCGCCCUACCAAUAAUAAAUCCAAUGGGAAGAAAUGAUGUCCAGCACUCCUCCCAUUAGCAGCACCCUUUCAGCAAGGUUGGCUUUUUCAAGCAAUCAUUAUAUAUUAAGUUAAAAGAAGUCCUGUGCAUCCUUUCUUUCUACCACCCUUAAAAUGAGAGAAGCUUAACCACUUUUAAAUCUAUACUUGAUCUUACCUAACCUGCUACUGGCUGUUUAAACGUUAAAGGAGCACUCCAAGCACCAUAACAACUACAACAUUGCGGUUACUCCAUGUAAGUAAUGUUAUGACUUCUUUCCUGAGACCUGAAAGACGCACUCCAAACCUCCUCUCUGUAGGAAGGAGAGCUGGAAACCCCUGCUAGAAGUUUCUGUUAAUUCGGGCAGUGCGGUCAUCUGACGCUUUCCACUACUGGGAGAGUGAAGGUGUAGAAUGGUGCUUGGCAGACCACAGAUAAGAAGUCAAACCGUUAUUAAAAGGUUUGACUACUUGCAAUGAUGGGGGGUGCCAAAGCAUUCUUGGAAUCAUAACCACUACAACGUGCUGUAGCAUGUAAGAGUGUUCUUUUAAUGAGAUAUUAUAUUCCACCCACUGUCUCAUACUAGUACUACAGAGCUGAACGUAUUAGAGAAAUGGAAGAACUGUUAUUGACUCAAGAUUGGAGGAGCUGCUUAGUAUAUUCCAUAUGGACUAUAGAGUGCUUGGAGAAUUAUCUGGAAUACCCGACUGAUGGUGUUUGCUCCCCUAGUUCUUCUUUUAGAGUUGUCGUGUUUAUUGUUAAAUUAUUCACCAAGAUCUCAUACAGGAAGGUUGUCACAAUCAUAUCUAGAUAUAGUGAAGUGAUUGUUAAACCAAAAAAGGAUAAACACCUUAAUACUUUGUUGGCAAGUCUGGAGAGAAUGAAGUUCAAAUGAGAUAAAAAAGAUAAAUCGAAACAGGAUACUGGUUGAGGCAGCACAGUAAUAGCUGGAGUCCAUACCGCAUCAAUGUAGGAGAAACCCAGCCAUUGAAAGAUGCAUAUCUGGUAGCAGAAUCCAGUAAGCAGGCCUAGGUUCGUAAUGAUAAGACAAUGAAAUCUAAUUAUGGGAAGCCUGUGAACCAAAUCUCAGUAAUACAGACAGAGUAAAGGGACAGAGGGUAAAUAUCAGAUAACAUUAUUCAGAAGGUUAAACCCAAUCGCUGUAUCCAAAUAGCGAAGCUGUUAUUUAAAUAAGAUAUGUGAAGCACACCACCCAAUAAGGGCAAAUCUAAAAAGUAGUAUGUUUUAAACAAAAUCUUAUCAAAUUGUCCUAAGACAAGAUCUGGUAAGGUUAAGAAUGCCAACAAAGUCCAACAAGUAGUUCAGAGGUCAAAAUUGUAUAAAAGAGGUAACAUGUUAUGGAUAUUCUGGAUUCUGUGUGUAACCUCUGAAAUAGAAAUAUACCACACAUAGAGCAUUGUGCUCAAACACCAUAAUAGAAGAAGUAAUUGGCUUUAUAGUUUUAAAUGGGCAUUCGAACAAAGUGAGGAAGCCAAUAAUAAUGCCACCAAUGUUCUAAAUAGAAUGCCAGUUAAUCAUUCUCACCUCAACAGACAUGAAAAGGAUACAAAAUCAUCUCAUCAUAAAGUAUUUUGUUAGUUUUUGGUUUUAUGUUAAAAUUCCCAAAUUUUAACAAAAACAAACAACAAAUUAGCUGCUGUAAUGCUAUGUAUUUUUAACAUCUACUGUAUAAAGUUUGUAUUGGCUAAUGGAUUCACUUCAAUGCUAGCCUGAAAAACUGACAAAUAUACAUAGGCUCCCGGAAUAAGAUUUACUUUACUGCUUAAUGCUUUCUUUUUGUUACAUGGUAGUUUUAUUUCUGUUUAUAUAUAUAUAUAAGAAAAAAUAAAAGGUAAAAGGUAAGGGCUGCGCCAAGGAAAACUAGAUAUAAAAAAAUAUAACAAAUAGUCCAAAUAAAAUAAGUGAAAAAAAAAGAAAUGAAAAGUCUUAUCUAAAAUAUUCUUAUUGAGGUCGUAGAAUCUAUCCGUGCUUGAUCCAGAAAAAUUGUCCUUGUUAUUCUCCUCCGUAUGGGUCCGCUAAUAUGUAAAAGAUAAGAAAGUGGAGAGCCAAAUAGUGUAGUAUGCUUAAAAAGAUAAAAAUAAUAAAAGGCUGAAAUAAAACUCACAUUUAUAAGAGUUUAUACUCGCUCUAGUGUGAAAGGCGUACAGCGGUUUGAUCCCCGCUUAUGGGAUGUAAGAUGAACUUCCUCCGUCAGUGGUAUAUUCAGCACUCGGGUAAAAAGAAACAGCCAAGUGUACACUGAGUAAAAUAUUGAUGAUAAAAUAAAUAAAAUGGGUACUCACAAGACAGGAGCAGGCCGACUGCUCCUUAACGUUUGCGUUAACCUAGGAUUUCUUGGAGUCCAGGAUGUUGAGAAGAUGCCAGGUAAAAAAACAAAUAAGUGUGUAUAAAGAGAUAGAUGGCACAGAUAAAAAGUAACCAAAUAUACUUUAAUAUAUAAAAAUACACAAUAUAAUGUCCAUAAACGCGUUUCGCCAACACGGCGUUAUCAAUAUGGGGUAAGAACCUGAUACCUGGCAUAAAAUGGUUUAUAUAACAGCUAUAGUCCUUUAAAAUUGGCGCCAAAAUGUGAACAGCCAAUCAGAAAGAAGAUAAAAAUAAAAUUGUUAAAACAAUAUAAAAACAGGGAAAUUUUUUUUGAAACUUUUUAGAUUUUUUGAUUUUUGAUUUUUGAAACUUAUAUGCAUGUGACCGGCAAGCUACCGCAAUGCGUUAUGGGAAGUGUAGUUAGAUGCCGGCACGCACUGCGCAGCCGCCGGCGUCUAUAUAGAAGAUAGGAGUAGGACGUCAGCUCGCAUGGUAAUUGCGGCUGAUGUCAAUAGGAGGGGCGGAGUUAGUGAUGACGGCGGCACGCACAAAGCUGCGGCCGUCAUCAUGGAGAGAAUGUUGUAAACAAAGACGACGGCGAGCACAAGGCUGAAGCCCACGUCAGGGCAACGAAAGGAACCCUGUCGGCACGCACAGAGCUGCGGCCGGCUAGGGUACACAUAAGAAAAAUAAGGGAUAUACAUAUAAAACAAUAAAAAAUAAGAUAAAGUAUAAAAAUAAUGUUAAAAACCACCAAAUAACAAACACCAAAUAAAGAGAUAUUUUAAAAAUACAAUAAGAAUAUGGGAAAGAUGUAUAACAUCCACAAAUUAAAAACAUCAGAAAUAGAUAUGAAUUUAUAAAAAAUUAAACAAAUCAAAGUCUAAAUUAAGACCGUGGGGUGUAAUGUUUCUGCAAUGUUCGCUUAAAUGUGUUAAUUUACAUGACUGACCUAGGUUAGUAACAUGCACAAUUAUGUGCUAGUGUACUGUUUUGUUUUUAUAUAUAUAUAUCUGUUUGUAUUAGAAAUAAGUAUGUUGUUUUUGUAAAAAUUUUUUUUAUAUUCUUUAUUUUUGCAGUGCACACAAUAACAGUAGUGUCAGUGUCCAAGAGAUUAUAAGUAAAGAAAUAAUUUUGAAACAGUGGGUUACAAAUACUUGGCAUAUGAGGAAGUCACACUUAUUUUUCAUUUAUAGACAUAAUGGUCAGUAACAUGUCAGUAGUGUGGUUGUGUGAAUGUGCCAGUGAAUAUGGUGUACCGGGCAUUAAGCUUGGGUUGCGUUGCUUGGUAGGACAGGAGGUUGGGAGGCCUGUGUUGCCUGAGUGUGUCAAGAGGUUUAAUUUCGGUCAUGCGGGUUGCACUUUGGGUGCCCCUUGAGGGGACCUCAAUUGAGGAUUCUUAUGCAUAUAGUGGGUGUGAGCAUGGAGUGGGGUCUGUGGCACUUGCUGUCAUAGGCAUAAUAUCAAGCUUAUGAAAGUGUCAAUGGGUGCACCGGGACCCAGUUAGUGUAUAAAUUACAUAUAGUAUGCACAUAUAGUAAAUGCCCCUAACCAAGGGAGUCAACGGAGGGGGAGGGAAGGGGGUUGAGUGAGUUAGUUACGUGCCAUCAACUAGGUUUGCUGUUGUAGCUGUAUGAGUGUGUAAGCUAGGUUGACCCCAGACAGAGAAAUAAGUAUGUUUUAAUGCUGUCUUUUUUAAUUUGAUUCGAUAGGUGAGUUUAGAUAACACAAUGCAAGAAAAUCCGGUCUACUGUAAUUUGGAAGAAAUUAAGAAAUCGAAAGGGACUCCUCCUAAUCCAACAUGUAGCCCUGUUCAGAUUCUGGAGAACUGGGAGUGCCACUUCGAUCCAAUAACGGGCAGAAACUUCUUCAUUAACAUGGAGACAAGGGAGAAAACAUGGAAGCCACCCAGGAGAUCUAAGGACAGAAACUCUGCAAAGGUAUGUGUUUAAUCAACUACUUUAAUUUGAGCUGAGCGGUGAUAACAGGCGAUGGAGUUAGAUUUGACCCAUUUGAGGUAACCUGUCAUACACAAAGUGUGUGAAUAUUCAGUUCACUUUCAGGUAGGUCACAAUUCACUCAUGAUUAUCUGAAAAUAGCAUUUUCCUUUUCCACCAAGGACUAGGGAAGUUAAUGAAAGCAACAUCACAGAAUUCUGAACUGGUGACCAAGAAACACAUUUUGAGUUUGUGAAGAGAGGCAGUGGGCAUUUGGAAGGCUGGUGAAUAGAGUUGAGCGGACACCUGGAUGUUCGGGUUCGCCAAGUUCGGCCAACCUUCAUCAAAAAGUUUGAGUUCGGCUCGAACUUGACCCCAAACCCAAACCCCAUUGAAGUCAAUGGGGACCCGAACUUUUGGGCACUAAAAUGCCUUUAAAAAAGUCCUGUAAAGGGCUAGAGGGCUGCAAAAGGAAGUAAAAUGGGGGUAGUGCCCUGCAAACAAAUGUGGAUAGGGAAAUCACUUAAAAUAACAUAAAAUAACAUAAAAUAAGCAGCCGCCUAGUAGAUAACUCCCUAAUUCCCACGGUAUUAGGGAGCUAUCUACCAAAAGACUGAAAGACCUAAAUUGGUCUUUCAGCCACAUUUAGUAAUACUAAGUAAAGAUUACUUAAUAUUAGUAAAUUCAGCCCCUACUCGCUAUACCGAGUCUAGUAAACAGUGUCUAGUAAACAGUGAGCAGCCAGUGGCUGCUCACUGUAAAAAAAAAGCAAACAAACAAAAAAACCCUAUUGGCCCCACCCCUGAACAGCGGGUGGAGGCCCUAAAGUAAAAUAACGGGGGGUGGGACCUAUUGUUCUCCCCCCUGGCCCCCACCCCUGAGCGGUGGGUGGGGGCCCUAAAUAACAAUGGGGGGGAACCUACUGUCCUCCCCCCCGGCCCCCACACCUACGCGGUGGGUGGGGGCCCUAAAGAAAAAAGGGGGGGACCUACUGUCCUCCCACCCGACCCCCACCCAUGCACGGUGGGUGGGGGCCCUAAAUACCAAUUAGGGAGGUGACCUAAUGUCCUCCCCCCUGGCACCCACCCGUGAGCGGUGGGUGGAGGCCCUAAAUACCAAUUGGGGGGGACCUAUUGUCCUCCCUCCUGGCCCCCACCGCUGUGCGGUGGGUGGGGGCCCUAAAUAAAAAUUUAACCCCAUCACCCCCCUCCCCCAUUUCAUAACAUGACAUUUGGCGGUACUAACCAAUACAUUGUGAAAUACAUUAUUGACUGCCUCAAUAGGCUUUCACAUGUUGUUGCUUUUAUAACAGGUGUGUCUAAAAUAAGUGAAACACAGUUAAACAAAGAAUGAGCUACAAGGAAGUUGAUGUUUUAUAAGAGUAUUUGCUUCCCUGCCUUAAAACAUGACCCAAAGCAAAUUUAACACUUUGAUCAUUCCAUCAGUGCUUAUAAUAGGAAAGACAUUUAUUAAAGGGACACUGUAAUCACUAUAACCACUUUUUCUCUUUGAAUUGGUUAUAGUGCCUGGAGUGGCCUGGCACUGUCCCUCCAUUCAGUGUUGCACCAUGUUUGUGCAAUAUGCCACAAAAUAAGAGUCCCUGGCCACCCACAGUCCGGCCCCUUCUGUAUGUGUAGCUAAGGCAGAGAUUACACACUUGUUGUCAUACGCAUUCAUACCGUCAGUUGGAGCUCUGACAGGUUAAAAGCAGUCAGCUGACACUCUCAGACAAUCACAGCUGCCAAUUGCCUCUCAGGGUAAUACUUCCUUAUUAGCCAAAGCAGCACAGAGGGGAUAGACUGCCGUGGACUCUUGUUUAGCAUUAAAACAUUACAACAUUAAGAACUGUUUAAUGCUGAAAGAAAUGAUGGUACCAGGGGACUGCAGACACUAUAACCAGUUUAAUGAGAUGAAGCAGAUACAGUGCCUAUGGUGUCCCUUUAAUGUUUAUUUUUGGUACCUCUAUUUUUAGACCGAUAUCCGUGGCGCAUCUUAAAUAUGAGAACAAAUCAAAUUUGUUCUAAAUAUGGUUUCAACACCUUGGUUCCCCUCCAUAUGGCUUCUAACAUUCCAAUUUGAAAGUUGCAGUGCCAAUGUAUCUUGGAGACAGAUCUAUCUUUUCUCCAGUUCUGGGUAUUAUCAAAGACCUAAUUUUAUAACAGUGGUUUUUUUUGUCAGUCUAUAUUUAACUAAUUAUAGUGAAAAAUUCCAGCAACAAACAUUCCAGCAACAGUUACAUCUCACAAUUAUAUGUGUUUAAUUGUAUGGAGCUAAGAGAAUUUAGCGAGAGGGGAAAGCCCAGGUAAUCUCCUUGGACUGGAAUGGUGAAGGUAGGACCCUUCAUGUCUAUUCGACCUGGCACUGCUAUGCAAAAUACAAAGUUAGACCAAAUAAUCACUGGUGCACCUAUAUCUAUCAUUCUGCAAAUAUGGGGAACCCAUCAGUCCGUAUAACAAAUUGCAUCCACAAGCCAUGAUGUACAGUGUGGGCCUGUUUCAUGAAUCUCUUCAGGGAGAGCUAACCAUUACAUAAUAAUAUAGUUGACAUGGGGGUAAAAGAAUGGAAGUAUUUUUUAUUUUUUUAGGUUUAUUUUUAAUAUUUGGAGCAAUUUUUUCAAGUCUUUUUUCUGUUUUUUUUUUCUGUUGUGCUUUAAGGCACAUCACGUACAGGAAGUGUGAAUUUAAUUUGUUUAUUUAACUUUGUCCUUUUACAUCAACUGUCUCAAACAACUGUAUUUUUCAGUACACUAUGUGCAUUAUUGCACCAUUUGGUUCACAGAUCAAGUGUGAAAGAGUAACCAAUAAAAGGGAAAAAGCAGGAGCAGUUAAAAAAAACCCAUCUAGAUUUGUAUAUUUAUAUAUAUAUAUUAUUUUUUUAACUGCUCCUCUUUUUCCCCCUCUGUUGGUCACUUCUAACUUUAUCUCUGAAUAAAAUCAAGGUUUAAUCCCCUAAUCAUGAAUCAUUUUGUUCCGACAAUCAUUUUUUUUUUGGACAAAAUAUGAACAUAUCGCUAUUUGUUUUAAACCAAAUGCACAAUCUUUAGUGUACAUUCAUUUUUACAGAGAUCCUUCUUUUUUUGUAAAGAUAAAAUACUGCUUACAUUUAUUUCUAGAAUCAUGACUGUAGUGCUAGGGAUAAAUCUUUAUAUUCCUAACACUAUAGUGUUCCUCUGAUAAUAUGUUCAAAAAGAAACAAGUAUCUCUAGCACAUCCUGCAAUUUAGUACUAGUUAUCUAUACAAUUAUCUCAGCUUGAUACUGGUCUGCAAGGACUUUCUAUACUGUAACCCAGUGGUUCCCAAACUUUUUAGAUUCAAGGCACCCUUACAAUUUCAAUAUUUUUCCAAGGCGCCCCAAGUUAAAACAAUUUUCUUGUUGUAUAUAUCUACAUCGCUGUGGCAUAUACUGGGCCCCUGUUCGGGAGAAAUGCUUUCCGUUCAAGCGCAGAUCCAGGACCUAAUCUUUAGCGGGGCACUGGUAGAUUAUUUAAAAAAACAAUUCGGACACAAUAACCACUACAGCACUUUGUAGUGGUUAUGGUGCCAUUAGUGCCAUACUGCCCUCGCAGAGUAAAUAGUCAAACAGUUUAAGAGCAGUUUGAGAACUUACCUGGGAUCUGCCGAGAUAGGGGCUGUAGCAGGGGAUAGUGUGAGUAGUGUGUCUGAGGUGUGCAAUGAGUGUGUGUGUGUGUGUGAGUGGUGGAGUGUGUAUGUGAGGGGCACUGGUGGCUCUAGACUAGGCGAAACUCAAAAAAUAGGUGUUUCGUUGUGUGUAUAAGAGUGAGCUACGAGGAAGUUGCUGUUUUAUAAGAGUAUUUGCUUCCCUGCCUUAAAACAUUGACCCAAAGCAAAUUUAACACUUUGAUCAUUCCAUCAGUGCUUAUAAAAGGAAAGAUAUUUUUCAAUGUUUAUUUUUGGCACCUCUAAUUUUAGACCGAUAUCCGUGGUGCACCUUAAAUCUGAGAACAAAUCAAAUUUGUUCUAAAUAUGGUUUCAGCGUAUUGCUUCCCCUCCAUAUGGCUUCUAACAUUCCAAUUUGAAAGUUGCAGUGCCAACGUAUCCAAUUUGAAAGUUGCAGUGCCAUCGCUGUAUCCAGCCCUGUAGCUGUAUUGGACAAGCUUGCAGCACUGGAUACAGAGAGCUAGUCUCUUUAUUCAUUGUUCAGAGGCUUGCAGUGUCGCGGCUCUCUGUGCCUCUGUGUUGUGAGCUCUCCGACUCUAGUUAUGGCAUAAUUAGCAAACUAAAUUAAUUUGCAAUAAGCAAAUGUGAUUAGCAGUUCUGCUAAUAAUCUAUACACGACUCCGGGGUAUAAUUGCAUAGCCUUGCAGUCGUGUAUACAUUACUGCCAGUGUGUGUAUUUCUGAGUGUGUCUAGCAUUGUCUACCUGUGUAUGUGCAUCAAAGUGUGUGUCUGACUGAGUAUCCUUGUGUGUGAAUGUAUGUAUUUAUAAGUAUGUGUCUGGGACUGUAUGUGUGUGGGGAAGCUGCUUGCGGUGUGUGGUGUUUAUGGGAGCUGCCUGUGACCUUUGUGCAUGUGUGUAUGAGGAAUGUCUUCAGUUUGUGACAAGGUGAGUAAAGGGGUAACUGGGGCAGGGUGAGUGUGACUGGGUGAGGGGGAUAAAUGAGACAGGGUUGGGGGGGGGUGAAUGUAACAGAAUGAGGGAGGGUGAGAAUAAUAGGGGGGCGAUUGUGACAUGGUUGGAGGAUGGAGAGUGACAGAGCAUGGGGAAGUAAGUGUGACAGGUUUGGAGGAGGUUAAUAAAACAGGCUGCAUGUGGCAUAGUUGGGGGUUGUAUCACCGGGUUGGGGUGAAUGUGCCAUGUUUGGAGGAGGCAAUGUAACAGAAUGAGGGGAGGUGAGUGUGACAAGAUUAAGGGGGUUAAUGUGGCAGCAUUAGAUUUAUGUGGAAGGGUGAGUGUGGAAGCAUUGGGGAGAGAGUGUGACAGGGUUUGGGGUGAGUGUGGCACAGUUGGAGAACAGGAUUGGAGGGGUGAGUGUGGUGGGGUCAGUGUGGCAGGGUUGAGGACUGUGUGCGACAUUGCAAGAGAAGGUUGAGUCAGACUGGAUUGGAGGGUUAGGGUAAUUGUGGUAAAGCAAGGACAGGUGAGUUUGAUAUGGUUGGAGGGGGUGAGAGUGACAAGAUUAGGAGAGUUUAAUGUGAGUGUGGCUGGGUGAAGGGGGAGACAGUGUGUGGGGGCUGAAAGAGUUUGGGAAUGGUGAUAGUGUAUGUGUGUGGGGGGCAAGGUGACAAUGUGUGCAUGUGGUGGUGACAGGUGUUCGUGGGGGUGACAGGUGGGUGUGUGGAGGCGGGGUGGAGGGUUGCAGUAACAGGUAAGGGAGGGGCAGUGAUGUGUGUGAGGGGGGGGGUAACAGGGGGUAGGGGGAUGGAGGGGCAGUGACAAGAGGCGGGGUGGAAGAACACUGAAGGCGGAGGGGCAGUAACAGGGGGUUGGGGUGUGUGGGGGAUGGAAGGGCAGUAACAGGAGGUAGGGGGAUGGAGGGGUAGUAAUGAAAGGAGGUAGGGGAGGUGGAGGGGCAGUAACAGAGGGUAGGGGUAGUAACAGGGGGUGGGGGGAUGGAGGGACAGUGACAGGUGGUGGGGGGUGGAGGGGCAGUGACAGGGGGUAGGGGGCUGGAGGGGCAAUAACAAGGGGGUGGUGGGGUGGAGGGGCAGUCACAGGGUGUUGGGGGGUGGACGGCAGUGACGGGGAUACGGGGGUAGUAACAGGGGUUGGGGGAUGGGGAGGGGAAGUAUCAGGGGGUGGAGGGGCAGUAACAGGGGUUGGAGGAGGUUGGAGGGGCUAUGACAGGGGGGGAGUUCAUAAAUACCUGUGGUCCUGUGGAUUCCCCUGGUGAUCCGGUGGGCACCCGCUCUCUGGCUCUCUGGUCUGCAUCACCACCAGGUAAAUCUCGCAAGCUCCAGUCAGAGCGUUGCCAUGGUAACCCGCUGCAACACUCUGACAGGCGGGAGAUCGUGAGACACUUCAGUCUGCAGCUCACUCCCGGCGGAGCUGCAGACAGGAGGCUGGCUCUCUCCCGAGCAGACUGACUGGAGAGGCCUCGCACCUGGCGGCAUUAUGGGCAAGCCGCCGGGCCCCCUCCUGUGUUGAGUCCUCGGUCUCUGACUGAGGACCCGACAUGGUAGUCUGCCCUAAGGCAAUUUUGGUGGCCGCGGUGCCCCCAUCAGCGCGAGGCCUUAGGCGGCCCCCUAAAUCGCCUCUGGUGAGCGGUGCAGUGUGUGUGUGAGGGGUGCAGUGUGUGUGUGUGAGGGGUGCAGUGUGUGUUUGUGUGAGUGUAUGGAAGUGCAUUGUGUUUGUGAAUGAAGUCUAAUCUCAAGUAGAUGUGCAAAGAAAUCGUUGAAAAACAAGAGGCCUAUUUGUCAAGCUUAGAACAAUGAGCGGCUAAUUAAGCUAUAUUAUGUUAUGCCAUUUGCCUUCGCAAUGCGUGGGCAUGGGGAAUAUUCAAAUCAGAAACAAUUAAUCUGUUGUUGAUAAAGUUAUACAGACUGAUGGAAAUUUAUGCCGUUAGUGGACUUUAUUUUUGUCUGUACUCCUCAGAAUGUCAGCUAAGGUCAUGCUGUGUCUAGGACUAUAAACCACUAAAGCUAAGAUAAGCUAUGGGACAAGUGAUGGAAACCAGUGUCCUUUAAACAUAACUCAACAAGAGACCAGUAUUUGAGAAUAUGCUUAAUCAAUGCACAGAUAUUUCAAUUAAUAUGAUCAGCCACUGAUUGUUGCUAAAGCAGCAGAGGUUCCCUGUAAUUCUGGUUUUCAGGUGGUUUAUACAUUAUGCUAACAGAAAUGCUAGAAAACAUAUAGAAUUAUAUUAAAAGCAGCACUGUCACUCCCUCCCUUCCCCGGCCGCCCACUUCAAUACUCAUACUGACUGUGUUGACAUUUUACUGAAAUUCCAACCCAGUCAAAAGAGAUUUUGAGACAAAGUAGGGACUACAGUGCUGCUUUAAAGCUCUUUUGUGUUUGGGCCCCUCUCUACCGGUCAGCCAAAUCCUCAACAUAAGACCUGAUGUGCCCCGUGUGUGUAAUAAAGAGCGGGAGCAGGAGAACCCUCUCUAAAGCGGUGCUCUGCUUCCUGUUACUGUGUUACCCAUUCUUUUAAUUGUAUUAUGUAGAUAGCAAAUUAAAAUAUAUGUGCCAAAGCAAUAAUAAUAAUCAUAAAAAAUAAACUGCUGUGGUGGUUAUGUUCCCAGGAGUGCCCUGGCCCCAUCUCAGUGUAAUUUGGCAAACCUUUUUAGAACUUACCUGGAUCCCCCAAGAGCCCAUGGCCACUUAUCCUACUAUCAGUGGUGUAUCCUGGUUUUGUGCUGCCCUAGGCAGGACAAAACUCAGACGCCCCCCUCCCCCCGCGCCACCCCCACCCAACCGUUCCCCCCCGCCCCACCUUCUAAAUACACACACACACAGUCAGACACACAAACACACAGUCAGACACACACACACAGUCAUACACAAACACACACACAGUCAGACACAAACACACACACACAGUCAGACACAUACACACACACACACAGUCAGACACAUACACAGACACAAACACACACACACAGUCACAAACACACACAGUCAGACACAAACACACACAGUCAGACACAAACACACACACACAGUCAGACACAAACACACACACUGUCAGACAUAUACACAGACACAAACACAAUCAGACACAAACACACACACACAGUCACAAACACACACACAGUCAGACACAAACACACACAGUCAGACACACACACACAAACACACACACACAGUCAGACACAAACACACACACACACAGUCAGACACAAACACACACACACAGUCAGACACAAACACACACACAAUCACUCACAUUAACUUUUUUUUAAAUCCCCCCCCCCAGCCUCCUUACCUUUGGGAGUGCUGAGGGGGGAGGGGGGUCUCUCUCUCCCUGGUGGUCCAGUUGCUGCCGGUCGGGCUGGGCGGCGCUGGCUGCUGUGCAGGCGGCUGGCGAGGGAGCUCUUCCCCUGAGCUGACUGCUCAGCUCCCUCACUCGCCGAAGAGUGAGGCUGGGAGCCGGAAUAUGACGUCAUCUAACAAGACAUUUGCCCUGGGCAUUUGGGGGCGGCGUUUUUUGCCGCCCCCUGAAAAAUGCCGCCCAAGGCAAAUGCCUUGUUUGCCUCACAGCUAAUACAUCCCUGCCUACUAUGGAAUUUCCUGAAGGAGAAUGUGGUUAGCUCUACUGUGCUAAGCAGGGCCAUGUAUUAUCUGUGUUCAUUGUCUGGGACUCUCAGCUGAGUACUCCAGUCACCCAGUGAGCACAGUCCUGUAUCACCUGUGCUUAGUUGUUGAGAGACAUAGCACUUCUUUUGCAGGAGAAGACCAGAUGUUGUGUUGGCAACUAAGGGACCAAGUAAAUUGUUGAGCCAUUCAAAAAUGGUUUGAGAAAUUACACUGGGACAGCAACAGCUUCAGGUCACUUCGGGUACCAUAAUCACUACAGUAGUUCUUCUGGAGCAAAAAUAAAAAAGGAGGCAUUGCAGAUGGAUGGAAUAGGCAAAAAGCUUUUCUAUUUCAGGACAUUAAGUUCAUUGAGUUUGGUCUUCCUUUCCCCCUAAUAUUUGCUUGGAUUUAUUAAUUUUGGAUAAGCAUUUCAAAUGAUUACAAUCUGUUAGAAAAAAAAAACUUAAACAAAAAAAAAAAACUAUACAUAUUCCCAUAGACUUUAAUGUAAAGAAUUUUAAAUGUAGAUAAUUUGAAAACAUUUUCUAACAGAUUGUGAUCAUUUGAAAAAUCUUAAUGUUAAACCGGGGGCAUUUUUUUUUUUUUUUAUAAUUGUUGCAGAGUAAUGGCUGCACCUGUUUUAUUGGAUCACUUUGUUACAUACUCUGAUGAUGGUGUGGGGCAAAUUAUCCCUCUGAAAUAAUGACUGGCCAGUUUUUAUAUGCAUCUAUUUUUUUUUUAUGCAUACGGUUUAAUGUGCACAUCUGCAUUGAUGUAUUUAUGUUAGAAGUUAUUUGCAAAAAUAUUUCAUUGAUACCAUAAUUCUUUGUAUACUUGACAAGACAACAGUCUGCUCGCUUGGAUGUUGACUUACAAAACAUACAGAAUUUACUAUAUCGCUUUUCAUAUCACUUUUUGUGCACAUAAUGAUGACAUGCACCUGUGCUUUCUUAAUCUGUAGAACACCCUUAGAGAAACAUUUUUUUCCAUGUACGUCUACAUCACACUUUUUACUGUGACACGUUAGAAUAUUUUUUUUGUCUUCCUUCCUCAUUGUAACGCUCAUCAGUUAAAGUCCUCCCAUUUCUAUUCAUUGCUGGGUCACAGUUGCAGCAGCAACAACACAGUACUUCCUUACAGCAUUCUGGGACAUGGAGCAAGCUAUAUUUCGAAAGCGAUCCCAGCAGGGUUCCGAGGAUUCCAACUACCCUGAGGUGUUUUGGAGUUCAGAGCCUGGAUAUGUAAGUCUGUCUCAAAGAAUGACAUACCUUUAACUUACUUCCUAUGCAGAUUGCUGUGUGAACAAACCUAACGUGUGGUUUGUCUAAAAUGUCACUUUAACCACCAGUUGUCACAGAUAUCUCUGUUCAGGAUGUGGAAUAAACACAAGGGGUCUACGUGAAUAGCAUCAUUUAUCUUUGUGCCUUCUUCACCUGCAUGCUAGCUCCCCACCUACAAGUACAUACUAUAUUUACACGACAUUAUUUGCAUGUUUUCUUAUCUCACAGCCUUUGUGCUCGAGUGUCAUACGUUGCUCUGACUCUGGUAAUAAAAAAAACAACUUUCUUAGCUUUAAUUACUUGCAUGCAAACUAUCCUUUGUUUUUGUGUAAAGUAUUCGCGUAAUGCAAUGGGAACCUUAAAAGUGGCAGUUUUUGACAAUUCGUUUCUACUUUUUCAUCACUCUCAUUUGUACCCGUGGACUGACUGAAUCUAGAACAGAUUGAUGAUACUUUUUAUAUAUCACUUUUCGUUCACACAGUCUCAGAGACAGAGUCUCAGAUUUUAACUAGAUCUGCAGCUAAUUAACAAAUGUUACUAACAGUCACAGAAUAUGGUAGAACGCAAAAUCUUAUAAUUUCAUGGGUCAGUGUAUAUACAUAGAUAUCAUUGUAAUAAUAAUCAGGGAAACAAUUACAGGUACUAUAGGAGUAGCAAGCACAAUAUUGCUAAUGCCACCUGAAAUACUAGUGUAAAUCCAAGUAUUUCAGGUGAUGUUAGCCAUUUCUAUAGUUCUAUAUGCCUGUAUUCUUAUUAAUGUUUAAAUCAAAGUAGGUGCGCAUAAUAUGUGCUUUGAGGCUUAAUAUAAUCAAAGCACCAAAAUCAUUAUAACACACUGUAGAGGUUAUGGUUCCAGGAGUCCCCUGGCAACAGUAUUCAAAUGUUCUCCCUGACACUCACCCGAGUCGCCUAUGGUCCUUCCAUACAUCUUUGAUUUCACUAAAGCUGCAGUUUCCAUUCUGCUUUAGCAGUAUGUAACUUGUCCCUAUUUGGCAAUCUUGCCAAAAUGUAUUGACUCACAGAAUGGAAUCACAAAAGACUAGAAGGAUGACUGGUACCCAGGGGAGCCAGGUAAAUAUUAAACUGUUUGAAAACAGUUUGACUUCUUACUCUGGGCCUGCUCCAGGAACUACUGGUACCAUAAUCACGACAGAACACUGUAAUUACUUAGAAUGCAGCUUUAAACAUGUGUUACAGACACCUAAAAGAUGAUUAUUUAUGCACUCUUUUGUUUUCAUCGUUUAUAUGUAACUAGUGUGAGGACAUGUACAGCCUGCAACAGAAAGUUAUAAUUUCCCUUUUUCGAGACCUUAUAUAUAUAUAUAAAAAAAGAUUAUGUUGAGCCUGUCUGAAUUGUUCCCUGUGACCAUGAGGUUUGAAUGGGAUAUACAGUUAGUGCAUCUAACUCACUGGUUUAAAAUAUGGAUUAUGACAGUUCAUUUGUGAAUCAUUUCAGAUAAAGUCAGAAUGUUCUAACUACAAAACAUUAAGGAUAAUUCGUAUUCGGGAAAUGUCUAUUCCUGGUAUGAAAUGUGAAAUGUGCUAGAUUAGUGCAUUAACCUGUAAAGCAUUUUUUUCAUUGGUGAUGAUAGAUGAUGAUGAUAGAUAGUCAGACAGACAGACACAUACAUAAAUACAUACACAUAGAUAUGGUUUGUUUGUCUUUCGUCCUGUAAGCACUGAUGGAUGUCCAUAUUUUAAGGCACGGAAACAAAAAACUCUUGUAGAACAGCAAGUUCUUUGUAGCUCACUCAUAGUUGAACAAAUGUUUCACUUAUUUUAGACACAACUUGUGGGAGCUUAUUAAGGCAUUCAGUAAUGUAAUUCAUAUAAUUUUGGUUAGCAUUGCUAAAUGUCAGCUGUAGAGUCUGCAAAGUUUAGUGUAAAAGAUGUACAGGUUUUUCAUUCUGGUUAAUUAACCUCUAUUCUGGUUAAACCAGUUGUGUUUCCCGAGUAUUCUAUAGACCUUUGUCAGAUUAUCUCAGUGUUUUAACCUCUGGUCACAGCUUGAUAUGCCAUGCAUGACCUUCGCUUACUGGAUUCUUCAGUAAUUUCAUCAAGAGAGGCUGGAUGAGAGCAUGAAAACCUCAAUAACACGAACUAAUCUGGAUAAGGCAAUGACAUCAAAUUAGCAUAUAUUACUAAAUGCAACAACAUAUUAAAAUUUAAUUAUCCAUGGCUGUUUUUCCUUUUACCCUGGGAAUUGUCUUGCUCACACAGGCCCCCUAUCAUAGAGUCUUUACAUUUCUUGAAAGAAUUAAAAACAUCUUAUAAAAAACAUGCUAUUGUUCCUUUAAGAUUUUUUAUUAAUACUUUUUUUUUAUCUGUUUAUGGGAUACAAUUGACUCAUAAUAUGCAUCUGUCUGUACAAUAAUAAUUCAGGUUUAAACCAUUGACUUCUAACCCUUUGGAAGUAUGACAAUGUAUUACUCUGUUAAAUGCAGUGCUUUCUAAUAUAAUAUUGUCUCUUUAAAAAUCUUGAGGCCACUUGAACUCCAGAUAUUCCACUAUCACCAUAAGGAACCAGUAGUUGACUUUUAUUCAACUCAAAAUAAAUGCUGAGUAUUAAUGUUUUCUGAUUAGACACCUUAAUCAUGGAUGGUGUUGACAUGUAAACCAUUACAUUUAUGGAUACAUUUUUUUUCUUGACCAUGUCUUUAAAGGCUCUGGGCUUAAACUUUUUUUCACUGCUUAGUCUACAUUAGACUUCAGAUAUUGGAACACCUGCUUGUGAAAGUUCACUUUGUAAUUGAAUGCUAAUUUAUUGGCUGCUCAUUACAUGUGUGCUUCAUCUGGCAUACUUAAUAGAUUCUAAACUUUGAAAAUGUUACUUUAAUUAUAAUUGAUAAUUCUGUUUUCUUUUAGUUAAGAUCAUGAGAUAUACUGUCAUGUUAAGUUUUGUUUAUUUAUACAUUUUGGAAUUGUAAUAAUUUGAAAAACAUAGUAGCCUGUUUGGAUAAAUUGUCAAAGAGGAGAAUAUUUAUUUCCCUGUCUUAAAUGCGAUAUUGCUAACCUCCAUGCUUGUAUUACCUUGUAAGCUACAACACCAUGUUCCUUCUCAUUAACAAUCUAUAGCCACUCUGAUGCAGCCUGCUAUUUAAUAGUCUUAUUAGUGCAGAUAAAUAGCAUCGUAUCUGUAUGUACAUACCCCAAAACCCUCUCUGGUUACCCUGACGCAACUAGCGUAAUAAUGUAGCAAACCACAGAGGAAUAUUGGGAUACGGUUGUAUAAAUCUAAAACAAAGGGAAAUAAACAAAGAAUAGUGCAAUACAGUAAAAGCAAUGUAUUAUGCGCCAUAUGAAAUGCACUCACGAGAUGGUGACGAAAACAGCGCUCACAGGGUGCCUCCCCCAAAGUAGUUGGGGGGCUAUUAAUCCCACUUUCCACUCCACGAGCAGCAGAUAAUUAGAACAGGACUCCAGAUGGUAGAAAGUAAAAAGGAUGAUUUAUUAUAAAAAGGUGAACAAACACCAUAAAUAUAGAUGUAAAUAUAAAAGAAAAGUCGGUCCUACGUGUUUCGUUCCUGGCGGAACUUCCUCAGGGACCACAAUAAUAUAAAAAAAAAUAUAUAUAUUUAUGGUGUUUGUUCAUCUUUUUAUAAUAAAUCAUCCCAGACCCUCCAUGUGUCUCAUUCCCACCUCCAGACCCUCAAUGUGUUUCAUUCUCUGCCUUCAAGACUCUCCAUGUGUCACAUUCCCCACUCUAAGCAAACACCUCCAUGUGUCCCAUCUCACCCAGUCCCUCCAUGUGACUCAUUCCUCACUCCAGUAAAGCCCCUCCACGUAUCCAAUCCUUCCAAGGAAGCCCCUCCAUAUGUCCAAUUCCCUGAAGCCCCUCUGUGUGCCUCAACACCCAAGUAAGCUACUCCGUGUGUCUCAUUUCUCCCCACAAGCAAUCCCCUCCGUGUUUCCCAUUCCCCUCUCAAGCUUCUCCAUGUGUCCCAUUCCCUCCAGACCCUCCAUGUUUCCCUUUCUAUCCCCCACAGUGGCUUCAUGUGUCCCAUUCUAUCCCACCCAGCCCCUUCAUGUGUUCCAUUCUAUUCCAUUUCCACUGCUGCGGUGCCACCGAUCAGACAGGAAGUGCUCUUUUAGUGAGCACUUCCUGUAAGACCACUCGCUACAUGCAGGGCAGGAGGGGUGCAGCACAUCCCAUCGCUUCCUUCCGGCCCUAAAGGUUUGCAGGCGGUCAUGAUCACAGCGGCAUCCUGGCCUCCUAGAGUGAUGGGCCCAAUCCCUGCUGCGGCCCCUGUGACUUUGGUAGUUACGCCACUGGUGGUGUGUACUUUUGCAAAAAGUGCAGUACUUCUUUACCUGUUCUCUACUUAUGUCUUUCUCACAUCCCUGCAAGGGUUGAACACUGCUAAUGCCUCUGCGUAGGUGAAAAAAACAAAAAAAAAACAAUUUACAUAAAAACCCCACCUGCCUAAUAUUAUGUCACCCUCGCCCUGCAAAAACAGCUCUGAUGCUUUGAGGCAUGGACUCCAGAAGAUCUCGUAAUGUGUCCUGUGGUAUAUUACACAUAAAACCAUAAAAUGCACAACCUAAAAAUACAAAGGGAGACCAAUAGUGCAGACAAAAAUAACUAAAUAUUAAAAAUAAAAAAAUAUAAAACACUCACAAACAUAGAAGUAAAAAGGCAGGGUAUAGCCAAAUUUCUUCAAAUGCUUCUUCUUCUUCUUCUUCUUGUGUAUGAAGAUGAAUACUUAAAACAGAGCACAGAAGAAAAACAUAGUGUAUAACUGUAUGGUAUUAGAAAAUAUGCUUUAUUGGAUACACUUACAAGAUAAAAGAAGUAAAAGGGCUCAUCAAUUUGAAUCACAUCCACUGUCUGCCAUCCCAAAUAAAUACAACGCCAGAGGAAGAGGACAAAGUGAAUACAAAGAGUCCAGAAUAAAAAAUAUUGAAUUGUAAAAAUAAAGCUUGCCGCCCUACGCGUUUCGUCUACAAGACUUCGUCAGGGGCUUGUGGCACAAAUAUACCAUACAUAUACAAUAACAUAUAAAUACCCUGCCUUACAAUAUUAACCAAUCGCUAAACAAAAUUAUUAAUCUAGUCCACCUGAAGAUCCUUUUCGGCCGUGUUCUCUUUUUCGCGCUUCUUGAGAGCGCUUGCGUCCCAAGCCUCAUUCUCAGGGGUACCGACAAAAGCCGCCGGUCCCCUUUCGGAACGUCAUUUCCGGUCGCCGCCGGAAGUAGUCAUAAGUCCGACCGAGAAAAGUCGCUCUUUGGAACGCAAAUGCGUUCCACUUCGGAUAAACCGGCAAUGCAAGUUCCAAACAUGCGAUAAACAUAAAGUUACAGAACAAAAAAGAAAAAAACGAUUUAAGAUCCUCAUAUUAAACAAAUAGAAAUAAUGAUCAGAAUAAAUGAAUAAAAAAAUGUGAAUAAAAAAAUGAUGAAAUAAAUAAAUAAAGAAUGAAUAAAUAAAUAAAAUGAAUGAAUAAAUAAAAACAUUAAUGAAACAAAAUUAAAAUAAAAUAAAAGAAAAAGAAAUAAAAUAAAAUAAAAUAAAAAAUAAAAAAUAAAUAAAUAAAAAAUAAGUUAUUAACUCACUCUGUCCCUGUUCACUGUAAUAGGUGUCAAAAUUUCAAUCCCAAUACUUUUUUAUAUACUGGGAUUGAAAAGGUGUUUUUGGACGAAAGAGGUGGUGAUUUACUAUUAAAAUUAAGACAAAGAGAAGGUUACUGGAUUCACACACUAAAAACAAUGCAACCUGAUGGUAUGAACGUUGAUUUUGAUAUGGCAUGUUUCUUAUAAAUAUUUUUACAUUUUUUAACAGGUUUUAAUUUUAUUUUUAUUUUUAUUUUUAUUUAUUUUUAUUUUUAUCUUUAUUUUUAUUUUUAUUUUUCAUUUAUUUAUUAUUAUUAUUUAUUUAUUUUUUAUUUUUUAUUUUUUAUUUUAUUUUAUUUUAUUUCUUUUUAUUUUAUUUUAUUUUAAUUUUGUUUCAUUAAUGUUUUUAUUUAUUCAUUCAUUUUAUUUAUUUAUUCAUUCUUUAUUUAUUUAUUUCAUCAUUUUUUUUAUUCACAUUUUUUUAUUCAUUUAUUCUGAUCAUUAUUUCUAUUUGUUUAAUAUGAGGAUCUUAAAUCGUUUUUUUCUUUUUUGUUCUGUAACUUUAUGUUUAUCGCAUGUUUGGAACUUGCAUUGCCGGUUUAUCCGAAGUGGAACGCAUUUGCGUUCCAAAGAGCGACUUUUCUCGGUCGGACUUAUGACUACUUCCGGCGGCGACCGGAAAUGACGUUCCGAAAGGGGACCGGCGGCUUUUGCCGGUACCCCUGAGAAUGAGGCUUGGGACGCAAGCGCUCUCAAGAAGCACGAAAAAGAGAACACGGCCGAAAAGGAUCUUCAGGUGGACUAGAUUAAUAAUUUUGUUUAGCGAUUGGUUAAUAUUGUAAGGCAGGGUAUUUAUAUGUUAUUGUAUAUGUAUGGUAUAUUUGUGCCACAAGCCCCUGACGAAGUCUUGUAGACGAAACGCGUAGGGUGGCAAGCUUUAUUUUUACAAUUCAAUAUUUUUUAUUCUGGACUCUUUGUAUUCACUUUGUCCUCUUCCUCUGGCGUUGUAUUUAUUUGGGAUGGCAGACAGUGGAUGUGAUUCAAAUUGAUGAGCCCUUUUACUUCUUUUAUCUUGUAAGUGUAUCCAAUAAAGCAAAUUUUCUAAUACCAUACAGUUAUACACUAUGUUUUUCUUCUGUGCUCUGUUUUAAGUAUUCAUCUUCAUACACAAGAAGAAGAAGAAGCAUUUGAAGAAAUUUGGCUAUACCCUGCCUUUUUACUUCUAUGUUUGUGAGUGUUUUAUAUUUUUUUAUUUUUAAUAUUUAGUUAUUUUUGUCUGCACUAUUGGUCUCCCUUUGUAUUUUUAGGUUGUGCAUUUUAUGGUUUUAUGUGUAAUAUAUUGAAGACAUUGAGGAGUCUUCGCACUUCCUAUUGUUGGGUAUUUAUAUAAUAUUUAUAUUUAUAUUUUACCUUUUUUAGCCACACAGGGUUUUUUUGCAUAUCUUGUGCAAAUCACUUUUUGUUUUAUAUUUAUAUUCCUGUGGUAUAUGGCACCAAGAGAUUAGCAGCAAACCCUUUAAGUCCUACAAGUUGUGAGGUGGGGCCUCCAUGCAUUGGACUUGUUGUUCCAGGACAUCCCACAGAUGCUCAGUCAGAUUGAGAUCAGUUGAAUUUGGAGGCCAAGGCAACAUAUUGAACUCUUUGUCAUAUACCUUAAAUUAUUCCUGAACAAGCUUUGCAGUGUGGUAUGCUGCAUUAUGCUGCUGAAAGAGGACACUUCCAUUAGGGAACAUCAUUGCCACAGUGGUACGGAAUUUGAUGGCGCUAUAUAAAUAAUAAUAAAAUAAUAAUAAUAAUAAUAAUAAUAAUAAUACAUGGGCUGCAACAAUCUCUAGGUAUGGGGUACAUGUCAAACUGACAUCCACAUGAAUGGCAGGACCCACGUUUUCCCAGCAACACUGACUCUAAUUGCUUCCUAUAGUGCAUCCUGCUGCUAUCUGUUCCCCAGGUAAACUAUGCACACACACCCAACCAUAUCCCUGAUCAAAAAGAAAAUGUGAUUCAUCAGACCAGACAACUUUCUUCCAUUGCUCAAUGGUUCAGUUCUGAUACUCACAUCCCCAUUGACGGCUUAUUCAAUGGUGGACUGGGGUCAUCAUGGACAGUCUGACUGGUUUGCGGCUAGAGAUCCCCAUACACAGCUAUUGCUAUUCACUGAGUGUUCUGACACCUUUCUAUAAUGGACAGCAUUACGUUUUCAUCAGUUUGAGCUACAGUAGCUCUUCUGUGUGAUCAGACCUGACAGGCUUGCUUUCACUCCUCAAGUGCAUCAAGGAGCAUUGAGAGUCUACGACCCUAGUGCUAGUUCAUUGGUUGUCCUUCCUUGCACCAUUUGAUAUUUACUAACUACUGUAUACCAGGAACAUCCCACAAGACUUGCUAUUUUGGAGAUGCUCUGUCCCAGUUGUCUAGCCAUCACUAUUUGUAUGUGUCAAAGUCACUCAGAUCUUUCUGCUUUCCCAUUUGCCCUGCUUCCAACUCAUGAAAUUCAAGAACUGACUGUUCACUUGAUGCCUUUUUUAUUAUUAUUAUUAUUUUAUUAUUUAUAUGGCGCCAGCAAAUUCCGUAGCGCUGUACAAUGGGUGGACUAACAGACACGUAAUUGUAACCAGACUAAUGGACACACAGGAACAGAGGGGUUGAGGGCCCUGCUCAAUGAGCUUACGUGCUAGAGGGAGUGGGAUAUAGUGACACAAAGGGUAUAAGUAGGGGUAAUGAAAUAGGUUGCUAGAAAAGUAAUCACUGAGAACUUAGUAGGUUAUUUUGACAGUUGCAGGAGAGUAGUCAUGGGAGGAGGAGGGGGGGAAUGAAAACCCGCUAACAGUUUAAAUGAUAUGCUUUCAUGAAGAAGUGUGUCUUCAAAGAUUUUUUGAAGGAGUGGAGACUGGGUGAAAGUCUAACGGAGAAGGGAAGGGUGUUCCAUGGAAAAGGUGCAGCCCUGGAGAGGUCUUGGAAGCGAGCAAUAGAUGUGGGAGUAUAGACAGAUGAUAGGCGUAGGUCUUCGGCAGAGCGCAGGGGCCUUGACGGGACAUAUUUGUGUAUUAGGGAGAAUAGGUAGGUUGGAGCAGCAUUAUGUAGGGACUUGUAAGCAAGCACCAGAAUCUUAAUUUGAGCCCUAUAUCUAACUGGAAGCUAAUGUAGGGACUGACAGAGGGGGGAGGCGUGGGAGGUGCGGCGGACAGGAAAAUGAGCCUUGCCGCCACAUUCAUUAUAGAUUGCAGCAGUGCAAUCUCGGAACACGUAAGACCACUGAGAAUGGGAUUGCAGUAGUCAAGGCGAGAAAGAAUGCUUUAUGAAUGCUAUUUUAUUUUAUUCCUCCAGCAUAGUCAUCUAUCUUCACAUAAUAGUUAGUUUACAAAAUGCAUAUCCAGCUGAAAACAUGUUUCAAUUUAAUUGGAAAUUAGAAACAACAUUAUGAUUGGAGGUAGAGUUAUUAUAAACACCUUAUAAGCAGGCAGUUGUAGUAGAGACAACAAGAAAAGAGUUGGAGUAGAGAGUCUUACAAUGUGGCUGUUUUGGUCAAAGGGUUUGCAACUUGGUUGGCAAUUCACCACAACUCCCUGUUCAAUGAAUAAACUCCCAGUAUUUUAAGUAUGCAAAUCAUCAGAAUAUAGAGCAUCUUAUGUACUACAUAAAUGCAAAGAUAAAGACAUAAACUACUGGAUGUUAUGUGGAUUUAUUACAUAAUUUUCAUGUGCCACACAUACAUGACAUAAAAGAAAACAGUCAUUGGAAUCACAAUUACGAGAGUAGAGUCAGAUCCCUGUUUCACUUUUAAGAAUCGUCUUAGACACUUACUUGUAAGAAUAAAACAAGGUAUGAGCUAUAGGGUUGCUUGUAGUCUAUUUUCAUUAUACUGAAUUGUAUUUUAGUACAAAAUCUAUCUAAUUUAACUGAUUGUAGAUUAGCGCUGUUGCUGCCCCUCUUCUACAUGAACACAUCCAUCCCCGAUUGUCGUUGUUUGCAAAUCAAGUUUCCUUCUUAAAGUGUUCUUACAACCCUGACACCACAAACCUACUCUACAUACAAACUUUAUAUAAUAAUAAUAAUAAAAGCAGCAAGAUUGAUCACUUCUGAUGAUGAUGAUUCUAAAGUGAUUUUAUAAGUUUAACGUUUAAGAGACUGUAAUCAGUAGGUUAAAUUGUAAUGUGACAAAAGGAAAUUAGAACUUUUAGAAUAAAUGUGAAGUAGGACUUUGUGGUCAUUUUGUAUGGCCAAGCCUGUGUUACUUUUCUAGAAAUAUCAAUUUUGGUUUGUUGACUUAGUUUCUAUAUCUCAUUGUCUCUUAGAUAUGUGACUCUUCAGAGGAGCAAAGUCCCUUUUCCUUGAGCAGCUCAUCAUCUUGUAGCAGCUUAUUCAAUCCAAUCAGCGAUGAGACAAUACAGGAUCCUGAUCUUCCAUUGCAGAAACUCAAUUAUACCAAGUCUAUGAUCUUGUCUCAUUCCCGUGGACCAAGGGUAAAUCACUACAGCUAUCAAUCUAAUUUGAGAUAUCCAUGAGUCCAUACGCUAUAACGGUAAUGGGCAACCACAACUUUCCAGCUGUUUAAUUACAGCUUCUAUUACACCCAGCCAUUCAUAUAUUGGACGUUGGUAAUUGUAGAUUUAGUCCCACUGGAGUACUCCAGUUGCUUACCUCUGUUAUGAAGUUUUGUAGUCGAAUUAUGGAAAUUUGGAAACACUGUUUCUUUUGUAGUUUUUCACAUAAUUAAGAAUGCCAGGUGACAAAUACAGUAUUAAGUAUUCAUUUGUGAUUCAUUUGUCUUUUCAUUGACCAUUUUAUUUAUGUAUGUGUUAUAAAUUAAAUGUAGAUUAAUUCUUCAUUGUAGUCAACCAAAUGCCCAACUUUUACUCCAAGUCUGUAAGGAGGGGGUAUGGGAACUUAUUUGAGAACUGCUAAUAUGAAAAGUAAUCCCCUUUUGGAGGGAUUUAUGUUGGAAUUCAUUGAUAUUUAAUUAUUUUUGAAUGAUUCUUUAAUGACUGAAAAAAUGUACAGAUUUGCUUUUAUUGCAGAAAAAGUAGACACACACUAAUGACCUGGAAUUUGCAUUGUGCAGACUUUUUGAGUGAUUCACAAGAGUAGUCCAUAUUUUUUCUGAAGUACUUGGGGUUUUCCAGCCAUAGAGUUUACUUAUUAAAUCAUGGUGGGUGCUGUGUUUAUGACAGACCUACAAAAUUAAGGCCAAAAAUAGCAGAGCUGAAAAUAUAAAAUAUAAACCCUAACGUCUGAGUCUGAGUUUGACAAAAAUUUGAAUCAACUCCCUGUCUAUUGAAUAAACCCAAUAUUUAUCACAAUGGUCUUGUGGAAUAGAUACAUUUGGUAAAAUUGCUUCUAAAAGGGACACUAUAGUCACCAGAACCACUAUAGAUUAAGGAAGGACACACCCUCUGUUCUACCACCAUCUUACAGUCACUGAGAGCUUUGGUAGGGGAUGUAGUUUGUGUUUGUAAGGGAUGUAAUGUGUGUUUAGGGAAUGUAGUGUAUGUGUAUAGGUAAUGCAAUGCUUGUAGGGCAUGUAGUUUGUAUACUGGAUGCAGUCAGUGGUGUAUUUUGAAUAUGUGCUGCCCUAGGCAUGACUGAACUCAGGUACCCCCUAAUUUAAAUUUCCCCACCCCUUUCGGUCAAGGCCACACCCCUUCCUUUUAAAGACUAACACAUGCUUUGACUGACAUACACACAGACACACCCACUCUCUGACCGGCACACACUCUCAGAUGCACUGACAUACACUCACUGGCAGACACACAUCCUCACACACUCACUGAUUUGACACAAUCUGGCAGACACACAUAAUUACUGAUUUGACACAAUUCGACAGACACACACAGUCACUCAGACAUGCACUGACACACGCAAUGAAAGACACGCACACAAUCACUGACAGACAAUCAUUCACUGACAGGCACACACUGAUAGACAUGCACACACAUUCUCUGACAGACACACACAUUGACAGACACACACACAUUCACUGACAGACACACACAAACUCACUCACAAAAACACACACACUAUCUCACAGAAACACAUUCACUGACAAAAAAACUCACUGACAGACACACUCACAGAUAUAAACACACAUCCACUGACAGACAGACACAAACACAAUCUGACACACACACUGACAAACAAACACACACUGACAUACAAACACACUCAGACACACACAAACUGAGAGACAGACAUACACACACACACACACACACAGAAACUAACAUACACACACACACACACAUUUAUUAACAGACAAACAAACUCACUGACAGAUACACUCACUCAGACACACUGACAGAUAUAACAACACAUUUACUGACAGACAAACACACACACACUGACAGACUGACACACACUGACACACACACACACAUACACAUACACACACACACAGACUGACAUACUGAGAGACUGACACACACAUUUCCCCCCAACAUUUACAAAUAAUUAUUUACUUUUAUUUUAGUUUAAAUCCACCCAGAUUUUUACCUGGGGUGCAGUGAGGCAGCUGGGCUGGCCGCUGGGCAGGCAGGCAUACAGGAUGAAGGUCAGACACACUGACUGAUAUAACAACACAUUUACUGACAGACAAACACACACACACUGACAGACUGACACACACUGACACAAACACACACACACACACACACACACAGACUGACAUACUGAGAGACUGACACACACAUUUCCCACCAACAUUUACAAAUAAUUAUUUACUUUUAUUUUAAUUUAAAUCCACCCAGAUUUUUACCUGGGAUGCAGUGAGGCAGCUGGGCUGGCCGCUGGGCAGGCAGGCAUACAGGAUGAAGGUCAGACAGGUGUGGAGGAUGGAGGGCGGGCAGGCAAGAGGGGUAGUGGGUGCGCAAAAUAGGCAGUUGGGAGCUUUGAUCAUCCUGUUCAGCUACCUUGCACGCUGCUUAGUGAGGCCGGAUGCCAGAGUGACGUUACAUUCAGGCUCCCAGCAUCACUGCAGGUCUUGCCUGUUAAAUAAACUGUCCAGGCGCCCUGGGGGGCUCAAGGGUGGCCAGCCGGCCAACUCUUGGGCCCCCCACACGUCAAGGCAAACAAGAUAUUUGCCAGGGCACUUGGGGGGCGACGUUUUUUGCCACUCCCUGGAAAGUGCCGCCCAAGGCAAAUGCCUUGUUUGCCUUGUGCUAAAUAUAGAGCUGCAUGCAAUGUGUGUAUGUAUAAGGGAUGUGGUGUGUGUGUAAGGAAUGCAGUUUGUAUAGGUUAUGAAGUGUGUCUGUUUGUAAGGAAUGUAGUGUGUGUGUGUGUGUAUAGUGGAUGCAGUAUACAUAUUGUAAGCUUGUUUGGGCAGGGCCCUCUUCACCCAGUUUUCCUGUAUGUUAUAAAUGUUUUGUUAGAAUUGAAUGUCUGUUUUGUUUCCUGUUGUACAGCACUAUGGAAUAUGAUGGCACUAUAUAAAUAAUUGUAAUUUUGUGUGUAAGAGAUGUGGUGUGGAUGCAGCUCCUUGCCACCUCUAUUGCCCACCCAGCUGCCCAGCAGCCUGCACAGCAGCCAGUCUAGCAUUCUCAUUGAACCCCAGAGAAAGAAUCCACUCCAGCUCUCCGAAAGGUAUGGAGGCUGGGUGGACUUAAAUUACAAUUUAAAAAAAAAAAAAAAAAUUUGCUACUGUAUGAAAAUUUUUUAUGUAAGUGUGUCUGUAUCUGUGUGAUUGUGUCUGUUAGUGAAUGUGUGUUUGUCUGUCAGUGAAUGUGUUUGUCAGUUAGUGUGUGUGUGUAUCUGUCUGUGUGUGAAUGUGUCUGUCAGUGAAUGUGUGUCUGUCAGUGUGUGUGUGUCUGUCUGUCAGGAGUGUGUAUCUGUCAGUGAGUGUGUGUGUGUGUGUGUACCUGUCAGUGAGUGUGUGUGUGUGUGUGUGUGUGUCUGUCUGUUAGUUAGUGUGUAUGUCUGUCAGGAGUGUGUGUGUAUGUGUUUCUGUCAGUGAAUGUGUGUAUGUGUGUGUCUGUCAGUUAUUGUGUGUCUGUCAGUGAAUGUGUGUGUGUGUGUGUGCCUGUCAGUGAAUAUGUGUGUGUCUGUCACUGUGUCUGUGAGUGAAUGUGUGUGUCUUUCAGAGUGUCAAAUCAGUGAGCAUGUGUGUGUCUGUGUGUGUCAGUGUGUAUCUGAGAGUGGGUGCCUGUCAUUGUGUGUCUGUCUGUUAGUGAAAGUGUGUGUUGGUUAAACCCUGUGUUUUACAAUGACUGUGUAUCUGCCAAUGAGUGUAUGUCAGUGCAUGUACCAGUGAAGGAGUGUGUCUGACAGUCAAAGUGCUUGUUGCUCUUAAGAAGGAAUAGGUAUGGACAUGACAAGAAGGGGUUAGUCAAAUUUAAAUUAAGGGGGUGUAGAUUAGGGGUGUGUGUAAGUGAUACAGAAUGUGUGUAUGAAGGAUGCAGUGUGUGUGUGUGUGUGUAAGGGGUGUAGUGUGUGUGUGUAAGGGAUGUAAUAUGUGUGUAAGGGAUGCAGUUUGUGUGUAUGGAGAACACAGUGUGUUUUUGUGUGUAAUGGAUGCAGUGUGUGUGUAUAGAAGAGGACGUGUGCGUGUGUCUGUCUGGGAUAGGGUGGGAUAGGAGCUGCUAUCUGUGGGGAGUAUCAUGAGUAGGUUGUCACACCCUGAUGGUGGCCCUGAGUAGCUCUGGUGUCUAUAGCAUGUGGGAAAGCAUUGGAUUGGCUAAAAUCAUCAUGAUUGAUUACCUCAGUUUUGGAGGCAAGGUGGGGCCAGCAGACUGGCAUAGCAGUGGAUUACUCCCUUAUCUAUUGCCAUUAAUGCAUGGAUAAGCUGUUCAUGAAUGUUUGUUUAUUUAUAUAGCUACACACAAGUGUAUGCUUCACUGUAAGGCAGGUGCAGUAGAUUUAAAAAACAAUGCAACCAAAUGUUAAACUCCACUGUAAGAGAAAAUAUUUUUUUUUUAAAAAGGAGUGUUGUUAAAACAGUCUUCUUUCUUUUAUAUCCAUUUAAUAACAAAAACGUAUGAAAAAAUACUGGCAAAUAAACUGUGAAAAAUUAACGAAAUAUGUAAAGAGGGGAAAAGAAAAAAAAAAUACAUAGCCCAUGCCUGGUACUACUGAACGCACUUUGCGUCUGCACAUGAUGCUUUAUCAAGAGUACCAGAUGUACAGUUAUGGGAGAUGCAAUGAGUAAACACUGAAACCAAUUAUUUUAACCUCUACUAUCUGGACAAGAGAAGAUACAUGAACGCUUCUUAGUUCACAUGAUAAUUCUGUCUUUAUCAGACUCUACAUCGAUGCUCUUAUUGAGCAGUCCUCAGAUAUACACUGUGUCACGAUUAGCAAUGUUCAUCUUUUACUUAAUCUUUUACAGGGCUUCCACAGGAGAAACCUUUCUCACCACGAGUUUCAAACUUACGGCAAUUCAGACCCCUCUACAGACGUACCAAGGAUUCCCUUAGUUACAGUCCUGGAUGUACCUCAUGUAGGUUUCAUAAACAUUUGCUAAUUUGCUGUGUACAACCGCCCAACGUCCAUUUAAUCACAAAUGAUAAUACAUGACAGAUUUUUACAUCUGCUCAGAAUUAUUUUUAGAUUGAUGUAAAGGAAGAUAAAAAAGAGACAUACUUAAAAUGGAAAAUCUUAAUCAACUGCUGCAUUAAAUAUGUUUCCCAAAAUGCCUUUCAAACUCAGUGUUAUUCACUAAGGCAAACAUGAAUAUAAACAAUUUAUAAGCACUUUCUGCAUUUUAACCAUCAAACAGAUUUUUUGAAAAACUAUAAAUGUGGGCAAUUGAGACAGAUACACAUGGCAUCCACUGUGGCAUCACAAGUAACGGCAUCAGCAUGUGUUUUUAUUUUUAAACAAUACAGUAGUAGAUUAGAGAGGGGUCGUUAUUUUCAUAAUGUGAAGAAAGCAUGUGGUGAGGAUUUCACCUCAAUUUACAGUCUUCAAUCUUUGCAAGUUCAUCUCCACAAAGUAUAGAAAUCUAAUCCAUAAACUGUAAUGGUGAAAAUUGCCAUUGAUUGAAUUGGAUGUUCUUACCUGAAAAUUGCUCUGCCUCCACCAAGAUGUCUGCCACAGUGGAUGCCAUGUGUAUCUGCCUCAAUUGCCCAUAUUUGUAGUUUUUCAAAAAAUCUGUUUGAUGGUUAAUAUGCAGCAAGUAAAUGUAUUUAAAUGUAUAAUCCACACAUGCUCUAGCCAAUUGUCAAACAUAAUAUAUAGAUGAAAGAAUUCAGAGAUGAUUACUCCGUAAGGUGGUAGAACCUUAUAUACACUUCGAGAGCACUUUAAGAGUGAAGUCACUAAGCCCUAUAGCAAGGUCACAUUUUUCAUUAAAGCAUGCAAAGACUUGAGGGAAACCAUACCGUACUUCUGUCCCUAGUUUAUGUUGACAGUCUCAAAUUUGGGCUCCAGACCCAUUUUUCUAGGUUUGUUCCCUGGUGUCCCACAUGAUUAGAUAUCACUAGCAUGACACAAAGUGCAAUCAAGCCACGGAGCUUAAGGGCAAAGAAUUUUACAGCACUGAAUGAAACUCUCCGGUGUAAUGGACAGUAAACUUGGCUGUGUACCAUACAGGCCGAUGUACCCCAUCUCAACUUCAUACUCACCUUGAUGGGCAGGAUGGUGAACUACCAAUUAUACAGAACACAAUCAACAGUUUAAUAUGACAAUGUAUUUCUUAAUGAAAAAAAAUUUCAGAUUUAUAGCUUGGAGAAAGUACAUUAAGCUUGAAUGAGUAUGUCACUGGUGUAUUAGCUUUAAAUCAAUUGUUCGGGUUUAUGUUUUUAUAUUGUGCCAAUCAAAAAGCUACUUACACCUAGUUUUUCAAAAACGAUAUUAUAAGAUGGCUUUUAAAUAGACCAGACAGGAGAAAACAGCAUGUAUUUCAAAAUGCGCAGUAGGCUGCUUAGUAAAAAGUCAUGGGGCAUAUAAAAAUUGAAUUGGUCUCUAAUUUUUGAAUUUACAAAGCAAAAACAUCUUGCACAGAAGGUUACAAGAAAAUCGAGUCCAAUCAUUAAAACCACUCUUAUAAUCAUAAAAAAUCUGGGCACAAUCUAAAUGAGAUUUAGAUGAGAUGAGAUUAUAUGUGGCAUGGUUCUGUGUAUAUGUUGUAUUUAUGUUUUUUUUUUUUAAAUAUACCAUAAUACAUUUUAACUUUUAUAGUUUGUUAUACAGACUCAUAGGGACUUUUUCGUGUCCUCUGGGCCUUAGGUCCAUAGGCAACUCUAUUUUACAAUCUAAAUUAUGGUUUUUUUUUAACAUGUUAUUGAGUCAGAUGAAAUAUGUGUCUCUGUUUCAGGAGGUUGAAAAGGCUGAUCAGUUAAACAAGACGAAGAUAGCUGAAGGUGGAAGGAAGCUUAAGUAAGAACUAUGAUGUAAACUGUGUGUUUGUGUUUCAUGCUGCGUUUUUUAUAUUGCAAUGUCCAACUGUCUUCAGAACAGAAUAAAAAACGUCAUCCUCAAAAAAGGAUUGGAAUACAUAUCACUACAUUGUUCAUUUACAUUUUGCUGUGAAAUGGACAAAUGUGUGAGUUAAAAAUAAAACCUUUUAUUUUUAGUAAAUUCAUUAAUUUUCUUAAUUACACAUUAUUCAUGAUUUGUCAUAUACAGAAUGUAUAUUCUUCAAAGUUUCCAGUUCAAGCUAUUUUUAUUAUCUUGCAAGUUAAACGAAUGAGAUCAUUUUUCUGACAGAGACAUUUCCAAAGCUGGUUAUACUGACAUUUUCCUUACUUUUGCCACCUUUGCCACCAGUCUAUGCAUGUGGCACAGUGUUCCCAUGUGACUUUAGCUUUAUUUUGUUGGUCACUCAUAUGCUCCCUGGGGUGUGUGAGUUUUGGGAUGAUGAUGCUGAAGAAGAAAGCAUGAGUCACAAAUGUAAUGGUUAUUUACUAAACUAGAAAUUGUGAAGAACUGAUAAUGGAUUGCAUGUUUUAAGAAAAAACGACUAACAGCUAGUCUUUGGACUAGAAUCAAUUGGUUUAGUAAAUAAAGUGUAAUAUCUCUCUGUGACUAAAAAAGAAGAAAUAUUUCCCUCAGGAAAAACUGGACCUCGUCUCUGGUUGUUCUAACUGGAAAUAGUCUGGUGUUCUACAAGGACCCAAAAGUGCAGGCUCCUUCAGGCUGGGUAAGUAACAAAUCUAAUUGACUUAUUCCAAGAACGGCUAUCAUGCUAGAAUACUGAAUUUAUAUUUAGCUCACAAUGGUGGACAGAACAAGGCUAGAUACAUAAAUAGCAAUUCAUUACUGAGUAACCGAAAAGCAUUUUUGGUAUUCAUGUCUCUAGUGCCAGGCACCUUUUUAAAAUUAAAUGUACAGCAAUCUUUUCUAUUUUAAACUUUUUAGGGGGAGGAGUUCUCAAAUGGAUCUUUUAAAGAGCUAGUACAAAUUAAAUACUUUUUCAUUUGUUGAAAUCAGAGUGGGAGAGAAAGCCUCAUGCCUGGCUACAGGGGAAAGGCAAGCUUUUAAGAAUUUUCCUGAUUUGCCUGUGUGAUUGGCUGUUAUCUGAAUCUUUAUAUCGUUUAAUUUCAGAAACCUUCUAACAGUAAGCCAGAGAGCAGCGUGGAUCUGAGAGGAGCCAUCAUAGACUGGGCCCAGGAAAUGUCCAGUAAAAAGAAUGUGAUCCAUGUAAGUCUCCAGAUAUGACGUGCUUUAAUGUAACCAGUGCAUGCGAGAUGUUACUGCUUCCUGCUAAUUCGAUUUUAUGGUGUAGAACCUAGUAAUUAGUUUAUACUACAAAGUGAAACAAUAAAACCAUUACAUCAUUGAAGAAGAGGGAACUGGUUUCCUGUAGCAUGGAGUCCUGUUGUACCUAUUGUACUUCCCCACCAUUGUGGAAGUACAUAGAAGUACCAUAGAAGUUGUAUACAUUGUAGACAGAAACACACAACACACACCAGUUACUGUUAUGUGGUUAAUGUAUAACUGUCAUAGAUUACUAUAGAACAAUAUAAGAGUGCUGCAAUGCCUAUUAAUAUGCCUAUUUAAAUACCCAGUGUGGUUUCUUACAAUAUUGAAAUAGAUUUUGUCUCGAUUAUGGUUUCAUUACAAUGUUUGCCCAUUGGGAAAGCAAGGUCCAUGUUUACAUAGUGUAUUCUUUUAUGUAUGGAGAAGUAAUAUGAAUCAAUUUUUCUGAGGAUUAUACAGCAUCAGAUUUAACUGCUCUUUACAUCCACACUGGAAUGAACUAAACCCUGUUCAUACGUGUUCUGCAGCUCCGCAUGGUGACAGGUAAUGAGUACCUUCUGCAGUCUGACAAGGACUCUGUGAUCCAGGAGUGGUACUAUGCCUUGCAGAGGAUCAUCGAGCGGCUGGUAAGAGAUAAACAGUAUAUGUGCAGCAUAUAAACAGCAUAGAUGUAGCAAUUCAGACAUCAGACAUCGACUGGAUCUCAUGUAGCCCACUUCAAAUAAGUAGGAUGCAGUUUAUUAUCAAGUAUAAUAUAAACUAUUGAAUUUCAAAUCUCUCUGAGCACAUGGGGGAUCUUUAAUAAUUACUGUACCCCCAAUGACUUAUCUGGUGUACUGGUGGUUGGAUUCACAAGCAACAUAGCCUUUCAUCUUUCUAAAAUGAGUGCUAUUAAUUUGUAUAAUCAUACAAACCUACCGUGCAUUGAAUUUUAUUUUUUCUCUAAUUUGUUAUUAUGAUGAUGAUAAGCAUCUAUGAACUUUUAAUAGAUGUAAGCUAGUCGACAGCCAAUGGUGGUAUAGCUGCAGACAUGGCCACAAGGGGGAAUUUUGAAAAUAAUGCAAUGGAAGUCUUUAGUCUGCAGUUCUUUCCCAGUUGGUUUGUUCUUGCCCUCCAUCAUUGAAUUUUCAAAUGUAGUAGAAUUUGGUGAGGUCUAAAAGACAGUACAGAUCUUUAGUGUCUUUUGAAGCCUCUACCAUGAAUAACUUGUCACUAGAAACAAAUUGUUUCCACAGAACCACAUUAACUGAAAAUAAGAAAUUUUGUGAGACAGGUGGAUUUUGGCAAAAAGACAGUUUAGCUCAUCUGAAUUUAAAAAAAAAGAAUCAUACAAACCAAAAUGGUGUAAAAAUGGGCCUAUCCGCAUACUGAAAAAUAUAUACAUAAUACGGAUUUUUAUGUAUAUAUUUUGCAGUACAUUUAUAGGCCCAUUUUGUUCGCAGAUCAAGUGAGAAAAGUAACAAAUAGUAGGAAACAGAGGAGGGACAGUAAAUAGAAAUCUAUAUUUAUAUAUUAUAUGUUUAUUGAAUUUAGAAUAUAUGAAUAUAUAAUUGCAGGUAUUUUUUUUUUUUACUGCUCCACCUUUUUCCCUCUUUCUUGGUCACUUCACUUUAUCUGUGAAUAAAAUCAACAUUUAGUGGCUGUUUCCUAGCCAUCAAUCAUCUUUUUUCCCCAUUCAAUCAUCUUUCUUUUUGUUUGAAUCACAAGUCAAAACAAACACGCGCAUCGAUUUUAUUAAAGGACACGGAGGCUCUUAUUAGGCUUUAUCUCUUUCUUUAUUCCUCAGCAGCAAAGAAAGGAUAUUGAUAUUUUUUAAUAUAGCAAUAACAAAAAGAUAAAACAAAUACCCUUAAGGGUUAACCAUAUAACAUUCCAUAUCCAUUAACCAAUAGGAUCAGUCCUUGUACUAUAUCCCUUCAUGUGAGGUAAACUACUUCCUCUUUCUUUGCUGCUGCCUCAGCUAAGUACCACAUAUUUUUCAGCUCCUCAAAUAUUGUGUUGUUCAGUUUUCUCCUGAUUCAUAUUAUUAUUGUUUUCUACUGUUCAUUUUAAAUAUCAGUUUUUCUUUGUCUAAUAUUCAAUUUUUAUGUGUAUUUGACUACUGUUUGUUUUACUCUGUUUCCCAGUGCAGGGUGCUUGCCUCCUCCCUGAGGCAAGCCCCAUCCUGCACUGCCGUUUUCGGGUUGUUUAUAACCCGUCCCUCAUUCCACUUCCCCGGGUGGGGGUCACUCAGGCAUCCUCUCCCCACCCCCCCCGGCCCGGAACGAGCAGUUUCGCCGCCGGACGGGCGGCUGUUUCUUUGGCGGCCGUUUCUGCCGCUCGCGCAUGCGCGGUCCGCAUUCGCGCAUCGCGGCGGCCAUCUUAACUGAGGGCAAUUUUGCCGCUCUUUUCGCCCGCGGUCCGCGCCACUCUGACAGGGAGGGGCGCGAGCUGAUUGGGUGAGGGAAGUGUUGGGCAGCUUACCAGUGUCCCCCAGGAGUCAUUCCUGAGGGAACACUCGGUAAGCUGCCAUAUUAUAUGUGCCAAAAAUACUUUGUGCCUCUUUAUAACUGUGCCUGCCUUAAAUUUAACUCAAGUGCUCAGCCACUUGCCCUAUACUGCUGGUUUUAUUAACCUCUGCAGUGCUGAAAGUGUGCAUUUUGUCCAAUAGUGACGGUUUAUUUCAGUGCCUCCCUCUACUGUUACUGUGCACAUUCCUGAUCACUAUGCAGUCCCCUGCUGAUAAACAGACAGUUACCCCCCCUCCCACCUCUACUAAACCCAGCAAGCGUGAUAAGACAGCCUUGUCUACAGACGCUGCUGUCACUGGGGGAGUUGGGGACACAUCCCAAGAGCACGUGAACUCAGAGGAGUUCCAGGCGCUCCUGGAUGCCACGAUGAGUAGGUCUGUUACACAGGCCAUUUUUACCGCCAUGGGGGCGAUGUCGGACACCCUGUCCCACUCUAUUUCCUCUGCUAUUAGGGCAUCCGGUCACAACCCGGGCUCGGCACCCCCUAUAUCCACUGAUAGCAAGCCUAUGGUCCCUAGCGGCCGCAAGGCUACGUGCAAAUCGCACCAUCUGUCAGGUGCUACCUCCAGAACCAGUAAGACGGACAGGUUGCGCCCUGUUGAAAUUGAUGACGUGGUGCUCCCACGUAAAAGAGCCCCCCGCCGGGCAAAAACGGUGCGGACUUGGAAGAGGGCAAAAGCCCUAUCUGAUCCGUCCGACUCCGACUCGGACUCAGAGGAGGUAUCAGAUGGGUCCGAUGACAUCGACCCAAUUAAUUCAGACAAUUCGUCCCCCGAACGCAGCGACACCGCGCCUCCAGCUUUAGACGCGGAGCGCGAGACGGAUGAGUCCGCUGUAUUAGACCCCCAAGGGGAACCCCUUUUUGAUCCCGACACCUUGCAUAAUCCGCGUUCAGCGGAGUGGUACCCCACAACUCAUGUGGCCGUUUAUAUUGCGACUAGGGUCAGAAAACCCCUCGACAAGGCCACAAGAAGCAAACUGAGGGCGGAAUGCCCAAGGCCCACUGUCCCAGACAUGGCUUGCGUGACCCCUGAAGUGGAUCCCAAGGUCGCCCAAUUCCUGGGUAAGUCAGGUUGGAGGGCCAAGAAGGGUUUGGACUACUCCUUAAAACACUGCCAGGACAAGAUCCUGGACAUACUCAGGCCUAUAGCUAAAAUCUUCGAUAUGGUCGAAGCGGCCCUUACUGGGGGGACCCCAAUUGACUUGAUGGCCAUCAGAGGCUGGAUUCAGAGGGGCAUAUGCCUAAUAGGAAAUGCCAACACCGCUUUGGCCACAGAAAGGCGUAAAGCCAUAUUGAUGAAAAUCGAGCCAAAACUAGUGCAUUUGGCAAUCUCUGAGCCUGGAACACAGGCAAAAGGACUCUUAUUCGGAGACAAUUUUGUUAAGACCCUGGGUAAUUACGUAAACACAUUUACGGCACUAGAUAAGGCACAACAUAAUAUGAAGCGAGUGUUCUCGCAAAAGGUUUUCGGGGGGGCCGGCAGACAGCGGGGCCGUCUGUCCGGCCGCCCCUCCCGGACUCAGUUCCGGGGCUAUCGAGGCUCCGCCACACCACGGUUCCACCCACCCGAACCGAGGGCACAAUCACCAUUCUUCCCGACCAGGGGCAGAUCAUGGCAUCCACGCGGAACCAGGGGAUCCUCCUAUGGCCGUCGGCCUUAUGGUGAGUCACUCCACAUUACGCACCUUUCCCUUUGUACCUGUGGGGGGCAGAUUGUUUCAUUUCCAGGAUGCGUGGCACAACCUAACCUCAGAUACAUGGGUCCUAGAGACCAUCCUCGGCUAUCACAUCGAAUUUACACAACAGCCGAUUCAACUCUCAUUGCCACAUCGGAUUGUUUUUUCCCCACUAGACAAACAGCUAGUGUUAAAAGAGAUUCGCACACUGGAGGAAAAAUGUGCGAUAUACAGGGUUCCCAUUACCGCCCCCGGGUUCCUAAGCAACAUCUUCCUAGUACCCAAGAAAGGUGGAGGCACGAGGCCAGUAAUAAACUUGCGGCCUCUCAACGCCUUUGUCACAUACCAUCACUUCAAGAUGGAAGGAAUACACUGCCUCCGAGACCUACUAAGACUGGGAGACUGGAUGGUAAAGUUGGACCUCCAGGAUGCAUACCUCACAAUACCGAUUGCCGAGGACUGUCAGCAAUUACUGCAAUUCCAAUGGGAACAGACGAUGUGGCGUUUCCGCUGCCUCCCUUUCGGCCUGUCUUCAGCCCCGUGGUGCUUCACCAAGCUGCUGAAACCGGUAGUUGCCCUCCUUCGCAGCAGAGGUGUACGUCUGAUCAUAUACCUCGACGACAUGCUGAUCAUGGCUCAAGACACACAGCUACUGAAUCAACACCUAUUCUGGACAGUGACCCUUUUGCAAAACCUAGGUUUCCUAAUCAAUUGGGACAAAUCGAUCCUACAACCUUCACACUCGAUAGAGUUUUUGGGCUUCGAUAUAGACGCAGUACACGGAACGCUCAGUCUUCCUACCGCGAAAGUAAAACUUAUCAAGAAGGAAAUCCGGAGGACGUUGACUCGACCAGUCUUAACCCUCCGACAGCUAGCCAGGAUAAUUGGCCUGCUCUCGGCCUCUAUACAAGCGAUCUUCCCAGGCCCUCUCCACUACAGAUCCCUACAACAACUCAAGGCAACUCACCUACGCUUGGGUCACUCCUAUUCAGAUUCUGUACCUCUAGACUGCGCGGCAAAAGAGGAACUGGCAUGGUGGCUUCAACACAUGGAAGCAUGGAACGGCAAGGCAAUCUUCGGCGCCACUCCGGAUCUAGUCAUAGAAUCCGACGCGAGCAGACUGGGAUGGGGGGCCCGCUGUGGUCCUACCUCUACAGGUGGAAAAUGGUCUUCCGAAGAAAAAGAACUCCACAUCAAUGGUUUGGAACUCCUGGCUGGGUCAUUCGCCCUACGGAGCCUCCUCGGACACACGACCAAUUGUUCCAUACUCCUGCGCAUGGACAAUGUCUCAGCCGUCCGCUACAUCAACCACUUGGGUGGCACAAGGUCCUCAACCCUCACGAACUUGGCGAAAGAAUUCUGGCAUUUCUGCCUGAGUCGCAACAUAUCCGUACAGGCGGAAUACCUCCCAGGCCUCUCCAACACCGUAGCGGAUUGGCACUCCAGGCAUUUACGAGACAACAGUGCAUGGCGAUUGAAUCGCACAGUAUUCCAGAAGCUCCACCAACUCUGGGGACCGAUGCACAUCGACCUUUUUGCCUCCCGACUGAAUGCUCAACUCCCCUCAUUCUUCAGCUGGAGACCGGACCCAGACGCCACGGCAGUGGAUGCCUUCCUACAAAAUUGGCCGAACACCAGGCUAUACGCCUUCCCCCCUUUCUCACUCAUAGCGCGAACUCUCCUACACUUACAGCGCUCCCGAGCAUCGUUGGUUUUGAUAACACCGUUCUGGACAGCACAGCCAUGGUUCCCUUCGCUCAUGGAAAUGUCAAUCGACCUCCCCAGAUUGAUUCCAGGGAGCACGGAAUUAUUAUCAGACCCCGAUGGGAACUCUCAUCCACUUCUGGUGCAAGGUCAUCUCAGACUCCUCACAUGGCUCCUCUCCGGGGACCCUGGACCAUGCCGAAUGUUUCACAAGCAACUUUGGACUUAUUGGCAGGAGCUUGGGCCCCAGGGACAAGACGUUCCUAUGCCCAUGCCUGGAACACAUGGAGUAGUUGGUGCGUGGAACGGCAAGUGGAUCCCAUACGUGCUCCUAUAAACCAGGUUUUGGGUUUCCUUACUACCCUUUAUGAUCAAGGCUUGGCUUAUCGCACCAUAAAUGUCUACAGGUCAGCGAUUUCAGCUGGGCACACUGGUUGGGAAGGUUUCCCGGCUGGGAAGCACUUAUGGAUCUGUCGUCUCCUACGGGGCAUAAAAUUUGCACGUCCGCCACAACCUCGUUACACGGCCCUAUGGGAUGUGAAUAUGGUCCUUCGUUUGUUGCAAGAUUGGCCCCAAACUCGAACCUAACACUCAAACAAGUGUCUGCAAAAUUGGCGAUGCUUCUAUGCUUAAUUUCCUGCAAACGGGUAUCAGACGUGAGGGCCUUGGAUAUCGAUGCACGAUCAUUCACACCGGAUGGUGUCCUGUUUAAUAUCACCAGACGUACAAAGUCGAACACCACUUCAGUCUUCUAUCCCUCCUUUCCUCACAACGCUAACCUCUGCCCGGUAGCAUGCCUGCAGGAAUAUGAAUUACGGACCCAGCCAUUCCGGAACCCAAACACACAUAAUUUAUUCUUGGCAGUGAGGAAACCUCAUCAACCAGUAUCCACGGGAACUCUGACACGUUGGGUGAAAUGGAUAAUGUCAAAUGCUAACAUCGACACAGCCGCUUACGGAGCACACUCUACCAGAGGCGCUAUGGCCUCUAAAGCAUUCUCCAUUGGAUGUAAACUGGAAGACCUCCUCCGCACAGCUGACUGGUCCCGAGAAUCGACGUUCAAGGAAUACUACUUUAGACCAACAGAACAUAUCUCAUCUAGGGUCAUAUCACAGCUUUAAACUAGCCUAAUAAGAGCCUCCGUGUCCUUUAAUAAAAUUACCAGAUUUUACUAAUUACAUGACGUAAAGUCACACGGAGGCGAGUAUUAGCCCGCCCACUGAAAGGUAAGCCGUACAUGCAUUUUUUCCCACCCACUCGCUCAUAAACAAGUUAUGGCAUUUUGGAUGUUUAGAAUCUAAGUUAUAAGGUAGUAACUGCAAUUUAGACUGAUUUAUGCUAGAAUGUCGCAAGCAAUGUUUUUCAGAUAUAAACGUUUGUCUAAGGACCGGUACAACAUAUAUGCAUGACAACGAUAUUCGAAUAUAUUUUACCAUAUAUCUCUCUGUCUCCUACAGCUUAACCCUGUGAUGACAUAACCGGGAUCGUCCACUAUCUCGACAUUAUUUGGAACAUUCGCCGGAACCCCUACGAAAGAUUACCCAAGUUUGAGAAAAAAUUUUCCCUUGUUGAUGUGUUCAGCUUCGGCGUCAGCCAGAAAGAGGAAGUAGUUUACCUCACAUGAAGGGAUAUAGUACAAGGACUGAUCCUAUUGGUUAAUGGAUAUGGAAUGUUAUAUGGUUAACCCUUAAGGGUAUUUGUUUUAUCUUUUUGUUAUUGCUAUAUUAAAAAAUAUCAAUAUCCUUUCUUUGCUGCUGAGGAAUAAAGAAAGAGAUAAAGCCUAAUACUCGCCUCCGUGUCCUUUAUAAAAUCAUGACUUUACGUCAUGUAAUUAGUAAAAUCUGGUAAUUAUACGUGUAAAAUGCUUCGUGAUUUGGCUACAUUUCUGAAUGGAAUGCAACAAUUUGAACAAUCACCCGACCAGUCCAGAUUCGGAUGAAGUGCCAUUUGGAAAAAAACUAAGUCUACUUGUCGCUGAUAGAUUACCCACCACUAACACUAGUGUUUCAAUCAGCUUUAGCGUUCUGUAUGUUUUCACUACGCACUAUUCAUGUAUAUAUAGGGGCAUAGAUUCUCGGUAUAAAAAUACAAUUGUGCCUCUUAAUAAAUUGCUGGUAAGACCACACCUUGAAUGUACUGUGCAAUUUUGGGCAAGUGUUCUAAAGAAGGAUAUCAUGGCACUAGAAAAAGGACAGAGACGAGUUACAAAAUUGAUAAAAGUAAUGGAGCAUUUUAGUUAUGAAGAAAAGUUAAAAAAUUUAAAUCUCUUUAGUUUGGAAAAAUGGUGCCUCAGAAGGGAUAUGAUAACAUUAUACAAAUAUAUAUUUUGGACCAGUACAAACCAUUAUCUGGAAAUCUAUUCAUAAACAAGGCUAUUCAUAGGACACGAGGACACACAUUUAGGCUGGAAGAAAGGAGAUUUAGUAUAAGGCAAAGAAAAGGUUUUUUUACAGUAAGUAUUAUAAGGAUGUGGAAUCUCUGCCUGAAGAGGUGGUUUUAUCAGAGUCCAUACAGAUGUUUAAACAGCAAUUGGAUAAAUACUUGCAAAAACAUAACACACAGGAAUAUAAUUGUUAAUUAGUGGAGUAAUAACUUCUUGAUCCAAAGAGACAUCUGACUGUCAUUUUGGGGUCAAGAAGGAAUUUUUUCCUAGUUUGUUGCUAAAUUGGCAGUACUUCAGACAGGGUUUUUUUUGCCUUCUUUUGGAUUGUACCGGCACCCCCAGGAAUAAAAGGGUUAAACCGCUGUUUAGUAGAUCUUCCCUUCCAGAGACACAGGCGCAGGUACUGUAGAACACCAAACUCCCAAACUGAAUACAAGGGAGUGCUCCAAACUUCCGAACUGCAUACAAAGUAGCACUCCAAACUCCCAAACUGGAACCUCACGAAUAGCUGCUAGCAGACGAACAGGAAAAGCACCCAAGCGGCUUACACUACUGGCAAUCAGUUUCUAACAGUAUACAGCAAAGACGAGACAGAGCUCCGUGUUGGGCGUCAAGCAGUGGUCUGGUUUUAAUGGGGCUACCUGCCUGGUAUUUAUGCAGGUCUUCCAUCUGGUGGACACUCCCCUUGGGGACCAGAUGGAAGACUGGGACACAAAUGGUAAAACGACCAAUCACAGGCAUACAGGGUUAAAACACUCCCACAGUACAUUACAAUCCCUCUCCUCUAUCCUGGAGAUAACUGGGAAGUAAUCCAAUUAUUUCCAAGGACAGACGCAAAACUGCAUUAACCACAUGGUUACAAUAAAACACUAGAAUACAAUAAAAUACAUAAUGUUACAUUUGUCACAUAAAAUAUAUACAUGUAACCCAUCCCCAGAUAGCUGCGAUCUCAGCGCACAAAAGUACCGAAUAGCGCUCAGAUCCUAUGCACACAGUCUAAUUGCCGUGGAGUCAAAGUGUUCACAAAGAUUGUUCUCAAUUCAAAUAGACUCUACGGGAUAGCUAUCUUGGGUAUGGCUUAUUUGUGGACACAAUGCUGAAUACAGGGACGUUCGUGAGUUUUUACCGAAGGAGAAGGGAGGUAGGCGGCUUCAGCGGUGUUCGUGACAAAUAGUGUCCGUUUUGAGUUCCAUGUGUUUGGGCGCUGAAACCCCUGGCCGUUCGGGACUAUAAAAUGGCCGCCGGCACGUGUUCGGCAAACGAACAAAGGCCACCCAGCAUUCUGGGAGGUAAAUUGCCGACACACUCCCAAUACAGGUGGUCCAGUCAUUCGGUUGUUUGUUUGGUAGAUUGAAUCUACCAAACGCCAGGCAGAAAGGCACGAACAAGCCUUUUUUGCAGGGGAAAAGAAGGCUUUUUAACAUGGGGCCAUAGUCCAAGGGCAACAGGCGAGCAACCAGGCUUCUACAAUGCUUUGUGCUUUGUGGUUUCGCCACAUCGAUCAACAGCAAAAACAUAUGUGAGGAAGGCUGAACUUGACUUUUCAGCUCUGUAACUAUGUAACUAUGUAAACUGUAAUAAGGAUAAUACCAACAUUCACCUGCUUAGCGUGGCAGUGUGAGUCUUAGUGCUGGAAGUGCUAUAAAGACAGUGUCCCGCAUAAUAUUGCAACAGCUAUUUGUGAAGCUGCAUUGCAUUUCUCAAGUUAAUUUGUUAAGCUGGUUACUGUGGGGGUGGCUGGUUGUAUAAAGAGGUAGAUUUUGGUUUACUCAAACGGUGCUGAACUUGCUAGAUAGUAAAGUUUCUUUCCUAGACUACCAUAACAGUUUCUUUGCGAAAGAGGAACUGUCACACUUGAGGUAAGAGCAUGUUUAUCUGUUUGACCUGCUGUGUGAUUACACUUGCAAGCCUGUCUUGGAAACGGAUGUGCUAUUACAUACCCACACAAUGAAAUAAUAUAAGGCAGGACUGUGUAGUCACAUCACUAUGGCAAGGUAUUGGCACAUAAAUGUUACAUGUAGGAAAAUACAGCUGGCUGCAGUCAAUAUUUGACCAACUGAGACAUGCGUUACAAGAGUGUGUGUAUCCGAGAUAUCUGGCAUAGCUGUAAUCUAGAUAUAAACAAGAGCAAUACCCCAACGCGCUUUAUGUAAGUGAUAACAUGAUUUCCAUUGCUUAUUUUUAAAAGUGUAAUGAAUGAGAUUUCUUUCCUCCAUGAAUACUAGAUGUUAUGUUUUGAUGUAACUCUUUAAAUGUUACUGCAUUUAGGAUCUGGAAAAUCCACGUGAUGACAUCAUUCUCCGGAGAACAGGCAGUGUGGAGGUUUUGGAUGGGAGUGGUGGGGAAGAGGAAAGCCCUUUAAAAUUGAAAGAGAGUCGAAAGUUCUCAUGUGAGUAUGAGAAAAUAUGUUGAGAUUUCUAUUUCCUACACCGUCUCUUAUAUGACAACAAAUAGUUAACCGCAUCACUUGUCAGCAGUGAAAGCUCACACUAGAAAUUAUAAGAGCACAUCGAUAUGUUGUGAGAAUAAAACCCGCAGGGGCGGGCAUAAGCAUAAAUGAGAUUUAACUAGGGAUGCUUUAAGGAUUGUUUUCUGCAACAACUUCACUAUAGCAUACAAAGAAGAGAAAAACAGGCAGCAUAAUUAAGGCUCUGGGGAGCUGAAACGCCACACUUAUUUUGGUGAGGUGGUGAACCCACAAAUAAAUUUACCUUCUAUAUCCUGGAGUGCUGCCUGUGUUUCUCUUCUUUGAUACUACAUUGGUGGAUUCAAUGGUGUCCAUCCUACACACAGAGCGCCCCUUGGUGGAAGGCUGGAGCAUAUAUGUGGAACCUGAGUGCAGGGUUUACUGUUUUUGCUUCACUAUAGCAUACAAUCUAAUUAUGGCAAAUAAUAUAAGAUCCACAAAGCAAAUCAUUAAUUGUAAGAUUCAUGCAGCUAUUUCACAAGAAACACUGUUGAAUGAAUGUACCCAUUAAAUCAGGAGAAUGUGGCACAUGGGCAUUAGCCCUGGAAUUUGUUCAUGAUUAAAUUGAUAUGGGCAGUUGGGUGCUGGGGCCUAGUUACACCCCCUGGCACACAUGACUUUCUCAGUUUCAAGCAGAAAUGCUGCACAUACGGACUCCUACCACCAUGACCACUUCUAAAAGCAGUCAUGUGGUUUGAGUAACCCAUUAAGGCCAAAAUAACCAAACUGGAAACAUUCUCCAUGUCAAUGCUUUCAUUUCUGCAACUUUGUCUCUAAGUUUGAAACACUCCAAAAACCAUAAAAUUUAGCAAUUUCAUUUUUCUUUGUGUACGGCUAAAUUCAAAUACCUAGGCAUCUGGUUACCAAAGGACCUAUCUCUUCUCUACCACUUGAACUUCAUCCCUAUCUUCACUACCCUUCAUAAAGACAUGCACUGCUGGUCAGACCUAUACAUUUCCUGGUUCGGCCGCAUAAAUGACGUGAAGAUUAAUGUCCUUCCGUGACUCUUAUACCUUUUUCAACCUAUACCGAUAAUGGUCCUCCGGACAUUCUUUCAGUUAAUGACCACUGCCAUCAGGAGAUUGGUAUGGAACCAAAAGGCGCCUAUGAUUGGUAAAUUCCUGCUGGAACUACCCAAAGCCCAGGGAGGCAUCGGCCCUCUAUUAUCGGUUAUUACCACUCCGCCCAUCUCUUUAGGGUGAUAGACUGGCAUGCUCACCCAACCACAAAAACAUUCCGAGAGGAUACAAGCUGCAGGCAAGAUCCCAUCUUUACUCUGGCAGGGCGACCUAACACUCAGUUCCCUGUGAACGGGCAACCCCUUAAUUGACGCCACACUUAAAGUCUGGUGCUCCCUACAUUACAAACAGCAACUGACCUGGUCCCCCAACCUCCCCCCCCGUCACCCACAACCAGGACCUGGGAGGAGGCCUAUUACCUGCAGACCUACACAAUUUCCACCAGACAGACUGGUCAUACAUAUUCCAAUGGUGUGAGGGUGCUCAGCUCAAAUCCAUGGCAGCUAUGCUUCCUGACACCACCCCGACAGCACACAUGCUCUACACAAUGCUAUUAAGGGAAGAUGACAGGCCACCCAUAUGGUAUACCACACAGUUUGGGAAAGAGAGACAGGUGAAACACUAACUGACCAAGAGUGGGAUAAAAUAUAAAUUUUCACACACAAGUGCUCCAUCAGUUCAAAAUACCAAGAAAUAAACUAUAAAUUACUUUCCAGCUGGUACAGAACCCCAGACACACUACAUCGCAUAAACAUCACAGAAAUUCUAGAUGACUGCUGGAGAUGCUGUGCAGAGGUCAGCACUACGCUUAACAACUGGUAGACCUGCCCGAUUAUAGCCCCAUUCUGGGCGAUGGUGAACUCUAAGAUCAGAGAGAUCACGGACUCGGACCUGCCAUUCCAGCCUCUGCUGCUACACUACACAAGAAUGACCCUUAAGACCUACAAAAAGUCCCAGACCAAAUAUUUACUAACAGCGGCAAAAUCCCUCAUUCCCAUGCUUUGGAAGCAGACAGGUGUGCCAUCCUUCCAGCAAUAGGUAGACCGGGUGGGAGAGAUUUAUUUAAUGGAAUCAUUGACCGCAGCCCUACAAGGUCAUUCAGACAGUAGUGUGAAACCUGGAUCCAAUGGCUGGUGUACAUAUCCACCAACACAACAAACAAUUGAACCCCCUCCCACUUUGUAUUAUCUCUUUCCCCUACUCCCUUUACUAAAAAAUGUUUUCUUGCUCCCCCUCCCACCCCGACACACCUGAAGACUUUCCCCAGGACUCCCUGACUGAUAAAAGUCCAAGUGACUGAGCCACCGAAGGCCCUGUCUAACGAUUGUAGAUUACCAGAAAUCUUGGUUGACCUGUUGAGUCACCCUUGUGACUAACAAGAUACCAGUUUUUGUGAAAUAACAUAUUUUACAUUGUAGACUUACAGUAGUAGCACCAAUGUUACUUAACGACUAAUACCAUUGUAACGGAAACUGUUAUAUACUAAGUGCAUGUUGAACAUUCUGUGCUCAAGUAUCCUAACUGUUCACUGCUGUAUCAAUAUACCUUGACUCCAAUAAACAAAAUAAAGAUUGUCAAAAUCCAUAACUACUUCAGCCCACUGUAGUGGUUAUGAUGCCAGGGGUGCCCUGGCACACACCUAAAGAAAUCUGUCAAAUAACUUCAGAAAGGUUUGUGGAUGUCUUCAUUGAGCUAGGCAGGCCAGAUACAGGACCUCUCUCGUGCACACUCAGAGCCAAUGAGCAUAGCCCUGUUUAUCUCAAUAGAGCUACAUGGAUAGCUCAGUGGUUAGUGUUCCAGCUGCAUUGUUUCUUGUACCUGUUUAACAUUUAUAAAACAAAUACAACGUGCCAUUUGUUGGAUUACAUUAGCAGGGUUUAUGGUUAAAUUCUCAAUAGUAUCAAGCCAGUCCUUUAACCCCUUAAGGACACAUGACAUGUGUGACAUGUCAUGAUUCCCUUUUAUUCCAGAAGGUUGGUCCUUAAGGGGUUAAGCUUUCCUAAGUUAAAAAAUACACCUCAUUAAGUUGGAUUUAAUUAAUUUAAUUAAAACAUGUUUGUAUUCUUGCUUAAUUUAAUCAUCUUAUUUUUGUGCAGGAACUUGAUAUUCCAUUUGUGAACACACACAAAUGCAGCAGAGAGACUGAAGAACACAUAUGUGCUUUAACAGCUUAAUGGCAUAUUUGCCAGAACAUAAUGAUCUAGUGGGAUUUACCUAACAAUUUUGGGUAGAUUUGUACACAGAAUGCAAAAGUGAAACAGAGGCAGUGGAGCCAGUCUCUCAGAGAACCACAAAACCCUUGUUUUUGCUCAAACCACUGAAAAAAGUUUUAAAAAAACCCAGAGUGUUUUCAACAAAAUACUAUUUGAACCAUAACCAGUACAAUAUGCUGUAGUGGUUGUGGUCCUUAGAGUUUUACCUUAAGUUGGAUUGACUUCAGAUACCUAAGCAAAACUGUGAAUUAUGUGAUUCCAGUUCCUUGUGUUAUGCAAACUUCAGUUUUAUGGUUUUGUUAUCAGUAAACCACACACAAAGGUUCAUAGUCUACCAAUGUUUCCUUUACCUUUUAAGUGUCACUUACUUUAAUAUUUUAAGUGGUUUUACUCUCCUGUCAUAUUUUUCCUUUAAUUCCCUAUAGUGUCUUGGGUGAGCUCCAGUGUUGGAGGAGCAGACAGGAAGAAGGUGAGGCAAAGGCUGAAGAAGCUUUUGGUGAGGAGACCACCCCUGCAGACACUCCAGGAGAAAGGACUUAUAAAAGGUGAAUGAAAAGCAGAGCUUGUAUAACCAUCAAACUGGGUUCAUGUCAUGAUUUAACCAUGGCUAGAUUGGUAACACCAUGGGAUUUAGUCUGCCUCAUAUAUAUUUUCAUAGAAAUGUUAUUUUCAAUUUUUUAAAUUAUGAUACUUUAUUGCAGACUACCAUUAUUUGUUCCAAAAAAGUUAAAGCACCCCACCAUUGGCUAGUGGACCCUAGGUCCAGAGUCACCAAUCCACACUUACUCAAAUAACAAAUUCCCCAACAGUAUAUAUCCAACUUUAUUAUAAUAAAUAUUACAUAAUUGGGGAAGUGAUAGUAUAUCUUAAUAAAAUAAGAAUAACAAAAUAAGAAAAGAAAACUUUUGAUACCUUCCUAACAAAGCUGCAAUAAAAGACACUGUAACUUGUUGCAAAUGUAUUAAAACACAAAUGAAUAAAUACAAAACAGGCUCAAAAAUGAAGAGGUCAUCUGGAGGCAAAACCCAUCUCUGCCAACUUUAUGAGACUUCCCUAUAUUGUGAUUGGUUGCAUUACAAAACCAGCCAAUUAAAGUGUUCUCCUAAGCAAGUCUCAUUCCCACAAGGUUUGCUCUGAAAUGUAUAUACCGUAAUAACAAUACAAACCUCCUUGAAGAGUGUUUCCGCAACAAGUGCAUCUUUUGAAGCCGGAUGUUGGUGUUUGUAGAAAAAGAUGGAAGGCCAGUAAAGUGAUUGUGUCUCUUACUCCAUCCAAAGGGAGCGUACUCACCCAGAAAGGUUGUGGGUUCACCACAAAGGUGGCAAGUCCGCUGAAAAAUAAGCAGGUCUCAAGCCCACAAAGGUGGACCAUACAAUGAUCGCUGUUCCAGUGCUCUCUGAAUGCCCUAAGCAUAUCACAAGCAUGUCUAAUGAUGUGCACUCACUAUGCUUUCUGGGGAAAGUUCUCUAAAAGUUAAAUACCAGGAAGCAAGUCAGGACAGCGGGAUAAAACCCUGAAAUAAGGACUGUCUAAUCAAAAUCUGUACCAUUCGAAGCCCUAGGAUUGUAACAGUGCCUGGCAGUGUGCUGUGGUUUUAUACCCCUUUCAACAUCCCAAAAGAGAGCAUCAAACCACACCUGCUCCCUGCCGUGUCCAUGACAGGUUACUUUCACUACAUGCUGUAUGUGUCAACGCAGAGAAAUGAUGGCUAGCAAAUGGCAAAAUGGUAUAAUUUUUCAGUACUGCACUACAAUUAAAUUAAUCCCAAUCCUGAUUCAGGAUCUGUAAUGAUAUUGGGAGUUGUACUUCAAAAGCAGCUAUAUAUUAUCAAGCAGAGUGUAUUCUAAUUAUUUAGUAGUAUGCUCUUAUUUAGAUAUAUUUUAAUAAAUUCAUUUAAUUUUCACAUAGAAUUUUAUUGAGCAUGGCAUAUAAAAUAUAUUAGCUCUUGUUGUUCCAUGCAUACAUUCAGCAUUGUUUCAUACCUUUGCUGCAUUACUCUUGCCAGAAAAGUUAUUGUUUUUCUUUAACUUUUCAUUUAUAUGAGAGCUGCUUCACUCCAGUAUGGCACACUAUUUUCGUUCAUGUGAAAAAGUACCGAAUGAGUGCAAAUGCAAUGCACCCUUGCAGGGAGUGUAUUCAUUUUAGUUAAACUGCUGUUUUUCUCUUUUCUGCAGACCAAGUUUUUGGGUGCCGCCUGGAUGCUCUCUGUCAUCGUGAAAAUAGCACAGUUCCAAAGUUUGUACGACUUUGCAUUGAAGCUGUUAAUGAGCGAGGUACUUUUUUGAAAUAAUUUUUUCUCGCAGUGUGUAGAAUAUCAUACAAUAACACAUAUACAUUUUUAGAAAAGUAUAAAUGGCAAUACAGAGGUGUAGACAUUGCAUGAAAUGUGGAAAAGACUGCACAUAUAUAUAUAAUUAAAGAUAUAGAAAAUACGUUCGUAACACAAUUGUAUUGCAUUAAACCAAAAGGUAGUAAGAAAUGCUAUAAAAUAGUACUGUAAAAGAUGACAUACGACUGGUUAGUUAGAUGGGUUUUAGACAAAUAAUCGGUAAAAAAAAAAAAAAACCUGACUAGCAAAGUGCAUUGUAAAGCCAAUAUUAUACUGUGAGUAAGGCCUGUGGACCCCUCAACAGAUGCCUAGUGUAGGUGAGUUCCAGCUGUCACCUCCAUCUGCCCCACUAUGGAGACCUCUCUGCCUGGUCCAAAUCAGUCAACACCCUUUAAUGUAUUUCCUCAUGGCAUUGACUGGGGCUCGUCGCUGCGGUCCUGCAGGCCCCCUCACCUGGCAGCAUGACUUGUUGCCUUUGGAACCAGGUGAGUUAUGUUGGGGAUGAAGAGGCUUGUGUCUCUUCGGUUGGUGUGAAGUACAGCCUGCACAGAGGCCCAAGCGUUGGGAUGCUGCCUUCAGCCACAGCAGCUUCAUGCAUCUUCUCCUCCUCCACUCUCCUCUGGGAACAUGCUAGUGGUGCGGAUGAGACAGAGGCUGCACAGCAGUGCAUUUCUGUUGGACUCCAACCCAGUUUUCAGGAAUGGAGGGAAGUCUCCAAUUCCAGAGCUGCGCCCAGAAUUUCUCACAGAUUCGCUCAAAGGUGUGGAGUGGCAGAUCCAUGUGGGUAUAUAACUGUGGGAUGGUUGUAGGCUCCAAGCAAGGUACACAGUGUGGAUGUUAGGCCAGAGGUCUUCAAAGUGUUGGUCAGCUGGAGAUUGUAUCGGUUUGACCACCGCAAGUCCUUGUGUGGACCGAGAUAUCCCCCACUAGCCUAGGGGGAGGGAACUGGUCUCAAGAGUCUUGGGCUCCAAGUCAAAGCUGAGGAUUGCUGCUCUCCCGUCAUCAACUGAAACAUCAGGUCACAGGAAGGUCAAACAUGGGCCGUGUCCACCAGCUACAGGUUUAACCAAUUGGCAAAGUCCCAUUUGAGGCUAUUAAAGUAAAUAUCCUAGAGGAGCUUCAGCUCCAUGCGACCAUCUCCGUUGGCAGUCAGGCCCUACCCACAAGCUAAGUACUUUUUUGAUGGCAUUUGUUUUAUUGGAUUAUUUACAAAUUGUAUUAUUGUAGGGCUACAUCAAGAUUACUGGUACUCUUAUGUUCUGGUAUUUUGAGGGUGAUUUUUAAUAUGAGCAAAAAAUGGGUCGCAAGAGUAUUCUGAGAAUGGACAGCAGCUGAAAUAGCCUGCCCUUCGGUGGGUCCCCGCUCAGAACUCAAGCUGGUUUUAGCUCAUCUUGUGCCAUUACAGAGAAAACAUAUCUGAAGCAAAUCAGACCGGUCCCACCCAUAGGGCAGUCCAGCUCCAAAAUGCCAACAAGUUCUCUCUGCACGAGAGAUACAGCAACCCCAGACGAUCGUUUCAGCCUUGUUAGGCAUCAUCAGGAAGGCAUAGCUGAUAUCUCUCUAGGCACCGUGGGCAAGGGGUCCACGUAUGGAUUACCCUUUUAACUUAUGGAGAGCAAAAACCAGGUCGCAAGAGUAUUCUGAGAAUUGACAGCAGCUGAAAUAGCCUGCCCUUCGGUGGGUCCCCGCUCAGAACUCAAGCUGGUGUUUAAUAUAAUUUUAAUAAACCUAUCUUGUAUUCAUUGGGGGCAGAUAACGUAAAGCACACAAGUGGGAUCUGAGAUUGUGAACUAUUCUCUUACAAAUACUUUCUGAGAUGUUUGAUAGUCUGUGGCUAAACGUCAUUCUGAAUUCAACUUUGUACAGCCAAUGCAAGAUGUGAAGAUCAGAAAUUCCAACUCACAAUGACUACCUAUAGCUCGUCAGUUUAAACCAACUUCCUCAAACUGUGUCAAACAGCUGAGCUUAUGAUCAGGAGACUAAUAUUUCUAAACUAUACAGUUUAUAUUUUUUUAUCAACUAAUGAGUGCUGACUGACUGUACUCAUAAUCGUUGUACUCCGUUUCUUUAAAUUUAGAGAUUGGGCCUGCGUGUGAUCUAUGUGGAAACAAGAAUCACGUAGAGUUGCCCUGGGCAGUAGUCAGUAGGGACUCGAGCAUGCUUUACAACAAUAGAUACUUUGUCCCAAUAUUCUCUGAUCCAACAAUCUAAAUGAAAUGACUGCACUAUAUGGAUCUGGAGUACUACAAUGGGAGAAAUCAUAGUUUACAACAUUACACUUUAUUAUUGUGAAUACUGUAAAACAACUAGGAAGGUCAUUUAUAUUUGUGUCUCCUAGGACUGGAUGCUGAUGGGAUUUAUAGAGUAAAUGGAAACUUGUCCACCAUACAGAAGCUGAGAUUUGUCGUAGAUCGAGGUAAGACACAUUUAGCUUUUAUCUUUACCACGUACACAUCCAUCAAAAAUCAGAUUGUUAUAGUAUUUGUAAACAGAUGAAUGGAAAUCUACUAACUUGUGCAUUUGGGGCUAAUAUCUCAAAUGUAAUCAUUAAGUUUCCAUCCUAGCUGUGUACUCGAUUGAUAUUUUUUCUAUUCUUAUCACCCAUGAUAACACACCAUUUAAAAAAAAAACAUACCAUUUUUGUGGCUUGUUGUACCAUCCACCCAUUAUGAUUGGUUUGGCAGCAUGAGGGUUAGUAAUCUGCCAGUUUAAGGACUGAAUUUUGCACAUAUAGAAAGAGAAUGAUCACCAGCAAUUUUACAAUAAUGAUCUGAUCGGAUUUAUUUUACACCAGUAUCCCUGCUCGUUUUAGUGCAAUCUAGAAAUAACCUUCAUAAAUACACAGUAAUAAUAAUAUGUAUCAAAUAUUAAAAGAAGAAGUAUUCUUACAGGAAGUAUUUACAGAGAGAGUAGUGGAUACAUGGAAUAGCCUUCCAGCUGAAGUGAUAGAGGUUAACACAGUAAGGGAGUUUAUGAAUGCGUGGGAUAGGCAUAAGGCUAUCUUAGCUAUAAGAUAAGACCAGGGCCCUAUUAAAGUAUUUAGAAAAUUGGGCAGAAUGGUUCUUAUCGGCCGUCACAUUCUAUGUUUCUAUAUUUCUAAUAUUGCCCUGCUUCUAACAGCAAGCAGGAUGACUGGCUAUGUCCAGUGUGCUACAGCAACAAUUCCAAAUCACAUCAAAAAUAGCAUCUGUAUAGGAAGAUAUUUCUGCCCAUGUUUUUCAAGAAGUUAAACAUUGUAAACAGUGUCAAGUAUAUUCACUUAUUUACAUUUUCAAUAAAAGACAAGGAUCUAAAUUUAUUUGGAUUCAAGUUGCUAUUUAUUCCUUCAUUGUACCCAAGCCAUUUAUGUAGGACGGAUGUAGGAUUACAGGAGGUUAUUUCAUUAGGCGCAUUAAAUGUCUAUCUCUGUUCUCGGAAUUGGUAAUUACACAGUAUUUCUUCAAUGUAAGUGCAUAUUGAGUGUCUCUUCAAAUCAUUUCUGCUGCAGGGAACAGCAGAAUUGAUAUUGCAUUGAGUCAAAUAGAAAUCUUAUACAUUACUAGUUUUCAGAAUUCUGCUACUCUAUGGACACAGGAACCUGCUCCAAAUUCUGUCCUACUCCUAACCUUUAAUCAACCACUAGACUACCUGUUAUCUUACAGAGAGGGCAGUAACAACGGAUGGACGAUACCUAUUUCCGGAGCAGCUGUCCCAAGGUAGCCAAUGAGCUUUGCCCCUUUGUGUUUUGGCUACAAAACCAUGUAUGUCCCAGCUGAUGCUCCCCAGUAACCCAUUUUGCUGCCUUGCCUUUACCAGCUCCAUGUAUGUCUAUCAUCAAUGCCACCUUGUUGCUUUUAACUUUGUUUAGAAACCUAACACAAAAAUUUGUAUUUAUGUAUUUGUGUGCUAUUGGCCUUAUUCUGUUGUUUGCUUAAAGCAUUACUGGAUUUUCUGUAAUGUGUUUUUGCUUUUAGUUUUCUUUACACACCGUUGGUAAGUAGUAAGAAAUGGGUGACUAUUACUUCGAAAACAGGUUGGAGGGAAGCGCACUGACUCUUAGGAUCCCACCAAGUAUCAGCUACAUUUAUUAAAAUUUAGAAAACAAUUAGAAAACAAGUAUCGUGGACAUGAAUAAAAUGGAAAUUGUCUAUUAAGAUAAACAAUAUAAUUUCAAAUGAGAGAAAAUGAGAAAAUAAUGGAAGGAGGAAAAAUGGAAACAUGAACAGGAAAUGUAUUUUAAAUACAGUAGACAUGCAUAUUAAGGGGUACUCUAGGCACCAAUGCAACUUUAAAGCAUUUGUCCUGUAUUUUAUGUAUGCUCAAAUUUUUAUUAGCCUUUUUUUCAAAGAUUUGAAUAUGUGAAAAAACAUACAGCAUAUUAAUAAGCUUACAGCCUAUUAAUGAGUCUUGACAAAGACUUCAUAGUAGGUCGAAACAUUGCUAUUUUGUUUCAUUAAAACUGCCUGCGGCUUUAACACCUUGAGUGCCUGGAGAAUUUCUGUCAUUGUAUUAAUGAGUCUAAAACCUAUUAAAGUUUUAUUGGUGCCCGGAGCGUAAUUUAAAGGGACACUCGGGGCACCAAAAACAUUACCGCUUAAUAUAGUAGUUGUGGGGCACAGGGGGGAUUGUCCCUGCAGGCUCAACAGUGUAAACACUAUCUUUUCUGAGAAAAGGUGGGAUUCCUGGUUGCAGUCCUGCAAAGAUUGCAGCACCGACGUUCGGCAUCUCAAUGAGAAGAUGCUGACUGUCUCAGCAUGGCAAUUGCCGCGCAUGGCUACUAUCUUCCCAAUGGGUAGUAGCCAUGCGCGGUGGGUGCGGGCCCUGAAUCUGAUAAGGUGGUAUAACAUUCUAGCCUUAGGAAAACUUUGCAUUUCUAAUGCCAGAGUGAUCUGUUAAGAAGCUACCCCUCUGUUCCUGUGUGUCUAACUUGUCUGGUAACAAGUACAUGUCUGUUCGUCCACCCAUUGUAAAGCGCUGCAGAAUUUGAUGGCGCUAUAUAAAUAACAUAAUAAUAAUAAUAAUUUGUUUUAUAGUCAAAAUGAUUCUUUAAAAGUAGAAUUUUUAGAUCAAUUUAGCAAAAUUAAAGCAACUGAAUUAAAGCUGAGUUGGGGAAAAUCUCGUACUGAGUGAGCUGGGGAUUUUUAUUCAACCUAGGCUAUUUUUUAUCCUAAAUUUGCAAGAUGUUUUCAAUUUGAGGUAGCAAACUGUUUAGUGAAUAAUGCCCUUGGAAAAAUAGUAAAUACGGCAGUUAUAGUUGCUAAAGUACUGUAUUGUAUUGCACAAUGCUAUACAAAGUGAAGCGUAGCAGUAAACGGAAAUCACAAUGCAAUAAUUUUUUGCAAUGCUGGUGAGAAUGUUUACAAACCUACAAGGCAGGGCAAGUUAAGAGGGCUAUUUCACAUACGGAUCCAGGGCAAGUACUCCUACCCAGAUACGGAGCUGGAUUUAUCAUCCUUGUUGACCCAUGGUCAGUUUCCUCAAUGAACCCCUUCCCCCAUUCAUAUAUACAAAAUGUUUGGUGUAUGUGACUGAAUGAGUGAAUGUGACUAGUUUCAGGUAUGAUUGGAUGGUUUAUGUGACUAGUUUGGGGUAUGAAUGGAUGGUGAUGGAGCUGUAAGCUGGGUGAGGGCUGCAGGGUAUGUCUGAGGGAUCGUAUCUGUAGGGUGAAUGGGGCGAAUAGGGGCUGUUAGGUAUGUUUGGGUGAUGGGGGCUGUAGGAUGUGGUGGAUGGGAUCUGUACGGUGGGGGGCGAUAGGGGCUGUUAGGUAUGUUUGGGGGAUGGGAGCUGUAGGGUGUGGUUGAUGGGAUCCAUAGAGUGGGGAGGCAGACAGGGGCUGUUAGGUAUGUUUGGGGGAUGGGGGAUAGGGGCUGUAGGAUGUGGUGGAUGGGAUCUGUACGGUGGGGGGCAAUAGGGGCUGUUAGGUAAGUUUGGGGGAUAGGGGCUGUAGGAUGUGGUGGAUGGGAUCUGUACGGUGGGGGGUGGAUAGGGGUUGUUAGGUAUGUUUGGGGGAUGGGAGCUGUAGGGUGUGGUGAAUUGUAUCUGUAGGGUGAGAAGAAAUAGAGGCUGUUUGGUAUGCUUGGGGGGUGGGGGCUGUAGGGUGUGUGAGGAAUAGAGUCUGUAGGGUAGGUCUGGGGAAAGAAGCUGUUGUGUUUGUGUUGGCGAAAAUUUUAAUGUUCUGUGAGAGAGGGAUAGUGGUUGUAGUGUUUGUGUGCAGGGGGAUAGGGGCUAUAGUGUGUGUCUGGGAGAGGAAGGGACUGUUGUGUGAGUGUUGGAGUGUUGGGUGUUGGAGGAAAUGGGGCUGUUGUGUGUGUGUUGGGGGUGAUAUUAACUAAUGUGUGUGUUGGUAGAAUAGGGACUGUUCAGUGCACUGGGUGGGCUACAUAUAAAAAACAUAUAUAGUUUUAAAAUUAUGUUUAUCCACCUACCCCUUGCAUACCUUGGGCCAGGGAGGGAGGGAAACGGGUCCUUGGUGAUCCAGUGGGUGCAUCCUUUGGUCUGCACCUUUGGCUGGUGCAGACAAUUUCUAUUACCCCUUCUGGUGGAGCAUUGUCAUGGUAACACAUGACAACUGCCCCAGUACCAAUACAUGUGGUCUGAAAAAAGCUCACUGCCCCUCCUGGCAUGAAUAAAUAAAUGAAUGAAUGAAUUCAACAAAGAUAUACCGUAGUUCAUAACAUGCAGUAAACCGUUGCUUGCUGACAAUUGAACUGUCCGUUGUUUAUAUAAGGGAGAUAAGUAAAUAAAUCAACAGAGUGAAAGAGAAACAUGCUAGUGACUAAUGAAUGUUAUAUAUGAUAUUUGGACAGUUACGAGGCACAGAAAUAUACGUCCAUUCUUCAAUAUGUCAAAGCUGAACUAUGCAAUGUUUAUAAUCUCUUUUUUCAUAUAUUUAUUUUUUUCUCUGUAAACACAGAAGAAAAAUUGGAUCUAGCCAGCAGUGAGUGGGAAGACAUUCAUGUCAUCACUGGUGCCCUGAAAAUGUUUUUCCGUGAGCUCCCUGAGCCUCUCAUCCCAUUUAACAUGUUCGACGAGUUUAUAGCUUCUAUCCGUAAGUAGACAUGCCUACCCAACAAACAGAGGAGAUCAGUGGUGCAUAAAAUGGAAAAUGAGUUAGAUCAAGGGUAGUCAACCUGGUCCUUUCAUCUCCCCUGCUGCCCCAUGCAGAGCCAGCCUUGCUGUAAACCAAGCAUGUCAAACUCAAAGGCUAGCACGGGCCACAUAAACAAGGUUUAAGUUUGAGUGGGCCACAAAAAAAAAAAAAAACCUUAAAUUUUCAUAGAAACGUAGGUUUGUUUUGAAAAGUACAGUAUAUAUAAAAAAAAACAGCAUCCCCCUCUACUAAACCCCAGUCCUCCCCUCUGUACUAAAUCCCAGUCCCCCCUCUGUACUAAUUCACAGUCCCCCCCUCUAUACUAAAUAACAGUCCCCCCUCUAUAUUAAAUUCCAGCACUCCCCUCUACUAAACCCCAGCCCUUGUUUAAAAAAAACAAAAAACAAUAUUAGCCAAUAAUCAGACUCCACUCACAUUGCCGCUGUCAGUAUGCGCCUCCGGAGUCCAGCCUCUGGUAUACCCCCAAUGGCGCAAUCCACGUCCCGUGCCAAACAGAUCCUUCUGCUAAUCCUUGAAGACCUGUGAAGGUGGAGCAAUGUGACGUGGCGUUGCGUGCCUCAGUGCACAUCCAGGUCCUCCACUGUCCAGCCGCGGCCAUCGCAACAUUGACCAACACACACUGACAGACACACACUUACUGACAGACACACACACACACACACACUCUCUGACAGACACACACUGAUAGACAGACACUCACACUGACAGACAGACAGACACACACACACACACUCUGACAGACACACAGACUCCGACAUACACACACACACACACACAAACACACACUGAAAGACACACACACUCUCUCUGACAGACACACACACAUUGACAGACACACUCUCACACUGACAGACACACACACUGACAGACAGACACACACACAUUUACACAUUCUUGCACACACUCACAUCAUUUUAUUUAUUGCUCCCUACCUUUGGGAGUUGGUGUUGGGACUCUCCCUGAUCUUCUCUCGGGAGCUCAGUUUUCCUGCUCCCUCACGUGCGCAGUUUAGUGAUAACGGGUGCUGGAAUGAAGUCUUAUUCCGGCACCCGGCAUCACUAUAGUGGGUGCGUGUGAGGAAGCAGUAAGGAGCAGAAAGACUGUGCUCCCUCACUGCCACCAGGAACCUCUCCUCUCUGGCUGGGUAAUUUUGGCAGAGCACCUGCAAUGUGGGGAGAGCAGGUGCCUACACCACUUUAGUAUGCAUGGCAAACUCACGACUCGCCAGGCCGCAGAAAUAUUCAUUGUGGGCCGCAUGCGGCCCGCGGACCACGAGUUUGACAUGCCUGCUGUAAGCCCUCUUGGGCUGGUAAGGAGAUCAAAGAUCUCCCUCACCGGCCCGCUGGCACUUAGUUCCAGCAGGGGGAGGGAAGGGCCUGGGAAGCUCUGUGUUCCUCCAGCGAGUAGGCUGGUCAGAACAUUGCCGCGCAUUACCAUGACAAUGCUCAGAUACAGUGCUGGGCUCGCAGGAGGAUAGGAGAAUCACCUUUUACCUGGUAAAAGGUAAGAAGAAGGGAGGGGGAGACAUUGAAAUAGAUUUUCCCAUCUCACCCACCUACACACAGCAUAGACCCUAUGCGCCCUUCAGACACAAACACACACUGGCCCCCUCACACACACACAGACUACCCCCUCACACACACACAGACUGCCCCCUCACACACAUACACCCCUCACACAAACACUGCCCCCUCACACACACACACAUACAGACUACCCCCGCACACAAAUAUACUGCCCCCUUGCACACGCACACACUUCCCCCUCACACACGCACACACUGCCCCCUCGCACACACACACAGCACCCUUCACACACACACAGCACCUCACAGACACACAUAGAAAAAAAUAUAUACAUUUAAGUACAUAUUAAAAAGAAAACAAAACCCCCCUCAUUUAUAAAAUAAAUAAAUAAAUAAAAAUUGCACUUGCGCUAUAAAAUUAGUUACUGUGGCACUGGUGGGCGGUAAGGAAAUGUUACCAUCAACAAAGAUACAAAAGUGGGCAGUAGGUAUUAAAAGGUUGACUACCCUUGUUUUAGAUAAAUACAAUAAAUAUAAACUGUGUCUUCACUAGGUUUUAUCCAUUGAGAUCACACUCUCUUUUGUUUCAGGAUGUACAUUGAACCUGACUUAAAGCAUAGGCUUCGAUUUAUUAAGCUUACCAAAAGAUUUCAUACUGUAAGAAAAUCUUUCCUUAUGAUUUAUCCACAAAAAUUCCCAUAGACAUUCCAUAGAUAAAUCAUUCGGAAAGUUUUCUAACAGUUUUGACUCAUUUGUAAAGUUUAUUUAAAUAAGGCCAAUUGUUUAGGAUAAACUUUUAAAAUGAUUUAAUAUUCUGAAAUCUAUUUUAAUAUUUUGAAAUUUUUUUACAUUUUUUAUAUAUUUUUUUUAGCUAUGAUAUAUUUUUUGAUGUUAACAUUUUGAAAAAAUAUAUAUAAAAAAAGUUUAUAAAAAUACAUUAAGUCAAGACCAUAGUUAAAGAAAUCAUUUUAUUUCUGUGACUUGUGAUAGCAAAGCAUGUUAACAUUUCCCAACAGGAAAAUUGACCUUUCCCACAUGACUGAUUUUUUUUAGAGCAAGUAAUGUAAAAUAACUUUUCAGUAAAGCUGACAUUCUUUUUUUUUCUGCACAGAAAUUUCUGACACAGAGGAGAGAUCAGAGACCAUCAAAGAACUGGUGAGAAAUCUUCCAGAACCUAACUACGACACCUUGAAAUAUGUGAUCUGCCAUCUGAAGAGGUAAGGACUUGGAUGAAAAGACUGCAUCCUUUUCUACUUGAUGUAUCAUGUACAUUUCAAAUUAAAGGCAAUGUCAUACAAAUUGUAUAAACUAUCUCCAAAAUAAUAUUUUGUUAUCUGUUGAUGGAAAUGUCUAUGUUGAAUUGAGUUUAACGUGGUGACAUCACUGCAUUUCAGAGCCUUUAUAUAUUUUUUUCUAUAAUGAGAUGUUAUAGCUGACUAGAUGAUUAAUCUCUUAAUUCUUGGUUUACAGAUGUUUAGCUUUGGAUCACAGAUUAUAGUGUCUGACUGUCUUAUUGUGUUUCACCUGAUACUAGUUACCAGCCCCAUUUGUGUGUGUCUUAUUCCCCCCACCUUCUUUGCUGUUGUCUCUUUCCCCCCCAGCCCUUGGUGUAUUCCUUUCUCCCCUUCAGCCCCUUUGCAUAUUUCUUUCUUCCCCUAGGCCCUUUCUGUGUCUUUUACCCACACAGUCCAUUUCCGUGUCUCAAUCUCCCCCCAGCCUUUUUUGGGUGUCUCGAUCUCCCCCCAGCCCAUUUGUGUAUCUCAAUCCCAACAGCACCUUUGUGUGUUUCUUUUUCCUCCAAGCCCCUUUGUGUGUCUCUUUCCUCCCCAGCCAUACAGACAUUAACAUACAAGAAAAAAGACAGACAUACAGACAGUCCCAUCUUAACAACAUUAUGGGCCCACAGGCAAAACAGUGCACUGGGGCCCUGCCUACACAACCAGUCACAGGAAUAAAAAUAUAAAUUAUUGAUGACAUUACGCUUAUAUUUAUUGGUACCUCCAACAAAUGCAAUACAGUCAUACAUUACAAACACACAUACUGCUGAAUACACACACAAGGACUGCUGAAUACACACACACAGAAUGCAGAAUACACACAGGCUGCUGAAUACACAUAGGCUGCUGAAUAUACACACACGGACUGCUGAAUACACACAGGCUGCUGAAUACACACACACGGACUGCUGAAUACAUACACACAGACUGCAGAAUUCACACAGACUGGGCCUGACAAAGCUGCUGCUUGCAAGGCCACGCUACAUAGAAGAAGGAAAUGCACAACCGGUCACCUGACCUUCGUGCCCCCAGGGCCAGUGUGCCCUAAGGCUUGUACACUCCAGCAUAUAUGACAAUUCUUUUGCUUAAUCUUUGUUCUACUAACCAGCACUUGCAGUUUAGUUUGACAUACAAUGACUUUGAAAUAUGGCGCACAACUGAAGGCUAACCUCACUAUAUGCAAGAGUCCAUCCUUCCAAGAUAAAGCCUCCAUGUUGGAUUUUACAUUACUUUUUUUCCUCCUGUUGUGCUGGAAACAUGCAAAAAGAGUAUAUUAUAUCUAUUAAAUUGCAUUUCAGUUCCAAAAACUGGGAGCCCAUCUGAGAAACAAGAGUAAGAAAAAAGGCUUAGAGUUUUAUUCACUAAACACAGAAUAUAGUGAAGGGAAAAAAAAAAUAGCAAAAUUCAUGGCAGUACAGCAGGUUAUUAUUAUUGGUAUUUAUAUAGCGCCAACUAAUUUUGCAGCGCUUUACAAUAUUAUGAAAGGGGGGUAAUUUACUAUAAAUGAGACAAUUACACAGUGACACAGACACAAUAGGUAGAUGAGGACCCUGCUCAAAUGAGCUUACAGUCUGGAGGAGUGUGAAGAAAUUACCCUUUUUAUUCAUUAUUUCUUCAUUCUCCAUUCGGUAGAUGUAACUAUCGAACAAAGACCACCCCCUGGCUCAUUAAACCUCAAAGCCUGUUUCAAUUAAACCCUCUAAGACAGCGGGACUUGGUCGUCGAGUGUCUGGAACUAAAAUCGGACACUCAACUUCCAGAACACUGGUCUCAAACACAUGAACGCUGGAUCUAUAUGUACCGAUUAGCUAGAAGAGUGCUAUUCGGUCGGUUGUGCAUACGAAUGAGGGGAACAAUCGCUGCUAGGAGCCAGGGGGAUCCAUUCGGUACUUUGUUCGUUUUUCUCCUUUUAUUGAAGUGACCGGCAAAACCACUCAACCUUGUAGAACUAUUUUGGGCAGCCCACUGACGGUGAACUGGUCACUGAAGACUUCCAUAGUUUUUGAGAACCCCUGAACCGAUCUGGGUGAAAUUUGAAUAUGUUGGUCACCCAGAUCGGGGCUAUCAGGGGACAUAUUAUUUGUGGGGAUACCUCAUAUAUAAAGGGGAGUCCCAGAUAUUGGGGAAAACUGUGAUUUUUCUGCCUGGAGAUAAUCAAGUUAUUACUUUAUCAGACUUGAUUAUCUCCAUGGCUAGGGGAGGGAAUUGUAUGUUUGUGCUGGGUGUGUGUUAUGAUUUUACUGUACGUGAUUGGUUAUACUAUGUCCCUGCCUGUGGGAUGUCCUCUUGCAUGGGGACUUGUAUAAAAGCCUCUGUGUGUUAAUUAAAGCCACUUCAUUUGUACCCUUCUUCUUGACUUCGGCUGAUGUUUGGGGAUUCGUAUGCUUUACUAAGGGAAUUAUCUUGUAAAGCUAUUUGUAUUUCGUAUGGAUUUCGUCUAUUUCAACUAUCGAACGGAGAGCUACAUACACUAGGCUCUGGCAGUUCGGGAGGAAACUACCGAAAGAGGCUUAAAUACACUUGGUUUCCUUACAAGGAGUUUAGAGGGUACAGAUACACAACAGGGCAGCAACGGUGGCAGUGGAGGAGAGCUGGAGGUGAGAGUGGAGUGUGGCUCUUUAAGGGAGCAAGAGACAGAUUUGGAUAAGUAUAGAUUAAAUACUCUGGGAGUCCAUAAGCAUUUCUGAACAGAUGUGUUUUGAGGGACUUCUUAAACAAUUGAAGACUAGGGGAGAGUCUGAUGGGGUAGGCAGGCUGUUCCAAAGGAAGGGAGCCACCCUUGAGAGAAGUCCUGCAAGCACGGGUUAACAGUAAGGGUGCAAGCAGCGGACAAGAGAAGGUCACCAAUAGAGCAGAGAGAACGAGAAAGAGCAUAUCUAUGAAUCAGGGAAGAAAUGUAACAGGGGCUAGAGUUGGUUAGAGCUUUAUAGGUAAGGGUUAGUAAUUUGAACUGACACCUAUAGGAUACAGGAAGCCAAUGUGAGGAUCGACAGAGGGGCGAGGUAUGGGAGGAGUGACGGGUGAAAAAGAUCAGUCUGGCGGCAGCAUUCAUUACUGAUUGUAGCGGGGCAGUUCGGCUUUUAGGGAGACCAACUAGGAGAGAAUUACAGUAAUCCAUGUAAGAGAUUACCAGAGCAUGAAUAAGCUCCUUGGCAGCAUCUUGCAUGAGAAAGAGUCAGAUGCGGGCAAUAUUUUUAAGGUGGAAUUGACAGGUUUUAGCAACAUACUGGAUAUGUGGCGCAAAGGUGAGGCCAGGAUUAAAGAUAACACCAAGACAACGAGCUUGCAAGGACGGACUGAUGUAUGCACCAUUAACUUGCAGGGAAAGUGAAGGAGGAGGAUCAGCAUGAUGAGGGGGGAAAAGAAGAAGCUCAGUUUUAGAGAGAUUGAGUUUCAGAAAGUGGGAGGACAUCCAAUCAGAGAUUGGAAAAAGGCAAGCAGUGACACGUUGUAGGACCACAGGGGAUAGAUCAGCAGAGGAGAGAUAUAUCUGGGUGUCGUCAGCAUAGAGACAGUAACAGAAUCCAGAGGAGUUAAUGAGCUUGCCAAGAGAGGCAGUAUAAAGAGAGAACAAAGGGGGGCCAAGAACAGAUCCUUAGGGGACUCCAACCGAGAAAGGGCGAGAGGAGGAGGUGUCAUUGCAAAUGGAGACACUGAACGAAUGUUGGGAGAGAUAGGAGGAGAACCACGAGAGGACAGUGUCACAGAGACCGAGGGAUUGAAGAAUAUGGAGAAGGAAGACAUGAUCAACAGUGUCAAAGGCAGCAGAGAGGUCAAGAAUAAUUAGUAUGGCGUAGUGGCCUUUGGAUUUAGCUGUGAUUAGGUCGUUUGUAACUUUAAUAAGAGCAGUCUCAGUGGAGUGAAGGGGGCGAAAGCCAGAUUGAAGAUGAUCGAGGAGAGAGUUGGAAUUUAGGAAGUGAGUCAUAUGAGUAAAGACAAGUCUUUCUAGAAGCUUUGAGGAAAAAGGAAUCAACUUUAUUGGACGAUAGUUGGAAGGGGAAGACAGGACUAUAGACGGGUUUUUUAGGAUGGGUAUGACAGUAGCAUGCUUAAGGGGAGCUGGGACAACGCCAGAUGAAAGAGGACAGUUUGGGAUGUGUGUUAAGGAUGGUACAAGACAAGGGGAGAGAGAUCCAACUCAAUUAUAGACACAACUUUUUGUGAUGCAGUUAUCACUUCUCCACUAUUCUCUUUUUAGUGACUAUUUACCUCCAAGGCUUUUUACUAAAUUAAAAAUUCAAAUGGAAUUUCAAACUUAAAGUUAAAAUAGCUGAACUGGAAAAAACUAUAUAAGUAAGCUUUGCUACUCUGGCCUUAAAUUUGAAAUUUACCUCAAAUUUAAUUUGAAUUCUCAUGUUAGUAACCCUGUUGAUUAAUUUUCCAUCAACUGACUGCAGGUGGCGCCAUUGCAACACUGUAGUGUAGUGCUUAGCUUGAACAGCCAAUAGACUUUUUUUUUUUAGAAGCAAAUGUGUAAUAAAAUAUUUUUUGUACGAUACAACAUUUUGCAUUUUUAAGUUGCAUGCUAUUGUAUAGUUAACAGGAAGCCAUCAUACUUUUGUGUAAAUUAUAAAGGCUUUCCAGUUGCUUCAGCCACCCACUAACCCACUAUAUCCAGUAGAGCGUGGAAUCUUUACAGUACUGGAUGUAAUUAGUAAGCUCUAACAAUGUGUGCUGCUCUCUAUUAAACAAGCAGAACUGAAAAUUCUAAUUUAAUGCCAAUUUAAUGAGAAACAUAUUUUUUUUUGCAUAUCCUGUAAUAUGCUUUUGUUUUUGUGCCUGCUGUAUUUUGGUUAUGAUUGGAAACAAUUUGCUUGAUAAAGUAAUUUCCUUUCUAUCACUAUGUAUUUUUCUAUUAAACAGUGCCAGUUUUUCAGCUUUUAUUGUUUAUUAUUUAAUGUUAAUUCUUAACACAUUGGCCUUAGUGUGGGUCCCAUAAAGCCAUAACGUUAGAUGAAUUAUUCAAUAAGGAAUACGGGCAGUGCUGUUCCAUGGAGCUUAGGUUUCUUAACGCAUACCUCCCAGGUUUCCCUAUUUAGAAGGGACAGUCCUGAUAAUGACAAAUCCCUCUGUCCUUUUCUAGGAGCUCCAAUAUUGAUGUGUUGAGUGUAUAAGAAUCUCCACUGCAAUUAUACUCACAUUAAUGUGUCUUUAAACAAUAGAGGUGUUUAGAAAUCAGUCUGUGUAAAUAUGACACAUUGUUGUUGUUCUGAAUUACAUUUUAGUUGCAUAAAUUGUUAUUAGUAAGUCACCUAAUUUUUUUCAGAACACCCACCCUGGCCAGGGCCAAGAAGAGCCCUGUCACAGGGGGGCGAAGAGGUGGCCGGAAGCCAUUUUAGGGAGCUCUCAAAGUGGCGCUUAUUAAGUAAGGCAAAGUAGGCAACUGUCUACUCUGACAAAAUAUCCUGUAGAGAGUGGAGGGGGAGGAGGCAGGCAGUCAGGUGUUCUGUCAGCGAGGGAAAGAGAUCUUGUAGUUCCUCACUUCUCCCUCGUGCUGUGAUGCCAGAAUAUGAUGUAAUUCCAUCCCUGGCAUGCUAAACAGCACGCAGGAGGUGGGAGGAACUGCAAUAUUACAGCACAGCCCCACACUGGAACCCAGAAAGAGGUAGGGAUGGGCCUCAACAAAUAAAACUAAUUUAUGACAGUGUGCAUGAAUGUGUGUGUGUCUCUCAGUAAGUGUGUGUGUCUGUCUGUGAAUGUGUCUGUCUAUGUGUGUAUCUGUCUGUCAGUGUGUGUCUGUCAGGGAGUGUGUGUGAUUGUCAUGGUGUGUGUCUCUCAGUCAAUGUGUAUAUAAGUGUGUGUCUCUCAGUGAGUGUGUGUGUGUCUGUCAGUGUCUGUGUAUGUCUGUCAGUGAGUGUCUGUCCAGUGAGUGUGUGUCUGUCAGCGUGUGUGCUUGUCAAUUAGUAGUGUGUUUUUCCAGUAAGUGAGAUUGGGAGUGUGUCAUUGAGAUUGGGUGUCUGUCAUUGAGGAUUUGUGUCAGUGUGUCUGUCAGUGAGUGUGCAUGUCUGUCAGUGUGUGUGUGUGUGUCUGUCUGUCUGUGUGUGUGUGUCUGUCAGGGAGUUUGUGUGAUUUUCAGGGAGUGUGUGUCCCUCAGUAAAUGUGUAUGUGAGUGUGUGUGUGUCUGUCUGUCAGUGUCUGUGUAUGUUUGUCAGUAAGUGUCUGUCCAGUGAGUGUGUGUCUGUCUGUCAGUAUGUGUGCGUCUGUCAGUGAAUAUGUGUUUCAAAUCAGUGAGAUUGUGUGUCUGUAAGUGUGUGUGUGUGUCUUUCAGUGAGUGUGUUUGCCAAUGAGUGUGCUUAAAAUCAGUGAGAUUGGGAGUGUGUCAUUGAGAUUGUGUGUCUGUCAUUGAGGGUUUGUGUCAGUGUGUCUGUCAGUGAGUGUGUCUGUCUGUGUGUGUGUGUUAGUAAGUGAGUCUGUCUGUGAUGAGUGUGUUUCAAAUCAGUGAGAUUGUGUGUCUGCCAGUGUGCGUCUGUCAGUGUCUCUCUCUCAGUAUGAGUGUGUGAAUGUCAGUGAGAGUGUGUCUGAUUAGAAAAAAAAUGAGUGGGGCUUAUAGACGGAGAGAUGGAGUCAUUGCCAUAGAAACAUAUAUGUCUGGAAAUUUGCAAGGGGAGGGUUUAGUAAGAUGACCUCGCUCACAUGAGAGUGCCAAAAAUAUUUCUGCACCCAGGCGUCUGUGACCCUAGGAUUGCCCUAACCAUGGUAGUAGAUUGUCUGAAUGGGUAGAAGAGAUGAAGAAGCAGAAGAGACAGGUAGAAUGAUAUGUUAGCUGAGGUACGCACGUGGAGCAUUGGAGUGCUGAAAUUUCAUAUUCAGUAGACCUCCAUAAUAUCCAAGUAAAUGGUUACAAAUGAAGUAAAACGGUCUGUGACUGAUUAUUGAUCCUACCAAAUCCAUUUUUAUACUCUACAUGUUUCAAUGGAAACCUGUAGCGAAAACCUUAUUUAGUUCUGAUAUAUACUUUAAAUAUCUAUUAAUGCAAGUAAUCCACAGUAACAUGGUAAUUUUACUUAGGUUGAAUUAUAAGGGGAGUAACAUUUAAAGGGAUAACAGCAAGGAAUAAGAUGAGAAACAUUAAGAGGGAUUACAGUGAAGAAAAAGGGGAGUAAUAUUAAGAGGCAUUACAGCAAGGAAUGAGGGGAGCAACACUAAAGGGAAAACAGCAAGCGGUGAGAGGAGUAACAUUACAGUAAGGAAUGAGGGGAGUAACAUUAAAGGAAUUACAGCAAGUGAUGAGGGGAGUUACAUUACAGUAAUGAAUGAGGGAGUAACAUAAAGAGGGAUCACUGUAAGGAAAAAGGGGAGAAAUAUUAAAAGGGAUUACAGCAAGGAAUGAGGGGAGUAAAAUUAAGAGAGAUUACAGCAAAGAAUGAGAUGAGAAACAUUAAAAUGUAUUACAGCAAGGAAUGAGGGGAUGUACAUUAUAGGGAUUACUAUCCUGCCAAGAUUUAUCAGUGUAUGUGAAAAGCUGAAGAACCCAGCUUCAAUAUAAAGCUUUUCUUUUUUUUUACCAUAAAAUGUUGAGCCAGAGAGUACCAUACACUUUAUUAUAUGCUCCACUAUUUUAAUACAAUACAACAUAUUGCGUCACAAAUCAAACAGCGGACGCAGCCUGCCCACCAUUAUCCUCAACGCACAAAUGAGUUGGAUACCAUACUGAUCACUAGUGUUACUUAUCCGCGGCAGCUUUAGCAUGCUCAUGUAGUUAUUAAAGUGACCCAUGCCUUUCGAUUAUAUACUUAUUGAACAGCGCUGCAGAACAUGUUGGAGCUCUAUAAUUACUAAUAUACAGGCAUAUGUGUACAUGUAGGUUUUGCUGCUCAUACAGCACAAGUGACUGUACGCAUUCACACUUGUUUAAUGUCAGGGGAAACCAAGGCUGAAUUAAUGUAAUAAAUAAUGAAAUGUUUUUAAGAAAAUGACUCAACCGGAUGGGGGGGAUUUCUAAAUAAACACGUAUAAAGCAGGCCGCCCACUGCAGUCCCACAGGGAUUCUAGAAAUGAGAAACUAUUAACCAUAAGCCCAGGUGAUAUUAAUUUAGAGCGGAGGGCUGGUUCCUCCCCCAGCUGCUGAAUAACUCUCUUGCGUUCUCAUACUACUAGAAUAUUUUCUGUGUCACAAUCCGGAAAUGAUAGGUCGUGUUUAAUGCCUAUGAUGAGAGUUAUGUUUUCAAUAGAAAAUGUUCUUUAGCAGCAUGUGUACUUCCCCAAUGCCGUGUGCUCCAAUAUUGGAAAUGAGAUUCCAACUGGCUCCAGGUUUUGGUUUUGCUCCAAACAAGAUAUAAAGAGACAGUCUGUGGCAUACUGAGACGGGAAAAUCCAUGGGAAAUUUUUAGUGGAUCCUAGAAUGUCCAGUAAAGUCCUGUAAAGUGGAGACCACACCUCUCCUGCUGCUGUUAUACACAACACGUCUGGUUAGUUUUCACAGUCCCACUCACAAUAUGCUGAACCCACUUGAUUUCUACUGCUUACAAUAAAUAAAUCUGGUUUUAUUUUAUCCAAGUAAAACAGUUGUAGUAAGUUUGCUUUAUUUUCCAGAUAUAUCUUUUACAAUAACUAAUGUUGUGUUUUCUAUUUUUUCUUUUAAAAAUCAUUGUAUUUUAAAGGAAUACUCAAUUUUUUGCUUUUUACUAACAGUUUGACAACUUACCUGAAAGAGCUUCCGUGGCUUAGAUCAGGGGCGGGGAACCCUCGGCCCUCCAGAUGUUGUGGACUACAUCUCCCUUGAUGCUUUGCCAGCAUUAUGGCUUUAAGAGCAUUAUGGGAGAUGCAGUCCAAAACAUUUGGAGGGCCAAAGGUCCCCCACCUCUGAUUUAGAUCAAUGCAAAGGCUUCCAGCUCUCUUAGUUGAGGUGAUAAGUGCCAGUAGACUGCAAAUAAGUUGUCAAACCAUUAGCAAACGGUUCGACUAGUUGCACUGAGGAGGUGCUAGAACACUCUUAGCACCAUAACUACUACAGUGUGCAAUUUAGGUGCACAUUAAAGGGACACUAUAUCUAUGAAAACAACUUUAGUUUAAUGAAGCAGUUUAAGUGUAUAGGUAAUGCCCCUGACUUCUUACUGCUCAAUUCUCUGUCAUUUAGGAGUUAAAUCACUUUUGUUACUGUUUAUGCAGCUCUAGCCACACAUCCCCUGGCUAUGAUUCACACAGUCUACAUGAAAGAAAAUUGUUUCAUUUUUAGUAAAUUGAACUCUAAUCAAACACAGGAAGCUCCUGAAGACUCUAGAAGGCUAUUAACAGAGCAGGAGAUAAAAAAAAAUAUCCAGUUUAAACUGACUGUGCAAUAAAGGAACCUAGAAUAUCUAGGUCCCUUUUCAGGAAAUGUUUGGUGAGGCUGUGUAAGCCACAUGCAAGGAGGUGUGACUGUAACUGUAUAAACAAAGUGAUUUAACAUAUGAAUAACAGAGACUUAAAGGACCACUAUAGUGCCAGGAAAACAUACUCGUUUUUCUGUCUCUAUAGGGUCCUUGGGUCCCCCUCACCCUAUGGGUCCCACUCCUGCUGGGCUCUAGGGGGAGGAAGGGGUUAAAUUCCUACCUUUUUCCAGCGCCGGGCUCCCUCGCCGCUGGGAACUCUCCUUCUUCCGACGUCAUCGGCUGAAUGCGCAUGCGCGGCAAGAGCUGUGCGCACAUUCAGCCACUCUCAUGUGAAAGCAUUCUCAAUGCUUUCCUAUGGACGCUGGCGUCUUCUCACUGUGAAAAUCGCAGUGAGAAGCGCGUAAGCGCCUCUAGUGGCUGUCAAUGAGACAGCCACCAGAGGCUGGAUUAACCCUAAUGCAAACAUAGCAGUUUCUCUGUAACUGCUAUGUUUACAGCAGGCAGGGUUAAUCCUAGAUGGACUUGGCACCCAGACCACUUCAUUAAGCUGAAGUGGUCUGGGUGCCUAUAGUGGUCCUUUAAGCAGUGAGACUGCAAGAGCAUGACCUAUACACCAAAACUGCUUCAUUAAGCUAAAGUUGUUUUGGUGAGUAUAGUGUCCCUUUAAUUGUUCUUUUAAGUGGCCUGCUAUGCUAUAAUUACUUAUUUGUGUUUGCUGGAACUGUGCUGUGAUGCUUCUUUUUUUUUCUUUUGUAUCUCAGGGCAUAAACAGUUAUAUUCAUGGAAGAGCACAUUCACAUUUUUACAAAUGUAUUUAUUAUAUACGCUUAUGAUAUAUGAUUGUUAUUUCUAGACUUUAAUAUGAAUACACAUGAACAAAAUAACAGAAAAUACCUGUUCUUGGAAAGCACUUUGGGGUUAAAUUGCAAUUCAGAAUUGGUAUAUAACUGAGAAAAUAUUCUGACUUUCGGGUGGUGUAACAUGAGUGUUUUCAAGGUGAUUGAUCACAUUCCCAAAAAUGUGAAACCUUUUUCUUCUGGUAAGAACACCAAAGUUAGAAAUUGUUAUUGUUUUAAAAUGGGGCUCAGUUUCAGUUCACAUACUCCAAGAUGACAUGAAUGACAAGCAAAACUGAUCCAUCUCAAAUGAUCUGACUUGCCUGUAUGACCCUUUUAAUAGUGCAGUGAUGAUGAAAAUAGAUGAUAUGUGUGUCAUUACCCUAUUGUGUUCACAGUUCCAAAUCAGCAUUGAUAUGCAUGUCUCUUAAGCAUGUCUUAGAGUCCGUUAAGCAUGUUUCAUCUGUGUACCAAUUCACACCCUCUCAUCCAUAGCUUCCUGGUGCCUCAUAAUGGCAUCAUAUAUGACAUGGAACCCUUCCAUUGGUCUCCUUUUAUAAAGUCAGUCUUUGUUGUGCUUUUCGAUGAUAUAUACACUCUUGUGUAACCAAUCACAACCCAGUAUAUGGUAUAUAUACUUCCUGGUUGUCCUUGUUUCCUUGCCUUGUUGUGGUUCUUGUUACCUGAGAGAGUGUUUAUACUGUGUAUUGGAUUUAAUGUUUUCUGAACUUGGCUUGUUUGACCAUUCUUGCUCUCUGUUAUCCUGACCUUGGCUUGACUAUCAAUUCCAUGCUUUUCUGUUAUCCUAGACCAUUGCAUUUACUCUCUGUUUACUUGUAGACAUUUAAUUGAUCUUUUUUAGGCACUAGCCUGGUGUUCUUUUACCAUUUCCUUUAGGUUUGCAUGUUAGGAUAUCCCCAUUCCUUACAAUGAAUCAUUUUUGUUAUGUUAUUAUAUAUAUAUGUAUACAUUUUUUUCCAAUUCUUUAUUUUUUUUGUGCAUAAAAUUACAGAGAACAAAUGAGCUUGCCAUGCCACGACAACAGUAGCGAGCAUGUGUAAUACAAGAGUUAACAUGGCAUGUGAGGAAACAGCACAAUAAUCAAGCUUGAUAUGUUGAGUAGACUAUGAAAACUUGAACAGGCUUAGUAUAUAUGAGAAAACAGUGCUGAUGUUAUCAGGUUAGCCCAACCAUGCAUGGGUAUACAAAUGAAAGGCAUCAGAGACAAGUAGGCAGUUAUGAAAAUUAAAAUCUAGGUAGACAAAUUAGACAAUUGACAUUUGCUCAUCAGGUUAGACAAGAGACUGAAUGACAUUUAGAGACCCCCUAAGAAACCCCCUGGUUAUCUAGGCUUGAGUCCCCCAGUGUAAAUCAAAGUAAAGUAGAAACUAAAGCAAGAAAUGUCUUUCCCGUACAACCUGUGGUAGCAAUGCUAAUUCUGGCUAUGUUAUUAUGCUGUUACGGCAUUGAUGUUAACUUUGCUUAAUGGAUUGAUGACAAAUCAUUAGUAUUAUUUUGGUGACUUUUGCAUCCACUUAAUUACCAGCCAGUAACAUGUCCGUGAUUAUCACAAUAUAGAUUCUAAUAUACUCCACCCGUUGUUCCUUAAAUUAUUUAGGGACCUUAUAUAAAACCUGUAUGUGUAUGGUAGAUGCUUCUUAGAUUGCAUGCUUUCCAUUCACAUAUAGUGACUUGCCACUUCUGAUACUGAUGAAACAGGUUUUUUUUAUAGUGUGGGAGGAAUGGUGUUUGUGUAUGCUGUGUUUCAUGUUUUGUAUGGUUAGUGAUCUUGUACGGAUGCUGAAUGGUUGCCAACACAGAAAUUAGUAUUGGGUGAGAUGUUGCAAUGAAAGAUGACAGUGAGCCGGGGAAAAUGUAGUCUGUUCUAGGCAAUGAAAAUAUAAUAUAGUACUGAAUAUUCCUUGUAUGGUGUAUUGAACUUAUUAUUCUGUAGUGCAUCCUAUAAAGUUUAAAACAGAACCUUGGGAAUCACUACCAGAGUUCUGAAGCAGUUUUCUUUAAAUGUUUUCAAUGUGAUGAUGGCUGUCUUUAACAUUUAUUGCACUGUAUGUUAUGUUUAACUGUAUGCAAGAUCACUCCUAUGCAUACACAGAAUGUUUCCAGAGAUAAGGUUACUGACGAAAUUAGUGAAGAAAUAGUUAUGCUCGUGAUAAACUUGUUGCCUUUGCAUUGAUUCACUUUUAGUCCAUUUCCUGCCUUUCUCUCCUGCGAUCUCAUUUCUCAUGGGCUGAGAACAGCUGCUGCUUACAAAACUCUCCAGUGGCCGGAUUGGCCAUGCUCCUGCAUGAUUCAAUGCCUGUGUGUGUGUGAUGUUCUGUGGAAGUGGCUGCUAGUUCCAUUCUUCCUGUAAAGGUAUCAUUCUGAUUCAUACAUGAUACGAUGUAAUAUUGUGCUGCUUGUCGAAUGGAACUCUGACUGUACAAUAUUAAUUAAAUGGAUACCAUGCUGCCAGGAAUACAAAGCUGUAUUUCUGGCACUAUAGCUCCCUCUGGCUAUUCCCUUUAUUUACUUACCUGAACUCGUUGAUUGGUGCUGGGUCGUGGCUCUGUCUCCUCCGACGUCACUCUAUUGCCGUGUGCUCAUUAGGCUUCCCCAUAGCAAAGCAUUGAUUAAUGAUUUCCUAUGGGGAAAUAGCUGACGCUGGCUGUCCUCAUACAGAGCAUAAGUACAUUCAGCGUCAGUGGAAUAAACGUCCGGUAACAUUCCGUAAGUGCCUCUAGUGGCUACCUGGUCUGGUAGACAGCCACGGCAGGCGGACUUAGUGCUGCAAUCUAAACAUUGCAGUUUCUCUAAAACUUAAAUGUUUUACUUUGCAGCAUUAAGUGCAAUAGGGACACUGUACCCAGACCAAUUCAAUGAGCUGAAGUGGUCUGGGUGCCUAUAGUGUUCCUUUAAGAAAACAUAUAUACUGGCAAUACUAUCUUUUGUAACUCCCAUCACUCUUAACCUUGCUGAGAAUAAUGAGGAUUAUAGAUCAAAACAUCAUGAACACAAUCAUUCCCCCCACCCAAUGUGAAUGUUCUCCCAACCACAAAAAUGGACAUUGGUUAACAGAGUGCCCCCUAAUCCAGGGGUAGGUAACCUUCGGCACUUCACAUGUUGUGGACUACAUCCCCCAUCAUGCUUUUACAGCAAUAAUGCUAGCACAGCCUCAGAGGAAUGUAGUCCAUAACAUCUUGAGUAUCUAAGGAUGUCUAAAUCUGCCCAAACCUAAACCCUAACCCAAUCAUCUUGAUCUUAUAAAUGACUAAUAAUGUUGCAUUGUAUUGGCUGAAUUCAUAUUUUUUAACAAGCUGUUUUGACAGCAGUGUUUUAAAAGAAUGCCAUUUUGGUAUUUCCUUUUUUUAUUUUUAUUUUUUUAUAGGGAAGUUCAUUUUAAAGCGAUAAGCACAUUUUUUUUACAGAUUCCCACUGAAAUUUCCUAACUUUUAUUAUUAUUUAUUUUUUAAUAUAUACAUUGCGCCUGUCAAUAAACUAGAAAUAUAUAAGAAGCAUUACAAAAAUUUUUUUUCCUAUAUUUGUGAAUAUCUCUGCCAGUUCAUGGUCUGGCUUCAUCUGUAGAUUCAUAUGAGAUCUCUGUACGCUGACAAACAAGAGCUCGAUUAAAAAGGGGCUAUCAAAUAGAGUAUAUAGACUUCACAGAGUUAGCAGUAUAAAACAAAUGUAUCUAAAUCACAAAGAAUAAAACAGAAUUGCUGUAUUUUAAACAUAUUUGUUUUUAAAUGUAUUUAAUAGUAAGAUUUUACUUGGCAGUGUUUCAAUUUUGUGUCAGUGGACAUAUGACAAAAUGUAUCCAAGCAGAGUCUUCCUUGUUCUCUCACAACAUAUAUGUUUCCUUUCUAGUGUGAUGGAACACUCGGAGUUAAACCGCAUGACGACUCAGAAUAUUGGUAUCGUCUUUGGACCAACGCUGAUGCGACCAGAAAAGGAACUGUUUUCUAAUAUAGCUGCAAAUAUGGUAUAUCAGAAUCAAGUGGUAGAGCACUUCCUUUCUAACUAUGAAGAAAUCUUUUCAGCAAGUCCAGAGGAGUAA